UGGCGAGGUCGGUUUCGCCACAGUAUAUUUACAUCACUAGUCUGUCUGUCUAAUACCGAGCACUGAGACCAGUCAGUAUAUUACAGAGGGACUGGGAGAGUUCUGCCAUCACAUGGUCACUAGCAGGGAUAUACAGACCUGUCUGAUACCGAGCACUGAGACCAGUCAGUAUAUUACAGAGAGACUGGGAGAGUUCUGCCAUCACAUGGUCACUAAUAAGGAUAUACAGACCUGUCUGAUACCGAGCACUGCGACCAGUCAGUAUAUUACAGAGGGACUGGGAGAGUUCUGACAUCACAUGGUCACUAACCGGGAUAUACAGACCUGUCUGAUACCGAGCAUUGCGACCAGUCAGUAUAUUACAGAGGGACUGGGAGAGUUCUGCCAUCACAUGGUCACUAGCAGGGAUAUACAGACCUGUCUGAUACCGAGCACUGAGACCAGUCAGUAUAUUACAGAGAGACUGGGAGAGUUCUAACAUCACAUGGUCACUAAUAAGGAUAUACAGACCUGUCUGAUACCGAGCACUGCGACCAGUCAGUAUAUUACAGAGAGAGUUCUAACAUCACAUGGUCACUAGCAGGGAUAUACAGACCUGUCUGAUACCGAGCACUGAGACCAGUCAGUAUAUUACAGAGGGACUGGGAGAGUUCUGCCAUCACAUGGUCACUAGCAGGGAUAUACAGACCUGUCUGAUACCGAGCACUGAGACCAGUCAGUAUAUUACAGAGAGACUGGGAGAGUUCUGACAUCACAUGGUCACUAACAAGGAUAUACAGACCUGUCUGAUACCGAGCACUGCGACCAGUCAGUAUAUUACAGAGGGACUGGGAGAGUUCUGACAUCACAUGGUCACUAACAGGAAUAUACAGACCUGUCUGAUACCGAGCAUUGCGACCAGUCAGUAUAUUACAGAGGGACUGGGAGAGUUCUGCCAUCACAUGGUCACUAGCGAGGAUAUACAGACCUGUCUGAUACCCGAGCACACAGGUAGAUAACACUUUAAAUUCACCGCUGGUAGGUAAUACUGAAGGUAUAUAUUAUCCUGAGGUAGGUAAUACUGACCUGAGGUUGGUACUACUGACUGUAAAUACCACCUUGAGGUAGUUACUACUCAAUGUAAAUACUAAACACCCUAAAAACGAAGAUACGAAGCAUCAAAAGAUGUGUGUGUGACAGAGGGGUGUCUGAGGGUGUUUUUAUCUGCCGUCACAUUCUAGGCUUCUAAUUUUUUGACUGAAGGUUAUUUCAUUUAUUAUAUGUGUGUGUGUGCUGUAUAUGUGUGGGAGUGUGCUGCGUGAGUGAGGGAGCAGUUUCCGUCUGAGGGAGCAGUGUCCGUCUGAGGGUGCUGCGUGCGUCUGAGGGUGCUGUGUGUGUGUGAAUUUAUUUAUUUAAAUUUAAAUAUAUUUAUUAUUAAUAAUUUUAAAAAAAGUUAUAUCCCCACCCCCCUUCUUACCUUUAGCCUGGGAGGGAGGGGGGGAGCUGGGUUUCCAUGGGGGGGAGCCAUGCUGCCAUGGAGGGUGCCGUGCUGCCUUCCCUGGUUGUCCAGUGGUGAGAGUGAACUCUAGUCUGCAGGCUAGAGUUCACUCUCGCGAGAUCUGAGCGUUGUCGCGGCAACGCUCAGACCUUGCGAGAGGAAACGGCAUACCUGCUGGCUAGAGCUCCGCCAGUCCUCUCCUCCCUCCCUCCCCAGCUGGCGGCCGCUUAUAAUUGCCUCUGGGCCGGUGAGGGAGAUCUUUGAUCUCCCCACCGGCCCAUGGAGGCACACAGCAGGGCCGGCACACUGAUAGUGCUGGCCCUGCAUGGGGCUGGCAGGGGAGAUCCUGUGAUGUUCCCUGCCGGCCUCGGCCCCAAGGCCAUUGCGGCCCACCGGGCAUUUGCCCGGUAUGCCCGAUGGCCAGUCCGGGCCUGGAUAGAGCUAUAGACCAGCUCUGAGUAGAACCGCAUACAGUGGUACAAUCUCCACUGAUAGAUAUGUAUCUCUUAAAGGGAUUCUCCAGUGCCUGGCACUGCAGGUACUGGCAGAGCCACUCUCCCUCCCACGCCUCCAUCCAAAGUUACUGAAGGGGUUAGAACCCCUUCAGUGACUUACCAAAGUCCAGCGCUGAUGUCCCUCGGCGCUUGGUCAGGCUCUGCCUACUCUCCUCCCCUGUCGACGUCAGCCGGUGGGGGAGACCUAAUGAGCAUGUGCGGCAAUGACCGUGCACGUGCAUUAGACCUCCCCAUAGGAAAGCAUUAUUCAAUGCUUUCCUACGGGGAUUUCGGCAAUGCUGGAGAUCCUCACAUAGCAUGAGGACAUCCAGCAUUGCUAAAAACACUUUUCGUGUUCUAUGAAUACGGAAAUCCCUCUAGUGGUUGUCUAGAAGACAGCCACUAGAGGAGGACUUAACCCUGCAAUGUAAAUAUUGCAGUUUAUGAAAACUGCAAUAAUUACACUUGCAGGGUUAAGGGAAGUGUGAGCUGGCACCCAGACUACUCCAAUGGGCAGAAGUGGUUUGGGUGCCUGGAGUAUCCCUUUUAAGGGUUAUUUUUUUUCAGCAACCAGAUUAACUUAAGGCAUAAAAUACAAAGGCAAACAAUCGUGCUUACUGUGAUAAAAUCAGAUACAAAUAAAAUAACAAAGGUAAUUUACUCACAUUUUCUAGAGCAGUAACACUGCUUAAAUAAUAGAGCUUGGGUGCGAUGAUCCCGAGCAGGAUUAUGAUGUGAAGAUAAUCCUUGCCCGGGAAUAGGUAUAAAGUAGAAUUAAUUCUUCAGGAGUAUGACUGUGCCAGGAACAAGAGAUGGUUAAAAAAUUAUAUAUAAAAACCUAAAAAGUGUAAUAAAUGGCCUCACACACUACUUUGGGUGAAAGCCAAAUAAACUUAAAUGCUAAAAAAAACAGUAAAAAAAAAAACAGAAAAAAAAUUAAAAAGAAAUUUAUUGUAAAUACUACAUGAGUUGACCAAUGUUGACUAAAUAUUACCUGAGCUGACUAUAAUACUACUGUAAAAGUAAGUAAUAUUAAUUUAAAUUAAUAAUUGCUACACUCCGUUAAUACUUCCUGUAAAUCUGACAUCAGUAAUGCUGAGCGUAAAUACUACCUAGAGGUAGGUAAUGACUGUAGUGACGGAGCUGAAUAUUACUGCAAUGAUGGUGCCUGUUAAUGCCACCCGGGGGUGAAUGAUGGUGCCUGUUAAUGCCACCCGGGGGUGAAUGAUGGUGCCUGUUAAUGCCACCUGGGGGUGGAUGAUGGUGCCUGUUAAUGCCACCUGGGGGUGGAUGAUGGUGCCUGUUAAUGCCACCUGGGGGUGGAUGAUGGUGCCUGGUAAUGCCACCCGGGGGUGGAUGAUGGUGCCUGUUAAUGCCACCCGGGGGUGAAUGAUGGUGCCUGUUAAUGCCACCUGGGGGUGGAUGAUGGUGCCUGGUAAUGCCACCCGGGGGUAGAUAAUACAGUUUGUAUUUACUACCCUGGAAUCCGUGAUGGAUUUGCCAUUAGACAAAGUAGGUAUCUGCCUAUAAGCUCUUGUCAUGAAGGGUGCAUGUGUUUUCAGGACUUAUAAUGCAAAUGUUUGAGUUACAGGCACUUCUAUUUAGUGUUAAACUGCUUUUAAUGUUUUAAUGGAGAACGAGAGAUCCCAGCAGCCCAUACCCUUCAUGCAGCUUGGAAUAAUGAGGAAACAUCAGCCUGAGCAGCAAUAGGCGGCUGUGAUUGGCUGGACGUGUCAGCUGACUGCACUCAGCCUUGCACAGUGCCUAUUGCUGGUAUGAAUUGGUAUGGAAGUGUAUAAUCUCUGGCUUAGCUGCACCUCCACUGAGGCUUGGAGUGACAAGUAAAUCUCCUUCAGUGUUAAACUGCUCAGAAAUGGUUUAACAUUGAAUGGAGGGACAGCGCCAGUGUCAUUAACCAAUUGGGCAGACUAGAUGGGCAGAAUGGUUCGUAUCUGCCGUCACAUUCUAUGUUUCUAUGAAUAAGAUGACAUUUGUUAUAGCACCUACAGUGUCCCUUUUACACUGACCUGGUCCCUGUCACCUUAAGGGGUGAAAUAAUUUUUAGCAUUAAAGCAUUUUUUUUUUAAAGAUCUCUUAAGGGGCAUCCCUGCUGGGGGUACAGUGGAGGGUAGGUAUACUUACCUGAAGCAGUCCCCCACAGACUCCACCAUUUUCUUUCUUCUACUCUUGGUUUAUCCACCAGGAGGCACAUUGGUUUGGGGGCCUCCAUAAAUGAAGUCUUGUGGCCGGUGAGAAGCAGUCUGAUCACCACAGCCGUUGUUGGAGAUGGGUUGGGAAACUGUCAAAGCUUGAUGGCAGAAGCUUCAAUUUUUAUCAUGUUUUGUCAACCUUCGGCUUUAUCAUUAGACAAAGUAAUCCACAAUUUGUUCUGUAUCUUUUUUCAAUGAAACUCCAACACUGUGAAUGUAUUUCAUAAAAAUUCUAUCACUAAAAAUAUUUGAGGUGACGGACGCUUAAAAAAAGUUGGCUGUAACGGAUCGCCUGGCACCCCAACUGGGUACCUCCGUUGAAAGAUGCUCCUAGCGCUUCCUGAGGACUCCAAGCACUGCAGCAGACACCACAACCACCGAACCGGAGAAGCAUAUGAAUCCUCUCAAGCAUAGGAAUGCUGUAGACAGUUGAAUAGGAACCAUAUGAAUAGGUUUACUCUCCUAGCAGUCAAACUGGAACAGCAUACAAUAAAUCCUUCCCCCAAUAAUGAGACGACACUUCACUUUGAGGGUUAAAACAGGAACUCUCUGUACUGUCACAUACAGUCUCUUUUAUUCCCAAUCCACAAACAUAGUACAGCCCACAGGGCGUUACAAAACAACCAAUCACAUAUCAGUUACAUCCCACAUAUUCCCUCCCCUUAUCCUGAGAGGAAACUCAAUUACACAUACAGUUAAAACAUACUUUCUACCCAACUUUCAUAACUCUAAAACCAUACAUCACAUUCACAUAAAAUUACACUCAGAUCACACAAAUAAGCCUUUCUGCAGGGGAAAUAAACAGUUUAACCUGCAGGGCCAUAGUCCAAAGGGAGCAGGCGAGCAACCAGGCUUCUCCAGUUCACAGUGGCGAGGUUGGUUUCGCCACACUUCUCCCCUUUACCAACUAGACUAACAGGGUAUCUGACCUCCUGCCGGUCAGUGCCCUGGUUAGUCCAGCAACCCACCCACAAAACAGAAACAGCAGUACAGCCCACCCACAAUAACUGGUUACUACACCUGGGUAGAGGAAAACUUUGUCCAUGUCCAGGUGCCUCACCACGACUGUGUGGGCAACUGUUAGGCUGCCUUGGUGGGUUGCUGAGUGGGCAGAGACCAGCGGUACUCUGCCCUGAUGCCAGUGCUACCACGGAAGUAGCCUGGUGGGAGCCUGGUUGUGGGAGGGAGAGACCGACUGUCUCCCCUCUGGAUACACCGCUCUGUGGCUGGGGAACAGGACCGACUGUCCCUACCCCUUGUGCUGUAAGUGCAGAGACUACAGUCCCAUCUGCACUGUUGGGGGGUGUAACAUCUCCCCUUGCUGGGUUAGGCUGCCGCUGGAGAGAGGGUGUAACAAGCUCCUCUCUCUGAACUGUAAACUGCCGCUGGGGAGAGGGGGUAUCAGGCUCCUCUCCCUGACACUCUCUCUGCUGGUGGAGAGGGGGACCAGCUGUCUCCCCUUUCAUUAUUUUGUCCUGUGGUUGGGGUGCGAGACUGACGGUCUCUGCUCCCUGCAGGACACUCUGCCGCUGGGGAGGAAGGACGGCACCUUCAGCUCCCUGGGGUACACACUGCCGCUGGGGAGGAAGGACUGCACCUUCAGCUCCCUGGGGACACACUGCCGCUGGGGAGGAAGGACUGCACCUUCAGCUCCCUGGGGUGCACACUGCCGCUGGGGAGGAAGGACUGCACCUUCAGCUCCCUGGGGUACAUACUGCCGCUGGAGAUCUGGGCCGACCGCCCAGCAUCCCUGUAGGGCCGGUUGAGAGACCGCCGUCCCAUCUCCACCUGCCAUCUGUGGGUCUGCCCAGGACCAGUCUGUGAGGUCCCUCAACAUUUGCGAGUAAGGACCACCUGCUUUCGCACCUGGCAACUCCGGCUGCUGCUGGGGAUCUGGGCCGGUCCCAUCUCCACAUGCCUGUUGUGGUUCCUCACAGGACCAGUCUAUGAGGACCCCUACUUCGGGUUCCUGCGGCCGCCUCAGGGGGAGACGGCUAGCCUCCUCGGAUGCAGCCUCUACUCGGCUGCUGUAACACUCCUUCCGCUGAGCAUACUCUCUCUCUUUCGCCAGCCGGAAUUCUCGGGCCAGCCUUGUGUUUCGCUCGGCCGUGACCUGGUUCCAGAUCACCCGGCGUACCUCCAUGGGUAAAUCAUCCCCAUACUGGGCCACUCGCUGCCUCACCUCGGCCAUCCAAUCAUCGCCAGAGCCUUCCAUACUUGUCUGCUCCAAGUCGCUGGAUACCUCUGCUCCCAGGGGCGCUGCACGUGUGCUAGCGUUGCCCUCAAUUUGUAACUCCAAACGAACUGUGUCUCUGAGCUGCUUUACCUCGCACUAGGACGCCAUCCCACCGCUGCCACCAAUGUAACGGAUCGCCUGGCACCCCAACUGGGUACCUCCGUUGAAGGAUGCUCCUAGCGCUUCCUGAGGACUCCAAGCACUCUGGCAGACACCACAACCACCGAACCGGAGAAGCAUAAUAAUCCUCUCAAGCAUAUGAAUGCUGUAGACAGUUGAAUAGGAACCAUAUGAAUAGGUUUACUCUCCUAGCAGUCAAACUGGAACAGCAUACAAUAAAUCCUUCCCCCAAUAAUGAGACGACACUUCACUUUGAGGGUUAAGCAGGAACUCUCUGUACUGUCACAUACAGUCUCUUUUAUUCCCAAUCCACAAACAUAGUACAGCCCACAGGGUGUUACAAAACAACCAAUCACAUAUCAGUUACAUCCCACAUAUUCCCUCCCCUUAUCCUGAGAGGAAACUCAAUUACACAUACAGUUAAAACAUAUUUUUUACCCAACUUUCAUAACUCUAAAACCAUACAUCACAUUCACAUAAAAUUACACUCAGAUCACACAAAUAAGCCUUUCUGCAGGGGAAAUAAACAGUUUAACCUGCAGGGCCAUAGUCCAAAGGGAGCAGGCGAGCAACCAGGCUUCUCCAGUUCACAGUGGCGAGGUUGGUUUCGCCACAUUGGCUUUAACACGUUUUAUCACAAAUAUUUUAUUUCAUAAUGAAAAUUCCGGGUUAUUCAAACAAUAUUUAUUAUAUAUUUAAUUUUGUAUAUGUUUGCAAUGAGGCUAAUAAAGUACAGCUUUUGUGCUUUAUAGACAAGCCUCCACUACUAUAGCAGCUUUAUAACCAUGCUCUCUCUAUAUGGACCUGUUUGCAGCUCAGUAAGAAAUACGGCCCAGUGUUCACUGUUUGGAAGAUGACGGAGCCCAUUGUGGUUCUCUGUGGGUAUGAGGUGGUAAAGGAUGCCCUGGUGAAUCAUGGUGAGCAAUUCAGUCAGCGCCCCAGACAUCCAACAAUAGACAUUUACAGCAAAGGAUUCGGUAAGUAUAACACACAUUUUCUAUCGGCAAUGUAAUAAAAUCAGCUCCGCUCCCCCCCCCCACCCAAACAGUCCCAAUAUUGGUAUUCUGUCACCCUCCUGAUUUAGUCUCCUGGUGUCCUCAGAUGCAGGACAUGGGGCCGAACAGCUUGACCGCAUCAUUAGAUGUGCAUGGCACUAAGACCCUGUAGAGAGUGUUUCAGCAGCAUACAAGGUCCUGGGGGCUGGCAAGCCUGGCCCUUUCAGUGGGCAGGCAUGCCCUUUUUCUAGGUGGACUGCCCCUUUUUCCAGAUGCCCACCCAUUUUGGGCAUCACCAAGAACUCUAAUCACUGGUGAUGCCCUCCUCUGACCUGUCCACCCUGUCAUGAUCCUAUACAGUGUGUAAAACUCAAACUGAAAGGGUAAUGCUUUAUCCCCUGAAGGACCACAUCUAUAAUCUAUUAAGGAACCCAGUCUAGUUCCCGAAGACGCAGCAGUAGUAUGAAACAUCUGGCUUAUUUUGCGUUUGCAGCUAUAUGCAGACGUACGUUCGUUACAUGAGAGGGACAUUCUAUUUUGAGUUGGGGGUCUUUAAAGGCUGGUUUGUUAUGACCAAAUUCCAUAAUUGGUAGGAUUAAUCUGAUUGUAAAUCCUUUAUAAAAAGUACAUCUCUUUAAUAAGCCAAAACAGAAUCAUUGAGACCAUGAAUACAGUUAGCUUGUGAUUGGCCCUGCUUGGUCUGAUAUGCGCUUUAGCUCACCUUUUCUGUUACAGAGAAAGCCUAUCUACCUUAUACCAGGGGUAGGCAAACAUUGGCACUCCAUGUGUUCCAGACUACAUCUCUAAUAAUGGUCUUACAACCAUAAUGCUGGCAUUGCAUCCCGGGAGAACAUCUGCAGUGCCAAAAGCUGCCUACCCCUGCCUUAUACUCUUUAAAGUGAUACCAAGGGUAAUCCAGAAACAAAAUACUGGGAGGUACCCCUAGAACGAGGUAACAGCAACUCCAAAUAAUCGUUUUGCCCUUCCUUUGCAGCAUCUGUGAGGUUAUGGCUGCUGUGAAUUGUAGUCAUUAAAAAAAUAAAUAAAAAAAAUCGCCUAUGCCUGUUGGCAGUAACAGCAGGGAUAAACGUCUGUAAUACAGUAAUUGUCACGAACGCACCCUACUUCAAGGGCGUGCAUGACGUAGUUGUGGUGGUGAAAGGGUUAAAGCUCACUAUUUGUCUGCACUAGACUGGAAAUAAUGACAAAAUCCCCCUUUAACACCACCCACACUUAAACAUAAUAAUAUAACUAUUACUAUUUUAACGCUGCCAAUCCCAAGACAAUUUAUAAAUGGGGUGCCAACCCACCAAAUAUUACUUAGCACAAUAUCUAUGUAAUUGCAAAAUGCUAAUUAGUCUCUUCAGGUAGGAUGAUUCUUUUACCAGACAAAACUUAAUAUAGGAAUAUUUAUUAUGAGCAAAAAAGUCACGGUGCAUAAAAAAAUAGAUGAUAAACAAAAUAUUUAAACCAACAGAUGAAAACAAAAAGGAAAAUAAGAGUCCUAAUCACUUACUCAGCUCUUCAAAGUAAAUACUUCUGCCUCAGGGGGUCUCUGCUAGGAAAGUUGGUGACUCACUUAGAAUUAGAUUCUGGCUCCAAGUAAGUACUCUGCCCACUUCAGUCUCAUUUGAGAUAUACCCUGUGGAUUACCACGCCUCACCCAGCGGUGGAGUUAAGGCGUAUCUAUAGAGACACUAAGUGACCACCCCAUCAAUCCAAAUUGAAACAUUUGGCUCUAUCUUCUCUUAUGUACCUGCCACAGAAAUAAUAAUUGCAUCUGUGAAUUUAUUAUUUUCCCAUUCUAUAGAGAUGUUGCACACCGUACUUGCGACCCAAUAUGGCGGACAUAACAAUUCCUUCCCCUAUGGUCUAGUUAGGCCACUCAUGUUUGGGCUUGUUUAGAAAAUGGCACUUGUCGCAUUCCAAAUAUAACGAAAAUUAGGCUUAAUUAUUAUUCUGUGGGGUAAAUAUUAAUGUUUUUUCUUUGAUACUGGAACAAGGCUCAUCAAUUAAAAGGUACAGCCAAUUGGCUGAAGCCAGCUAGACAUUCAGGCUUUUAAAAGUGUAGGAUCUCACACCCUGCAGAGCAUCGAUUAAUUCACAUCCAUAUGGUAAAAUCCUUUUCACAUUCUUAUGCCAUUCACACUACACCUUCUGUCAUCUGACCUCUGUCCCAGCUUCAAUAGAUGUAACCCCUUUUGACCUUGACAAUACCAUCUCUGCCAGGCCAACCGGUCCUUAAUGCACUACACAAAUUACAUUAAAGGACAAUAUUCCAUAGUGUAAUAAUAAAUUAUGCACCCUUGCCGUGACAGUAAGUGCCCAGAGGCAGCAGGGUUAGAGUAGGUCACAUGGGUUGAUAUCUCCCAGGAUCCCAGACACUAAGGGACAAUUUGCAGUCACUCCUACAACUAUUCAAAUAACAUCAGUUCUUUCUUUAUGUAGAAAUGAGAUUCUCUCCAGUGGGUCGUUUCUGCUUCUCAGGAGCCAGCUAACCUUGUUUCCUUUCCAAACCUUGACUGGGACAGGGCUAUUCACAAAAGGGGAAAAUCAAAGUGAAUUCCAAAUGCAAUAAAGUAAUCAGACUGGAAGCACAGCUCUUUUUAUUGUCGUUUGUCCUUAAAUUUGAAAUUUACUGUGAAUUCAGUGUUUGCUCUUUGGUGCGUUUAUUUCUGUGAUGACUUUUUUUUUUUUUUUUAUUCCCUGUUCUCCUUAGCGUUCAGCAGUGAGUGCAAAUACUGGCGCCAAUUGCGUCGCUUUUUGCUAGGUGCACUGAGGAAUUUCGGAAUGGGGAAAAAAACCAUGGAGGACGAGAUUCAUGUGGAGCUGCGUGAUCUGAUCUCGGCCAUAUCCCAAACUGGAGGUGAGAGGGUUAUUCUAUAAAAUGAUUAAUGGGGCUGAUUUAACACGUGGGAUAUACACAGACAUAUACCGCUCUUUAAGAGGGUACAGUGUCGUGCUAUUUGGGGUGCAGCUUUUACCUGUAACUGAUUAUUUUAUGUAUUCUUGCUCUGCUCAUAUAGUGUAUAGUGUUUUUUCUUAAACAUUAUAGAAACAUAGAAACAUAGAAUGUGACGACAGAUAAGAACCAUUCGGCCCAUCUAGUCUGCCCAAUUUUCUAAAUACUUUCAUUAGUCCCUAGUCUUAUCUUGUAGUUAGGAUAGCCUUAUGCCUAUCCCACGCAUGCUUAAACUCCUUUACUGUGUUAACCUCUACCACUUCAGCUGGAAGGCUAUUCCAUGUGUCCGCUACCCUCUCACAUCUAACAGUAGCAAGGAUACAACCUAGCAGGAGACACCAAACUCAACUACAAAUUAAUGUGAAUAAACUCACAAUAUUUUUAUAUUUAUUUGUAUUUUACAAUUAAAACAGUUUUCUUUAUUAGCCAGCAUGCUCUCUAUUUCCAGGUCACUCGGUGUCCCUUCUACUGGGAGAAUUAGUGGGCUGGUGUCUUCCUUAGCCUGGCUUGCUCCCUUGUCGUUUUAUUUGCUAUGUUCUCUGGUUUUCUCUGAUUUCCAGUCUCCAUUUUGGAUUUUUCUGUGUGUUCGCAAUUUGUUAGUUCUGGAAUAGUACAUUACUUUUACCCAUACAUAACAGCACAUAACUCCUGAUAGUUCAUUAACACCUUAACGUCGCUAGGGCGGCAUAGUAUGCCCCAACAAUUGUAAGCUCCCUGGCCGCAAUUUACUUACAUGGACCGGCGAUCCAUUGCCUCUCGAAACAGGCAGCCCCCCUGCUUCCUUUCUGGCUCCCCGGAUGUUGCAAAUCAUGUGGCCGUAACGCAGUCUAUGAGACUGUCUGACUGUUCAGACAGUCCCCCUAGUGUCUAAAAAUUAGAGAAAUAUAUAUAUUAGUUAAUGAAAACAUCUGAUUAGCAUAUUAUACAUAUAUAAUUUAAUAAUACGUGUAUUUUGGUAUUAAUAUCAAAAUUCAUGACCUCUUUAUGUAUAUUACAAAAUAAACAUACAAACAAAAAAUGUAAUGUCAUAAGCGUAUCUUGAUAUAUUUUAUUCCCAACCCAUCUCUAGCAAUGGCUGUGGUGAUCAGACUGCUUCUCACCGGACACAAGACUUUGUUUAUGGAGGCCCUGUGUAUAAUGUGUGUAUAUGCCAUUCCCUCAUAUCCUUAAAUUUAAAUCCCUUUCAUCUGCUUUUUCCUUGAUUUCGUUUUUAACACCUCAAUGCCUCCCCACCCACAAUAUCUAACCCCAGAUUAUCUCCUUUAUAGCCUGGGCUGCUUACAAUAUUGAAACAGCUACACCCAGGACUCCCAGCACACAACCCUGCAGGACUUGCCAUAAGCAGAGCCUGGACCCCAUACAGUAUUGAAACAGCUACACCCAGGACUCACAGCACACAACCCUGCAGGACUUGAGCUCUAACCCUAGAGCAUAUCCCCCUGAAUAAUGGAUCCCAUACAAUAUUGAAACAGCUACACCCAGGACUCACAGCACACAGCCCUGCAGGACUUGCCAUAAGCAGAGCCUGGACCCCAUACAGUAUUGAAACAGCUACACCCAGGACUCACAGCACACAACCCUGCAGGACUUGCCAUAAGCAGAGCCUGGGCCCCAUACAAUAUUGAAACAGCUACACCCAGGACUCACAGCACACAACCCUGCAGGACUUGCCAUAAGCAGAGCCUGGACCCCAUACAGUAUUGAAACAGCUACACCCAGGACUCACAGCACACAACCCUGCAGGACUUGCCAUAAGGAGAGCCUGGACCCCAUACAAUAUUGAAACAGCUACACCCAGGACUCACAGCACACAACCCUGCAGGACUUGCCAUAAGGAGAGCCUGGACCCCAUACAGUAUUGAAACAGCUACACCCUGGACUCACAGCACACAACCCUGCAGGACUUGCCAUAAGGAGAGCCUGGGUCCCAUACAGUAUUGAAACAGCUACACCCAGGACUCGCAGCACACAACCCUGCAGGACUUGCCAUAAGGAGAGCCUGGACCCCAUACAGUAUUGAAACAGCUACUCCCAGGACUCACAGCCUGUAACCCUGCAGGACUUGCCAUAAGCAGAGCCUGGGCCCCAUACAAUAUUGAAACAGCUACUCCCAGGACUCGCAGCACACAACCCUGCAGGACUUGCCAUAAGCAGAGCCUGGGCCCCAUACAAUAUUGAAACAGCUACACCCAGGACUCUCAGCCUGUAACCCUGCAGGACUUGCCAAACCAAAAGAAUUUUUCAUGGGCGAAAUGUGUCAAAUGGGACUUAUUCUUUUAUUUUGUAUUCACUUUAUUGUUAAUAUAUCCUUCUUACUAAAUAGUUACUUAAAUAGUUUCUUAAUAGUUACUUUUUCAUAGUACUAUUUAUUUUUGGCUUGAUUCCUGACACCAUCUACAUCCUUAGGUGGGGAUUAUACCACCCAUGCUGUUUUAACUAGAGCUCUAAUGAAUGUAAGUACAUUUCUUCUUUUCAUCUAUUUUAUAUAUAUCAGUACUUACUGCACCAUUGGCGUUUCUUUUGUUCUUUCUACCUCCUAUAUAUACCAUUGGCACCUGGAGGGCCAACAACACUUCAACCACCAUACAUCGUUGUACUGUCCAUGCGCUAUACAGCAGAGCUCCAAUUAGCUCUAAUAUAUGUGAGUGGUUUUCUUAUAGCGACUACUUAUAUCAUUAAGACUGUAUCAUACUGUAUUGCACUAUUAUUUGUCUUCUUUUUUUCCCCCUGAGGUUUACUACAUUUCCCUGAAGGUUUAUGUAUGUAUGAAUUUUAAAGCGCAGUAAACGCCACACUUUGUUUCCGUUUAUUCGUCACACAAGGUUUUUGGGAAUCCUUGUAUUGUAUACCGCAGCCUGUAUUAUAAUAUAGUGAGCGCCUAUACCCCUUGUUUUUUACACAUCCACAAGGGGCCUGCGCUGAAGACCCCUUCUCUAGAUUGUAAGCUCUUUCGAGCAGGGUCCUUAUCAACCUAUUGUUCCUGUAACAAUUUGUAAUUGUAUCACUUACUGUUAAAUUUCCCCCUUUAUGACUGUAAAAACCAUAAAAUAGUCAGUCAUAAGCUGGCGCUAUAAAUGUCAAUAAUAACCCUAGAGCAUAUCCCCCUGAAUAAUGCCUUUUCAGGGGGAUAUGCACUUUGGGAAACAUCUUGAUAUUUGCAUAAAAAGGGCAGUGAAAUUAUGUAAAGCAUUUCUUUCCCAAGAACGUCGUCCUAAACUAUCUUUUCCUCCAAAAAGACUUUUCCUUUUACGAUAAAGAUUUCAGGCUACAGAACUGGCUGUGUUCUCCAGAAUGCAGCCAUGGAAGAGAGGCCUCUCUUCUUCAAGAGGUUAUUGUGGCACAUGUGGAUCAUGUAGACCAGGCUUCCCCAAACUCCGGCCCUCCAGUUGUUGCUGAACUACAACUCCCAGAUAGGCUGAGAAUCAUGGGAGUUGUAGUUCAGCAACAUCCGGAGGGCCAGAGUUUGGGGAAGCCUGCUCUGUGAAAGCAGUCCUGAUGGGGCAUCAGUCCAGUCCUUGGGGGUAGGAGCCAGACAUCUAUGUUUCUACAAGGUCUGGGCUCUGUAUAUUUCAGACAAAUGGGUUCUGAAAACACUCCAUUUUGGUUAUUUCCUGGAAUUUGCCACGAUACCUCAUCCAUGAUUUCUUCCUUCCAGAAUCCCACAAAUUCAGAAAAAGCUCUUCACUCUUUCACUUGAUCCCUCCUAGCAGAAGGUGUAAUCUGCACUAUUCCCCAAAAAGAGAAAGGUUUGGGGUAUUAUUCAAGACUCUUCCUUACUCCAAAGGAUUCAGGAGAAUGAUGUGGAUCUUCACAAGCUCAACAAGCUGUUAUCUGUGAGAAAAUUCAAGAUGGAAUUAAUCAGCUCCAUUGUAAAGGUCAUCUCUCCAGAAACUGGAUGAGAUCUUUAGACCUUCAAAAUGCCUACUUCCAUGUUCUGAUUGCAUUCACUCACCAAAAGUUUCUGAUGUUUACAGUAGAACCUUAAAAAAAAAAAAAAUUUAAAAAUUGGUAUCUCUCAUUGCUUUUAUCCAUCUAGAAGAGAUCUCCAUUUUCCAUUAGCUAAAAUAUAUUCUGGUUCUUUCAAACAACAAUAAUCUUCUUUUUUCUCACCAGGACAGUUCUUCAGCUGCUUCAGGAAUUUGGAUGGAUCAUAAACCUCAAAAAGUCAGCUUUCGUCAUCCAAGAUGAUCUAUCGAGGGGCAAGGUUUGACACAAACAGAGCUAGUGUCCAUGUCUAUGGAAAGAACUCUAAACAUCCAACACAACGUUCUCCAUCUUAUAGUGGUCAAGUCAGUCACAGCCAGAGAGUUCAUGAGCUUUUUGGGUAGCCUAUCCUUAACAAUAGGCCUUACAAGAUUGUAUCGGCCAUCUCCCAGGCUUAUCAGGUUUCUGAAGUGUCUAUCCCAUUGGGUCUUCAUGCUCACUCCACGAGUUCUGGCUUCCUUUUGGGCAGCUGUAGUCAAUAUUUCUCCUGAGCGCAUUUGUUCUGCAGAAAACCGGAUGUCCUUUAAUACAUUUAUUCAUUACUGGUUGGAUGUUGCCAGAGCUUCUAGUUCUGCCUUUGGCAGAAGUGCUCUUUCUUUAGCUUUAUAAUAGUUUAUUUUCUUCCAAAUGUUGGCUGGUUUCAAUUUGUUUCCCUCCCUUAUGUCUUUAGCUUGGGUAUUAUCCAUCUGUAGUGCUGCCAUGGAUAUAUCAGGGAAAAGAGAAAAUGUAAUUCAUACUUACCGAUAUUUUCUUUUCCAGGAUAUAGGCCAUGACAGCAUUAGGAUUGCGUCCUGACUUUUAUUUUGUUUGUGGCUUUGGACUAAAACUGAGGACUUAGGGGAGGGAUUUGUUUGUUUAAUUAGGUGUUCCUGUCCAAACGAGGAGUGGAAGGAGCUAUAACUAUCUGUAGUGCUGCCAUGGCCUAUAUCUGGAAAAUGAAAAUAUUAAGUGUGAAUAAAAUUUUCUAUUUUCUUGUACAUCAUCUAAAUUAAUUAAAAUUACUAAACACUAUAAUCUAUAGACUUGUGCAUUCAGCUUGACAAACAGUUUUAUUUCCUUGGAAAGGCCAUAACACCACCACUGAUAAGGGGAACAUGCCGGCCAAACUGGCACUGCUGGGCACAACCAGGUGUAUGGAUGAGGGUGCCUUCUCUGGGACCCAUAACUAUGGCAUCCUGGAUGAAUACCAGUCUGGCAGUUCGAUCGCUGCAUCUCCCAGCAAGAGGAUGUUUGGUCAACUAUCUAUGUAAAGACUAUAGUGGACAUGCCUCCUGCUGACUCCAUGAAGGCACAGUCGGUCUCCACUGACGACCCUGUGGAGAUCCUGGUUCCUUCUGGCCAACCUUACUUUGACCCAUGCUUCCUCAAGCAUUUGCACUCCUCUGAAUUGGUUCCUCCUGGCCAUAUUGCAGAGUUCCUCAAGAACUGGCUCCAUUGCCCCAUGGGUAAGGAGGUCAGGGCAAAGCUUCAGGCGGAACCAAUCCAGUAUUUGCCACCUUUAUGAUGAGGUCGAGAAAGAAUCCCAGUAAGGGCCUGGAGCAGGGGCCCACUGAUGCACAUUUUCCAGAUUGCCGAUAAAGCUUUGGGUUGAUGCGCACCUACUCUGAGAAUGGGCGUAGAGAGCCAUCUGUCUGCUGGAUAACACCAAUGUUGCACUAUCUACCGAACACCGCAAGGCGGUGCCUUACAAGUUAGAUGGCAAGCUGUCAGGGUAUUUAUAUCGGCAGACAUCUUGUGCUAUGAUAGAAAUUAAAAGUGUAUAUUCUGAGUCACUCUGAACAGAGCAGACUCCAUUUUGUUAUUUCCAAGUUAACAAAAAGACACAAGAUUUCUAUCUGUAAACUAACCACUUUCCCAGAGCUAAAGGAAUGCAUAGUAUAAACAAGUGAUAAGAAGAACGGGGGUUGGAUAGACUGUCUAUAUGUAUAAGGUCCCAUUGUAAGUUAUGGGUCAAAACUCAGAUUUGCCAGACACAUAGUCUGGACAAAACUUAAAGAAACCCUUUGAAAUUUUAAGUUAUGGCACUAUAAAGAUAACGCAAAAUGACGUCAAAAUAGCCACCAGGAAAAGUUAACUCUUUCCUGGAUAGGUAUGUUUAGUGGGACUGUCCUCUAUAGACCAAAUAACUAAAUUGCGAUCUGGAAGAUAACCACACCUCUAGUGCUUCUAUUGGGUUAUCAACUGAUGACGUACAGAGAGUCUGGCCCUUUAAAAGUGAGGACAAAGGGAAGAUUGAGAAUGCAAAGAAAGGAAAAAGAGGAGAGAGGAUUUGGAAGUUGGGGACUCCAACUCGGACAUGCAGAGAAACCCAGGACAACAUCUGAGACUAACACUCUACUCUUAAAACUCUAACACUUAGAAUUUCACUGACUUUCUAACCAACACCACCUUUCACCAUAACUCAAUGCAGACAGACAUCCAAAUAAGUUCCUGAGACUAUCUACCAAUCAGAUGAAAUAUCUACUCAACUGGUAAUUAUACUGGUUUCAUUUAAUUAAUUAAUUUAAUUAAAAUGUAUUAAUAGCAUUAUAUAUAACUGGAUAAAGCACGGUCAGAUUUCCAUAUUUAGAAAUCUUAGUUAACUAAAGAAUAUAUAGUUAUAAACAUUCCAUUCUGCAGGUGGAAUUAAGAAUAAUUAUAUAUUAAGGUGAUAUUAUUACGUGUUAGCAUACCGUUGUUUUUAUCCAGGUGUAUUGAUUUGCUCUAAUAUAAGAUAGAUAUCUUUUAGACAAAUUAAAAUCUGCUUAUAUAAUAUGGUAGAUUCUCUUAUUGGAUGGUUCCAGGAAAUGACUAAUGAACUGGUUUAAAUGUUAUUUUAUUUAAAAUUACAUAAGAAUAGAUCUUAACUACCUAGGAGAUCUAGCCAGCAUUGAAAGGGUUAUUCUAACUGUUAGCCAGGGUUUUAUGGCCCUUCGCUGUGAAAAGUUUCACUUUCAGUCUGUGAAAGAUAGUCAUAAAUCGUCAAAAAUCUUGACAGAUAAUGCUGUUUAGCCAUUGAAACGUAUUUAGCCAUUCCUUUGUAUUGCAUAUCAUUUUAUACUGGAUAUUCAUUGAUUAUUAUCACGCAUGUUACAUAUUAUUAUUAUUAUUAAUAAUUAAUUUGUUAUUAUAAAUAAAAUCUAUUUUUAUAACAUUGUGAUUAUUUAUAUGAAAUACUUCUCACUUAACACGAUAACGAUAUUUGGGAUCUGAGAAUUGAAUUAGUGGGCAAUUCUCACUGUUACUAUUAUUAUCCCAUAAAUAUCCCCACAUAUUGGAGGCACUGCUGAGAUCGUUUAAGUUGAAAUUAUAUUUCAUAUAUAAUAAUAUUGGUGUAAUUCAUGCAAUUUAAUCUUGAUAUAGAAAAGAGUUUUGUAUUGAGAUUAAAUCAGUAUAUAGAAAUAUGGCUGAAUCUAGCACUUCAUCUCAAUCAGAGAAUGGGAAGAAGUUAGCGGAAAUACAAGGUUUUCCCUUAAGCAUCUUAUAUCAGUAUCUAAAUAUUAAAGUUGAUUAUCCAGAGUGGAUACUCCAACUAAAAAAACAGGUUGAUGAUUCGAUUCAUGAUAGAUCGGCUGAUUCACCUAUGGUUAAAUAUCUUAGCCAUAUAGAUGAAGAGUCUACAAUGCGAUCUGUUACCAUAUCAUGCCCGUUUUUCAUAUUGGGUUAUUCUAUUAUGUUAAACAAGCAUAAUGAGAUAGAACGUAAAUUGGACGAGUGUCAGAAAGACCUGGUGCUCGAACAAAGCAGGUUCAACACUUUGUCUGAUGAAAAUAAUCUCCUUCGGGCUCUAAACUCUGACCUUUUUAAUAAACUGGAAAGAAUGAGCAAAAUGGUGGAUGAUUAUGAUCAACAGAUAAAACAGAUACAGAUGCAGCUAGAUGAAUAUCAAAAGGGAAGUGAAGAAUUACUGGGAAAAGACCCAAGUGAUUCUUCUCAAUUCCCUGAUAUUCACACACCAGACCAGGUUUUCAUGAAACAGUCUCUAAGAAAAGAGGUGAGUAAUUCUGAGAAAACACCUGUAGGUUCUUGGCAAUCUUGGGCAGAACAGUUUGAAAAGACUGUCUUGGCCAAACUUGACAGAAGGAAUCAGAUUCAAGGUGAUAGGAAUGAAAACAGACAUGGUUCUGUUCACUGGCAGAAUUCUGAUGCUGAUCGGAACUGUGACAGUGAACGAGAAGCUCAGAAUGAUGGGAGUGAAAGUGAUUGCACUGUCCACUCUGAAGGCCAUGUAACUGAUAUGCCAUCUGCACUGUUGUACGGGUCUAAUUCCUCUUCAGCAGACAGAUCGCAUAGACGUUUACCCAAACACAGAAACAGAGGUCGUAAAUCAACGAUGCCUGUUUAUGAAACACCAAAGGUCAUUAAAUUCCUUAGAGAGACUGUCCCACAAUUUUCUAGAGGUUCAGGAAACAUAUCUGAACAUCUGGAAAAUUAUGAUAGAGCAAUGAAUUCAUUGGGCAUGUAUGAUGACAUUCAUAAGAAAUGGUUCAUUACAUGGACCUUUGAUUCAAUGUGUCGUGUUUAUCUAGAAAGUCUUCAAGCUAUACAGUUAAUGUCCUGGUCCAAGAUGAAAUAUGAAAUAAUCAUGGAAUAUGGUAAGUAUAAAACCAUUGCCUCUGCUAAGAAAGCGCUUUAUAAUUUAAAGUGCCGUCCAGAUCAAAGCCCCAGAGAAUUUUUAAUAAUUCUUAAAAAUGCAUACUCCGUGGCCCAAAGAAAACCCAGGUAUGAAAGCACAGACUUCAAAGAUCUGUAUUUUCAUGCCAUGCCAGUAAACAUACAAAUGAAUCUCGCAAGAGAUUACGAUUGUAAGUUACCAUUAGAAUGGCUAGUCAGUCAAUGCAUGAAGUUGUACACUAUACACCAUGCACAUGACGAAAAUCAGCCGAAGGUUAAGAAACCUGGUGAUAAAAUGUUGGCAGAGACUAAAAUUCAGUUAGGUUUAGAAACCCAACAGUAAAAGAGGACCUAUUCUGAGGUUUUGAAAUCUCCAAAACCUCAGAAACAGGAAAACGCCAGAAGCAAUUCUGCAAAUUCCUCCAAUAACUCUGAAAAAUCCAAUGCCAAUGGGAAUAAACGCCCCUGGGUUAAUAAGAACCAAGGCAAUUCCCAAUGGAGAAGGAAUCCUCAGGGAAAUAGGAGAUAUGGAAACAGAAACAACCAAUCUGCUUCCAAUUACUCCCAACAGUCUCAGCCAUCCCAGCCAAAUUCUAAUGGGCAAAGACAAAACGGCAAUGGGGGAAAUAAUUUGCGUCGUCAGGUUGGUCAAUUGACAGACCAGAUGGGCAAACUAAUGGAGGAAAUGACAAAGAUUAACGAAGUCUUUGCCAGAAAUCCUUUUUUAGGGAUAGCUCCAAUUGCAGAACUACCUGUGCAAACCCAGCAACAACAACAGGUGCCGCAGCAAUAAUAGCCACUGUGACUAAACAGGCUAGGUUGUCAGUAGAUGUAAUGCCUAAUCCUGUUUCCUUUCCAGGUAAUAAUAGUCAAACAAACAAUAGUUGUGUUAGAAAACCUAUUGCCUAUCCCGUCACUUCACUUCCGGGUGAAGGAGGCGCAACGUGUUCCUCUGUUUUUUCAUUUCAGCCAAAGGCUAAAGUAGCCCCAGCAGCCACAAGUUUCCAGGAUCCAGACCUGAAAGGGUUAACUGAUGAGAUGCCGACCACUAGUUCCCGCUUGACAGUUCUUCCUAAGAAGGAUGGGCCCGUGGGUAAGACUGAGCAUUCCUCAGUACAGGUAGAAACUACUGCUGUGAAUGGUAAUGUAUGGAAAACAAGUAAUAUGUUGACACAUUCUAAAUUCUUAUGUGAAUUAGAAGAACAUGAAGGAAGGUACUACAUGUCUGUAGAAAUACAGGAUUCAAAGGGUUAAUAGAUACUGGUUCUCAAGCCACUAUCUUAUCCAAUACCUACUACCAGCAGGUAAUGGACUUAGCAACGGAUAAGCCGAAGCUAAGAGAUUUCCCCAAUGCUCUGUUGAGUGUAGGAGGAAAUGCCCUUCAUGUUAUUGGCAAUACCUGGUUAAAGUUUAAAAUAGGUAACAAAACCUUUAGACACCCGGUGAUAGUGGUAGAUCUCCCCUAUGACCGACUGAUUCUGGGUAUAGACAUACUCAGAAGACUUAACACAAUUAUUGACUGUGUAAAUGGAAUUGUAUGGUCACAAGCUAAGGUUCCCAUAACCUAUGAGAAAUCACAUGUUCAAUCUGAUCGUAACUGCCAUGUGAUAGAAGAAAGACCUGACUCGAUAGAGGUACAUUUUAGGAAUAGUCAGUCACCUGACGUGACUAUCCUGCAGGUGAAUGAUGCAAUCGCACCUGUAGAGGAGCAUUCCAUAAGAAUUGCUCCAGAGAGGAUCCAGAAUGUCUCUCUGGAAGGUGAUGUUUUAACCAUUUCUCUCCACAGGGACUAUGUUGAAUCUGUAGAUCUGGCAGGUCAUGCUCAAUUCCUUGCCAGAAUUGAAAGGGUUAAUAACAACUUAUUCUUUCCUAUUCAAAUAAAUGACUUAGGAAGAAGUAGGAAUGCAAAGCUGGACUUAAAGAGUGAGAACAGCUAUAUUAGCAGAAGUCUGUUAAAGCAGAUCGCUAAUCCUAAAAUGAUCAGGUACGCUUCCCCACAUGACAGGUGGAUCCAGAACCUGGAUGGCGAAUCAGAGAGUUACAAUGUGAUAGCAAAAUGUUUACUAUCUAUUUCCAUCGGAAAUAAGACCGUUAAAUAUUUAUUCCUAGUGAUAGACGAACCUCGCUAUCAUGUUUACGUUGGCAAUGAUGUUAUACAUCGCUUUGCCAUACACCUUGACCUGAUUAAUUCCAACUUGUGGACAAGGUUAAAAGGUUAUCCUUGUGGAUACCUACACGAGGAAAACGCCCUGAAAUCAGGACAAAUACUCCCAUAUGCGGUAAGUAUCCAAGUUCCUGAUGACAUAACCAUUCCCCAAGGGACAAGUAAUUUUCUUUUACCCCUACAGGUCAAGGAGGGUCAGAGAUUGGAAAACUCUGAUGCCCUAAUCUGUUUAUCCAACAGGAUACAACAAUUAGGGAUGGUGGUAACACAUACACAAAUGGUAAGUAUUGGUAAGAAUCCCACCUAUAUCAUGGCCAACAAUGUUACACCCAAUAGUGUUACUUUACCAAAAGGAACAUUAUUAGGUCUAGCAUUGGAUGCUGAGUACUAUACAUUUGGUUUCCAAAACCAAAUUGUAGGCCUCAUCCCUGAAGAAUACUUAACUGAGGACGAAAUUGUCGAUCAAAUAUUCCAUUCCUCCCCAGAAGGAUUAUUCACUAUCCUAUCUGUGUAUCCCUUCAAUGUUGAAGAAGGCUCGUGUAAAAUCGAAGAAGCAUCUAUCACCUUCGAUCAUCCGCUCAAUGAGCAGGAAUCACAAGAGUAUCACGACCAAAGAGAAAAGGUAAGUCAACACCGAACUGACCUAACUUCUAGGCUUGAAGAAGCUUAUGAGAUAGGCCAGCCUGAAAUCUUUCCAGGAUUUCAGGAAAGGCUAGAAGAGCAAAUAUCUUUAGCUGACGGUUGCUCCAACGAUGCUGAGCGACAGCAGCUAAAGGAAAUCCUUUUGGAAUUCCAAGAUAUUUUUGCCAAAGAUUCCUACGACUGUGGGUUAACUAACCUCCACGUAGCCAGAAUACAAACUGAUCCAAAUUUACCACCUGUAUUUAUCAAACAAUAUAGACUCCCAUUAGCGUCAUAUGAUGGUCUACAAGACAUCAUUCAGAAUUUAAAGGAAAGGGGCAUUAUACGUCCAGUGCACAGUUCGUAUAAUAAUCCGAUCUUGGGGAUUCUGAAACCUAAUGGACAAUGGCGUUUAUGCGCUGACUUACGACAGCUAAAUAAACGCGUCUAUAUGUCUGGUUGGCCAACGCCAUACAUAGACCAAUGUUUGGUACAAAUGCAGGGAUCCAAAAUAUUCACUGCCAUUGACUGUGCGCAGGGAUAUUGGACUGUACCAGUCCAUAAUGAAGACCAAUACAAAUUGGCCUUCACAUUUGGAAAGCAGCAGUAUACCUGGACCCGUAUGCCUUUCGGUUACAUAAACUCUGGUCAUGAAUUCGCUGUGUUCAUGCAUAAAGCUAUGCCUGACGCACUCGAGAGAGGAACGUUAUCAUAUGUCGACGAUGUCUUGCUGAAAAGCACUUCCUUUGAUAAGCAUAUCUUAGAGAUUAGACAUGUUCUCACUCAGUUAAGAGAGGCAGGGAUUAAACUGUCUUUACAAAAGGCACAAUGGUGUCGCACCCAUGUCAAUUUCCUCGGACAUGAGGUAACUUCUGAAGGAUUAAAUCCCCAGAGGAAGAAGGUUGAAGCUGUACUAAAGGCUAAAACACCUUCAAACAUCAGGGAAUUAAGAUCGUUCCUUGGUAUGACUAACUACUCCCGUAAGUUUAUAGAUAACUAUGCAGAAAUAACGAAACCACUCUUACACCUGCUUAAAAAGGAAACUACCUGGAACUGGGGGGAGCCUCAGGACCAAGCGGUAAGUGAACUGAGGAGGAAGCUCACUCAGGCACCCUGUUUAGCAUACCCAGAGGGGGGUAAACCCUUCUAUCUGGAGACAGGAUAUACCGAUUUAAGCAUAAGUGCUGUUCUGUAUCAGAAGCAGGACAGUUUAAACAAAGUUAUUGCAUAUGCUAGCAAGACUUUGUCACCUGUUGAAGUUAAAUUCAACACGUGUGAGAAGGCGUUAUUGUCAACUGUCUGGGCACUACAAAAUUUUCGUAGCUAUAUCCAAGGUGAGAAAAUAAUUGUAGAAACAGCUCACCAACCUCUACAGUAUCUGCAGAGUGAAAGAAUUAGAGACGGUAAUCUCUCUAACAGUCGGAUUACUGCAUGGACUCUAUCCUUACAGGGAUGGCCGUUAGAAGUCCGUUAUAAACAUAAUAAGAGAAGCCCAGUUGCCCAAGGUUUAGCAGAAUUACAUGACUGUACUGCUCCAUCUCUGGAUGAUAAUGACACCGGAGAUGACUUCCUAGAAGAGCAAUUGCUAUCUCCUUAUACAGUUUAUGACGAGGAAUACUGUCGACCACUACCGUGGGUAUACAUUGAUGGUUGUUCAUAUCACCACGUCGUUGGUGCUGAACGAAAGUUAGUUGCAGGUAUCGGAAUCGCCUGGACAGGUGAUUAUCCCAAUGUAUCUAUAGGAUACAAUAUUGGUCCCAAAAGCAGUCAGAUAGCCGAACUCUGUGCAGUAUAUAAGACCAUUCAAAUGGCAAUAGAAUAUGGUAUCAAAGAAUUUGUUAUUAUAACUGAUUCCAACUAUGUUCACAACAGUUUCGUUGAAUAUCUGCCUAGCUGGAAACGUAACCAAAUGCUGAAAAGCAAUAACAAACCUGUUAAACAUGGGAAAUUGUUUUGUAAAAUCGAUGAACUGGUUAGGGAAAAUGGUUUAACCAUAUUGUGACGAGACCAAUCUCGCCACAUUGCAUUGGAGAAGCCUGGUUACUCGCCUGCUGCCUUUGGACUAUGGCCCCCUGUUAAAAGACAUCUUUUUUACCUGCAGAAAAGCUUCAUUCGUGCUUUUCUGCCUGGGGUUCGGUAGAUUUGUUUGAAUGUGUUCAGAUAGGAAUCCCAUGGAGCCUUAUUUGUAUGAAACUGACUGUAAAGACUUUGGCUCCAUGGCGAUUAAACUGUAUUCGUGUGGUCUGAGCGCCAUUCACUUACAAUGUGCCUCAGACCUGAGCUAUCUGGGGAUAUGUGAAAUGUCUGUGUUUUAUGUAUAAAAGGUGACUUUAUGUAUUUUAAAGUGUUUUGUGUCUUUUGCAACCAUGUGCUUAAUGGAGUCUUGUGUCUGUCCUGGGAGAUAAUUGAAUUACUCUCCAGGAUAGAAGACUCUGAAACUGGUUUUGGGCCAGAAAGCCAUGCUUCAUUUAGUCACAAAGGACUUUCCCUUAACUUUUGAACCCCUGGUCUGAUUCGUGCCAUUUUUUAAUAUGUUGUUCCCCUGAAUGGAUUGAUUGUGAAUAUGUAAUUUUAUGUGAAUGUGAUGUAUGGUUUUAGAGUUAUGAAAGUGGGUAGAAAGUAUGCUUUAACUGUAUGUAUAAUUGAGUUUCCUCUCAGGAUAAGGGGAGGGAAUAUGUGGGAUGUAACUGUGAUGUGAUUGGUUGUUUUAUACCUCCCUGUGGGCGGUCCUGUAUUUGCAAGACUGUAAUAAAAACCAGGCUGGGUGUGCCAGCACCUCAGACCACUGCUUGACCCUCAACACGGAGCCUUGUCUCGUUCUUGGGGGGAUUCACUGUAUGCUGUUAGAGACUGAUUGCCAGGAGUGUAAGCUGUUCGUCUGCUUUUCCUGUUCAUCUGCUAGCAGCUAUUUGGGAGGUUCCAGUUCGGGAGUUGGAGUGCUAUUUUGUAUCCAGUUCGGGAGUUUGGUGUUCUGCAGUAGCUGUGCCUGCAUCUCUGGAAAGGGGGCCGAUCGCCUAAACGGUUUUUACCCCUUGUGUGCAAAACGGUCCGUUACACAUAUAUUGGAAGAAAACCAAAGGCCAUUCUAAAAUAGAAGGUAUUGACAAGGAUGGUAAUGACUUAGCCGAUUCACUGGCAAAACAAGCUGCCAUCAAUGGUGAAACCUUAAACAUUGAUGAUCUUAUGGGUUCAAUUCAUGUUGAAGCCAUAACUAGACGACAGGCUAGAGAUAAUGCCGACUUAAAUGUCGUGCAAUGGAGUCAAGAAGCUCCUAGUGAGGACCUGAUUACUAGUCAAAAGAAUGAUCCCGUCAUAGGUAUAUUCUAUAAACAUAUAGAAGACCCUACUGCCAAUCCCAUCACAGAUGAGGAUUGCAAAGAUAAUGAAGAUUUACGAAUCUUGAUGAGAUAUAAAGUUCAAUUUAGUAUCAUGGAUGGGUUACUGGUCAGAACUUCUAAACAUGGUAUACAACAAUGGGUAGUCCCAACUGUAUACAGGGGGUUAAUGCUCCAACACGCACAUGAUGCACCUACAUCUGGGCAUCGUGGUGAUAAGAUCACAUAUGAGAUAUUGCAUGAUUAUGCAUAUUGGCCACACAUGUUAAGGGAUGUUAAGACAUACUGUCAGGGAUGCUUGAUUUGUCCGCAAUAUCAACCCCAUGGUCCAACCCAUCGUGCACCACUUCAGAAGAGGGGGGUGUCAUUACCCUGGUCUGAUAUUCAAAUUGACUUUAUAGGUCCUGUAACAAGAUCGUCAAGAGGUAACAAAUACAUGUUAACCGUUACAUGUAUGUACACAAAGUGGAUAGAAUGUUUGCCUUGUAAAGAGAACAUGAGUACCGUGUGCGCCACCUUGUUGAUUAACCAUGUCUUUUCCAGGUUCGGUCUGCCUCAAAGAAUUGAGUCAGACAGAGGUAGUCAUUUUACCAGCGAAGUAAUGGCUGUGGAACAUUCUAGGUGUUAAACGAAAGCUACAUAUUGCAUACCGCGCUGCGUCUAGCGGGGGGGUAGAGCGAUAUAACCAGUCUAUCGUUAAUAUCCUGAAGAAGUAUGUUAAGGAGUCUGGUAAAGACUGGGACAUUAAAUUGCCCCUAGUUUUAAUGGCGAUUAGAGCUACACCUAGCACUGCUACCAAAUUGUCACCUUUUGAAUUGAUGACAGGAAGAAAGAUGGUUUUACCACAGCAUUUACUAUAUCGUACUUCAGAUCAUAACUUGAUCAAUGCUGCCACUACGCAUCAGUAUAUCGAAGAUUUGCACAAGCAUUUACAGCAUGCGCUUGCUUUUGCCCAAAUGAAUCUAGAAAAAGCAGCGACAGGGGUUAAGACCUAUUACGAUCUAAAAACCAUGGAAAAGGAAUAUGAGAUCACAGAUCAAGUCUAUCUGUAUAACUUUGCGCGAAAUCAAGUCAAGGAAAAUAAAUUUUUACCUUCUUGGAAAGGGCCAUAUGUCAUCAUUGACAAAAUUUCCCCAGUAGCGUACAAGAUAAAAAUUCCUAAGGAUGGUGAUUUUAUUGAAAAGUGGGUUCACAUUAACCAGUUGCGUGCUUGUCAUCCUAAAUCUCAAUUAAGGAUUAUAGGUGUGGAUUCAGACGCAGAAGGGUGAACGACUAACCUGGAUGAAUGCUUGAUUCACGUGGUAUAGUAUGAUGUGAAAUGUUGUGAUGUGCCAUGAUCUCAUGUACGUUCAUGUCAUUAACCAUUUCCUUGCCAUCCAAUAACUACAAUUUCUAAGCAGGUUACUAGCUUGUUUAGCUGCUAUAGGCGAAUUGCUGAAGAGUCAGUAAUAAAUGUAGUGAGGGAUGAAGUUAUAAAAAUAGAAUUAGAGAGAAUACAUAUGUUGAUGAAUCGUAAUAAUGUGUUGUCCUAGGCCAAGUGAUGUCACACUGUUAUAAGUUUGUAUGCUUAACAAACCUUGAAUCAUUAGUAGAUAAGUCUGAAACGAGUUCCUGAUCCGUGACUGUCGAAAGAUGUCCAAGAAGGAUGUGACGUGUUUCUGGAUCGUACUGCUCCUGUGCCAAGAGCUACGGACCGACCCGAUCGCAGAGAUGGGACCAUCCUCCGGCAUCCUGAUUCAAGAGACACCAGGGUUCAUCUUAACAGAGAAGAGGAUCCUGACCAGACGUGUGUUCGUCAGCUUGGACCCCAAGAUUUCCAUCGAGAAGGCAUACAACAUUUCAUCGAUGCAGCUUCCUGAGUUACAGACUUGGUACCAGAUGCACCUCCAAAGAGCACAGGACCGUGUGCGAAACAUCUUGGAGCAAGCCCGGAAACCAUUUGUAUCCAGUUCUAUUCCGAUGAGCAACCGACCCAAAAGGUUCCUCACCGCUAUAAUUGUUGCAUUAGUUUGUGCCACUGUCGGUGCAGUUGUCGCAACUGGAAUGUCUGCAGCCAACUCUAUUACUGUCCAAAAGCUGGAUAUGGAAAUCUAUGCGCUAAAGCAACACAUUAACGAUAUUCAUCAGGUGAUACAACAGCAAAGAACACUUCUCCAAGACGUGUUAACUAUUGUGGAAGACACAGUUGUUACAACAAAUUUGCAUUCGGAGUUAAUUGCCAAAUCCACUGAGUUGCACCAAAGUCAUGACUUAUUUAAGCGUGAACUUCUAUUUCUGCAUGACCCAAUAUUGUUCCACACACUUGCUUUUCUUGACGAAGUGCAAACUGGAAUGAUCGAAUUGGCAGGGGGACGCAUACCUCUGUACACUGUAUCCAAGGAUAUUGUUCAUGCGAUGCUUGCCAAUGUGGAUGGAGAAACAUAGAAACAUAGAAACAUAGAAACAUAGAAUGUGACGGCAGAUAAGAACCAUUCGGCCCAUCUAGUCUGCCCAAUUUUCUAAAUACUUUCAUUAGUCCCUAGUCUUAUCUUAUAGUUAGGAUAGCCUUAUGCCUAUCCCACGCAUGCUUAAACUCCUUUACUGUGUUAACCUCUACCACUUCAGCUGGAAGGCUAUUCCAUGCAUCCACUACCCUCUCAGUAAAGUAAUACUUCCUGAUAUUAUUUUUAAACCUUUGUCCCUCUAAUUUAAGACUAUGUCCUCUUGUUGUGGUAGUUUUUCUUCUUUUAAAUAUAGUCUCCUCCUUUACUGUGUUGAUUCCCUUUAUAUAUUUAAAUGUUUCUAUCAUAUCCCCCCUGUCUCGUCUUUCCUCCAAGCUAUACAUGUUAAGAUCCUUUAACCUUUCCUGGUAAGUUUUAUCCCGCAAUCCAUGAACCAGUUUAGUAGCCCUUCUCUGAACCCUCUCUAAGGUAUCAAUAUCCUUCUGAAGAUACGGUCUCCAGUACUGUGUACAAUACUCCAAGUGAGGUCUCACCAGUGUUCUGUACAAUGGCAUGAGCACUUCCCUCUUUCUACUGCUAAUACCUCUCCCUAUACAACCAAGCAUUCUGCUAGCAUUUCCUGCUGCUCUAUUACAUUGUCUGCCUACCUUUAAGUCAUCAGAAAUAAUCACCCCUAAAUCCCUUUCCUGAUAUGAGCCUAUGCAAUUAAAUCUGGCCUUUGAGAUGGGGAGUGCUAUACCUCUCUUAAUUGAUCCGGAACGUAUGGAGAUUUGCUUUUUAUUGGCCAUACCAUAUGUAACUCCCAAAAACAUUUUUCAAAUGAAAAUAAUGUACUAUAUAAUAAUAAUAUUAUGGUUGAUUGUACUAAGUGUAAAGUUCAAAACUUUUACAGGUACAAAUAUAUACAAAAAUGUUCAUUCCACGCACGGGCCUAUGUUAGAAAUGAUGUGAUUGCACAAUAUGUCUGGUAACUUCUAUAGUGCUUAUUCAUAAGCUAAAUUAAUUUUGGCUACGAAAUGCACUAAAGGGGGGUUAUGUCAGGGUAUUUAUAUCAGCAGACAUCUUGUGCUAUGAUAGAAAUUAAAAGUGUAUAUUCUGAGUCACUCUGAACAGAGCAGACUCCAUUUUGUUAUUUCCAAGUUAACAAAAAGACACAAGAUUUCUAUCUGUAAACUAACCACUUUCCCAGAGCUAAAGGAAUGCAUAGUAUAAACAAGUGAUAAGAAGAACGGGGGUUGGAUAGACUGUCUAUAUGUAUAAGGUCCCAUUGUAAGUUAUGGGUCAAAACUCAGAUUUGCCAGACACAUAGUCUGGACAAAACUUAAAGAAACCCUUUGAAAUUUUAAGUUAUGGCACUAUAAAGAUAACGCAAAAUGACGUCAAAAUAGCCACCAGGAAAAGUUAACUCUUUCCUGGAUAGGUAUGUUUAGUGGGACUGUCCUCUAUAGACCAAAUAACUAAAUUGCGAUCUGGAAGAUAACCACACCUCUAGUGCUUCUAUUGGGUUAUCAACUGAUGACGUACAGAGAGUCUGGCCCUUUAAAAGUGAGGACAAAGGGAAGAUUGAGAAUGCAAAGAAAGGAAAAAGAGGAGAGAGGAAUUGGAAGUUGGGGACUCCAACUCGGACAUGCAGAGAAACCCAGGACAACAUCUGAGACUAACACUCUACUCUUAAAACUCUAACACUUAGAAUUUCACUGACUUUCUAACCAACACCACCUUUCACCAUAACUCAAUGCAGACAGACAUCCAAAUAAGUUCCUGAGACUAUCUACCAAUCGGAUGAAAUAUCUACUCAACUGGUAAUUAUACUGGUUUCAUUUAAUUAAUUAAUUUAAUUAAAAUGUAUUAAUAUCAUUAUAUAUGACUGGAUAAAGCACGGUCAGAUUUCCAUAUUUAGAAAUCUUAGUUAACUAAAGAAUAUAUAGUUAUAAACAUUCCAUUCUGCAGGUGGAAUUAAGAAUAAUUAUAUAUUAAGGUGAUAUUAUCACGUGUUAGCAUACCGUUGUUUUUAUCCAGGUGUAUUGAUUUGCUCUAAUAUAAGAUAGAUAUCUUUUAGACAAAUUAAAAUCUGCUUAUAUAAUAUGGUAGAUUCUCUUAUUGGAUGGUUCCAGGAAAUGACUAAUGAACUGGUUUAAAUGUUAUUUUAUUUAAAAAUUACAUAAGAAUAGAUCUUAACUACCUAGGAGAUCUAGCCAGCAUUGAAAGGGUUAUUCUAACUGUUAGCCAGGGUUUUAUGGCCCUUCGCUGUGAAAAGUUUCACUUUCAGUCUGUGAAAGAUAGUCAUAAAUCGUCAAAAAUCUUGACAGAUAAUGCUGUUUAGCCAUUGAAACGUAUUUAGCCAUUCCUUUGUAUUGCAUAUCAUUUUAUACUGGAUAUUCAUUGAUUAUUAUCACGCAUGUUACAUAUUAUUAUUAUUAUUAUUAAUUAAUUUGUUAUUAUAAAUAAAAUCUAUUUUUAUAACAUUGUGAUUAUUUAUAUGAAAUACUUCUCACUUAACACGACAACGAUAUUUGGGAUCUAAGAAUUGAAUUAGUGGGCAAUUCUCACUGUUACUAUUAUUAUCCCAUAAAUAUCCCCACAAAGCUGGCUGGCACACUCUGCCUCAAAGGAACUGGAUCUGGACGCCAAGGACCUGCUAUUUGGAGAAGCCUUUAUGAAGAGGUGAAAUUAGCAAGUUUCCUUUUACUUGUCCCUUAACAAAGCUCAAGUAUCCUUUUGGGACGGUCUUCCAGUCAGGAGACCACUCUUUUCCUUCUCUAGGGCUGGCUGCCAGUGGGGCCACAUUUUCUGGCAUGAGGCCCUGCCUUUUUGGAGUCCUUUCCCACCUCCUACUGUGCCGGUACUGCAUGCUGUUUACCAGAGGUUCCUUCAGGGGCUGUGGUGCAUCUUCGUCCAGGGCGAGACACACCUCAGGUAAGGAUCCUUCGUUAUUUGCCAGACUUACAUGUUGCAGGCAGAUUGUCUCAUUUAUUUUUUUAUUUUUUCUCACUAGGAACCCCUGGGUAGUACAGACAGUGACCAGUUUCCGUAUUGAGUUUGUGGAUCCUCCACGUCUGACGCAGUUGAACGAGAAGCUGUCCAUACUAAUCCAGACAGAACUAAUUGCCCUCCUGGAGAAAGGAGUGAUAGAACGUGCACAGGUCCCUUCAUGUUCAGCAACAUUUUUGUAGCGGACUGGAUGUGUGUCUCACCUGUACCAGAGUCUGCCCCGGUUUCCUGGAGGGGACUUCUUGCUCGCCUCCUGCCCAGUGAUUAUGGUCCCGGGAAGAUGGGACCCUUUAAACCCCUUGACUGGACCUAAGGGAUUGUGUAUGAUCUUACUGGCCCUUUAAGAACCGGCCAGGGACAUACUAUGACUUUUUGGGAACAAUACCCCUUUAAGACUUUGUAGCAGAUUACAGUAAGGAUGUCUUUUAUAUUAUGUAUGUUCCUGUGUGCCCGGCUAAAUUGUUAUGUGUAUACAGCAUUCGUCUGAUUGUUCGGUAGAAUCACUACAUUCAUUAUAUUGAGUGAAACUACUGAACAACCAGACCACCCAGGAAUAAGUGUGCCUCCAAUUACUCGUUUGCAACAAUGUUGCAAACGGGUAAUUGGCAAUCUGUGUAAUGUGUUCUUUGUCCUCUGGGUGGCCGCCAUUCGGGAAACGAACACGUGGCGGCAGCCAUCUUAAACUCCCGAACAGCGGUGUUUUGCCGUCGAGUGUCUGAAACUAAAAUCGGACACUCGACUAGGCAAACACCGCUGAGACCUCCAGACUUCCAGCAAUUCGUGCAGAAACUACCGAACGGGCCGCCGUUCGGUAGAGAGGAUCCCACGAACAAAGGGAUUCAUACGAAUCCUCCCUAGGCUCUAUAACCCAGUCAAUUUGUGUGUUUUCAUUCCCUUUUCUGUGACCGACUGCAGGGCCAAAAUACAUGGAACUAUUUUCGGAUACUUUUGCCGUGCAGUCGGUCAAAACUUUAACCCUCCAUAAUUCCCGAACCCCGGGUCCGAUCUGGGUGAUUUUUGGAUGUGUGUCUCACCCAGAUCAGGGCUACCAGGGGAUGUAACAUUAAAGGUGUACCCCCCAUAUUUGGGGUACAUCCAAGAAUUGGGGAAAGUGUGUACUGUAUAAUUAUGUUAAGUGUUAAUCUAAGGGGAGGAGAUGUGUGGGAGGUAACAGGUAUGGGAUUGGCGGAUGUAAUAAUUAUUGUAAAUCCCUCCCUUGCAUGGGAGAAUGUCUUAAAAGGAGGUGGUGUGAAUAAAUCUUGAGUUCCUGCUUAACCCUCAAAGUGAAGUGUCGUCUCAUUAUUGGGGAAGGAUUAAUUGUAUGCUGGUCCAGUUUGACUGCUAGGAGUCUAAACCCAUCCGUAUGGUUUUUGCCUAUUCAGCUGUUUAUAGCAUUUAUAUGCUAGAGAGAAGGUAUACGCUUCUCCGGUUCGGUGAUUGUGGUGUCUGCCAGAGUGCUUGGAGUCCUCAGGAAACGCUAGGAGCAUCCUUCAACGGAGGUACCCAUCCGGGGUGCCAGGUGAUCCGUUACAAUUUUCCUUGUCAGGAAGAAGACGGGACUUUUGUCCAGUUAUCAACCUUCACAUCCUCAAUGUGUACGUCAUCUAUUGUCAUUUCAAAAUGGAAGGCCACCACCUCCUCAGAUACCUGCUUUGCAAUUGGUUCUCACACCUGGAAGGCUUCAGGGUGUUUACCUUUCGAGGCACUCUGCUUUUCGCUACUCCUUCUGGGAUGUUUGUCAUCCUUUGUUUCCUUGAGGACUAGCUGGAUAAUGGAUAUUUGUCUCUUUGCCAGCUUUCAGCUAAGUUGGCUCUUCUCCUCUGCCUUGUGUCUGUUGAGUUUUGGACAUUCAAACUUUUGACGUGGAAUCUUUCUCCCUUGACUGUCUUUUUCGUUAACCGGUAGAAUGAAGUCUAACAUGUUGUCAGUUUUGUACCUUUACUUCCCGGAUACACCUCUGUGUGUCUUGCUGUCUUCGGAGUUACCCAUCUGUGACCCCGACUCUUUGACCCUCUCCUUGUGGUCAAUUACUGAUCUGCCCGUUUCCAGCAGUCUCUGCUCCUAUGUUUACUCAUUUGGUUUCGUGGCUCCUUGUCUCCGCUGGCAUGGAUAGGUCCUCCGGGGUGCAUUCAGUUCGGUGCACCGCAGCUUCGGCUCUAGAUUCUGUUGGCUCCCGUUCGGAUAUCCUUCUCAUGUUGGACUGGUUGAAGGAGUUGACCUUUUGAAUGUUUUUUACUUUUGUCCAUGUUUCUUCUGCCUUGAUAUCUCGGCAUUAAAAUAGAAAAUAUGAAGUCUUUCUGUCAUACCAUAAAAUUGGGAAUCAUUCUAGCCUUGGUGAACAAAUCUAAAUUUUAUUAAAGACAGGAGGCAAAUAUUUUACACCAUGCUUGUUUUUGCUUCCCUCCGUGAGUUUUUUCUUGUCUUGUGGGCGUUUGUGAUUUUUGUUUGUUGGUCUCUGUUUUGAUUUUGUUUGUCUACAUGUUUACUCCUGUGGUAUUUACCUGUUUUUAGUUUUUCUGACUGUUUAAUCCUGUAUUGUAUUGUUUUGAUAUUUUAUGAAAUUCAGCAGUUUAUUUUACGUGGUUUUCUCACUUUGCAGUUCGAUGGGGACUUCUUCUGGUUCCGUUGGUUCUUGUGUGGUUGUACAUGAUUCUUAAUUUACUCAGCUUGGAAUUCCUGCUCAAGCUCAUCAAAGAAAAAGGAAGCAGAAGGGUCUGCCUGUGUUUUUAUAUUACGGUUUUAUUAAUUUUUUUCUGCUUUGUUGUUUUCUGCAAGUUAUGUUAACAUUUUUUGUUCCUGGAGGUUUUAGUAAAGAAGGAAAAGCAAAAAUGUGUCUCCUGUCUUUAAUAAAUAUUGUUAUUAUUUGUUCAAGGCUAGAAUAAUACCCAAUUAUGUAAUAUCUGAGGUCUUGCUCUCCAUUUGAAAGAUUCAAGCUAUUUUUUUCUCUGUGUCUCUGUAGGAAAAACAUUUAACCCCAUCAAUCUCUUGGGAUCUGCUGUGAAUAGCACCAUCAGCUACGUUUUGUUUGGGGAAAAGCUUGAUUACCAGGACCCAAAAUUGCAUGAGCUUAUAAUUGCAGUUCGGAAGCACGUUAGCAGCAUAUUCUCACCUAUUCAUCAGGUACAGUAUAACCCAACUAUAUUGCAUGCUCUUCCAGCUCUUUGGAACUACAGUCAAUCACCUCCUCAUUCCCUUCACAUGCUAUCAGUUACUGCACUUACACGAUUAAUUCUCUCUGCCAUUACCUUCAACUUACUCAUCUACCUCAGCCUCUUACACCUGGUCCUGCUGACUAAAAACUUAAUUCGUCUGAGUUAAUUCACACAGGGGAAACAAUGGUUUUGGGAGAUAUGAGUUUCAAUCAUGUGGCAUUUCUGUUCGUGUGAAUUUCACCCAUACAAUAGUUUUGGGAAAAAUGACUCUGAUGAACCAAAAUGGUGAGAAAAUUGGCCAAAUGAUUGUACUGUAAAAUAUAUACAUAACAUCAAUAUUAAUAGUAUAAAUAGUAUGUAUAUCUUUUGCAGUGCACGCAUAGGAGCAUUUUUGCUCAAUUUGGUAUUCUGACCGAAUGAGAGAGAAAGUAAUUAAUAGGAAAACUGGAGGAGCAAAAAUCUAUAAUUGUAUAUGAAAUGCAUAAAUAAAGAUUUACUUAGUUUACUCCUCCUUCUUUGUCUUUGUCUCUCUCAUUUCAGAUGAACUGCAAAUCAUCCAAAAUUGUAGAUUAUUCUAACGUAGUGUACCAAUAAUCUUAAUUUUAGUAACUAAGAAGAGCGAAAGGAGCAUGAGCAACUCGGCGAAAGUAAUGUACUCGAAAAGGUACUCUCCCGUGUCCAAUUCGCGCAAUGCAUGAUGUCUGAAAGGGACACUCCCACUGAGAGAGCCUGAGAUGCUUCCGCCCAUCUGACAGAGUGGGCCCAAAACAGGAUUCAACACCAGCUAGAGAUAAUGGAUUGAUGGAUCCAUCUGGCCAACAUCGUAGUCGUCACCGGACCAUGUGGCCUGACAUACGAGAUUAAAAGUCGAUCCGACACCGAAACUGAAACCUGGGGUGGAACUGUGAUGUUUGUAUAACGCAUCAAAGCUCUUACCACGCACAACCGCAGUUCUGUGAGGAAAAUAACUGAUAACAAACAGAGGAGGAAUCCAACUUGGUGCGAGGGGAAAUAGCAAAGGAAACUCCUUCAGGAGAGAAAAAGAAUGCGACAAAAAGAGACCAGCGACUCAGAGGACCAUGCCGAGAUGUAGCAUUUCCAGGUGCUGGGGCCUAAGAGGUCCUUAGCCACAAGUUUUUGGGGGGAUCAGGAUCCCCAAAAAAACGUCCAAGCCACAAGUUCUAAUUUCUGAUCUAUGAUGAGAGGUUGAGGUUAUCCCCUCUGUCCCAUCCGAAGCAGAGUGAAGGAUGGCUGAAGAAUUGGGUGAUCUUGUGACAUCUCCAAUAGAUCCAGAAACCAUGCUUGGCUCUGCCAGAAAGGUGCUGUGAGGAGGGAAGCCCUGUGGAUUUGUGUGUGGUGGAGUACCGUCGCCAGAAUGGAAAAUGGAGGGAAAGCAUGGUUCUGCCUAGGCAAUUGAUAUAUUGUUCCGCAGAAAAACCUUGUUCAUGCGAAGUAGGAUGUAGCAGUUUGACAUGUCUUUGGCCUGACUGAGAAUUGCGAGGACCUCGCAAACAAUUAUAGGCAGUUGAUGUGUAGGCUGGCCUCCUCGUCCUGCCAAGGUCCCCCGUAGAGGAAUCCGUAAAGUGAGCCCCCAGCCCCAGAGACUGGCAUCCGAUUCCACUAGGAAAUCCGGAGAGGAGCCAAAGACCACUUUGCCAUGCCAGGUUGUCAUGUGUAGGAGCCACCAGUGGAGUUCUGUCCUCACGUCUGUUGCAAGUGGCAUCCAGUGGUCGUAGGACUGCCCGGGAACAUAGGCCGUUCGCUGUCAGGUAUUGCAUUGCCCUGUAUUGUAGCAGUCCUGGAAAUAUCGCAUAAAUUUGGGACGACUGAAGAUCCACUAUACGGGCGAGCAUCCGGAGGGGGAAUUGUGUCGAUACAAAGGGAGGGAUGUAAUCUUUGAGAUUUGAAGGCGCAGUACACAGUUCAGUGAGGCGAUUCUGAAACCGAGGAACUGGACUGUCUGCGAGGGGUUAGUGCUGACUUCUGUCUGUUCACUGCGAAACCCAAGGAUUCCAGAAAGUGGACGAUAAAUUUAAUUUGCAAUCAUAGCCUGCAUGUGGAUUCGCUGAAGAUUAGCAAAUCGUUCAGGUACAUCGUGAAACACCACGGAGCCGAACUGAGACUGAAAGGCAGACAUGUAAACUGGCAUGCUCAUCAUCCUCUCCACAGGAAAUGGAGAAAGCAUCGUCAGUCCCAAGCAACCGGCAUGCGUCUUUCAGAUUCAGUUGGAUGAACCAGUCGUUUUCAAGGAGGAGGUCCUGAAGGAGAUCUAUCCCUUCCAUUUUGAAAUGUCUGAAAACUACGUAUUUGAUUUUCUGGAGAUUUGUAACCGGUUGGUAGUACCCUGAUUUCUUCUUGACUAUAAAUAUGUUGCUGAAGAAAUCAAUCCCGUCCGGUGCGUAAUGCACCGAAGAAAAGAGACAGGUUGCCAGCGGUGCAGUUGGAAACAGGUAGGCCAGAAAUGUGACUCGCCUGUAGAGAAAACGUCCAUGACCUCCGUUUCUUGUUCCUCAGGCUCUGUCUGAGCCCCUGUAGUAUGAGGUCCUCUGUGUAGUGGUCGGGUAGAAGUUGGAGGAUAGGAUCUGGAUCCUGUAGACCAGAAGCGGCUGGUGGCUCGGCUCCGUUGCUGACCAGCCCUCCAAAACCCCUCUUUGAUGGAGCACAGAAAACCUGUUUGAGCGAUGAGUGCACCUUACUUAAGGUUGUAAUGGCACCCCCAGGCGUAGACGGGUUAACAGCCGUAUAGUAGAUAUUCCCUUUCAGAGACACUGGCAGCUACUGCAGAACACCAAACUCCCGAACUGGAACCAUACGAAUACUGCUAGCAGUUGAACAGGAAAAGCAUACAAUCAGCUUAUACUCCUGGCAAUCAGUCUGAAACAGCAUACAGUAAAUCCCCCCCCCCCAAGAACGAGACAAGGCUCCGUGUUGAGGGUCAAGCAGUGGUCUGGUUUAUUGAGGGCUACCUGCCCAGUAUAUAUGCAGGUCUCCCACCUGGUGGACACAAGACAGACAUGUACCAAGUACAGACACACAGAGGUAAAACAAUCCCACAAUGCAUCACAAUUCCCUCCCCUCUAUCCUGGAGAUAAUUGGGAAUUAAUCCAAUUAUCUCCCAGAACAGAGACAAAACAACAUUAUCUAUGUGGUGACUACAGGACAAUAAAAUACAAUAAAAUAAACAAUGUUACAAUUAUUACAGGAAAUAUAUACAUGUAACAUAUCCCCAGAUAGCUUAGGUCUGAGCGCACAUUAUUAUUGAAUGGCGCUCAGACCACACACAUACAGUUCAAUUGCCAUGGAGCCAAAGUCUUUUAUUACACGAAUAGGCUCCAUGGCAUGGCUAUCUGGGUUAACAGCAUUCAUAUGGUUAAAUACUGCAGGAACCGGUGUUCGGUUAAACAGCCGAAGGCAGAAGCAGGAAGGCUGGCGGCUCAGCGGUGUUCGUGAGUAAAAGUAUCCAUUUUCAGUUCCAUAAGUUUGGCACUGAACACCACUGGCCGUUCAUGAGCUGCAGACUGCCGUCACCGUGUGUUAACUAUGUGUAACUGCGACCACCCAGCGCUCAUCAAUUAAGCUGCGGAUAACCGCAGCUUCUGGGAGGCCAAUUGAUGGCACACGCAAGUCCCCGGUGGUCGGCCGUUCAGUACUUUGUUCGGUAGAUUGAAUCUACCGAAUGCCCCGGCAGAAAGGCAUGAAUAAGCCUUUCUGCUGGGAAAAUAAAAGGUUUUAAAUGCCAGGCCAUAGUCUAAAGGCAGCAGGUGGGCAACCCGGCUUCUCCAGUGCCCAGUGGCGAGGUUGGUACCGUCACAAAGGUCAUAAACAGGUUGACGUGAUUUUACAAUUCGGCAAUGAAAGGUUCCCUGAAGAGAAGACCUUUCGCCAGGGGCCUGAACUCUUUUGAUCCUAAUUCCAGCAAUUUUUGUGUCAAUUCUCAGGCGUGCUGUUUUGCGCCAUAUGGCACAAAGUGCGGCAUUGGCAUUGACUAGCAGGCAGAUUGAAAAUUGGGCCUAUUCUCGGAAAGCGUUUUGGCCAACUUGUGUAUCCUGGGUGAGAGCCAGGUCAGAAAAAUACAGUAUUUUUGCUAUAGGGUCAAGGAGAUCCAGCAAUUUGUCUUGCGUGGCUUGAAGACCCUUUUCAAUGCCUUUUUGUGGGUCCCGGCACGACCGACACCUAAAGACCGAUACAGUGGUGUAUGAGCAGAGCCAGAUGAUCUGGGAGGCUUAAUUCCGGUGACUUCGGAUGUCGGAUAGUGAGAGGGUGGAAUAGUGGGAUCCCUUGCACAUCUAGGAAGCAUCCAUCUUCAGGCAGAGGUCACCAGGUGGCUCAGGAUGCCCUUGAGGUAACCUUCUUCCUUCAAUACUGCUUCUGACCUCUAUUUGUAUUUUAUAUUUUUAUACAAUUAAAGCCGCUUUUUUCACUCCUUCACCCGGAGUCCUGCAUUUUGAGUGGAAGUGUCCAAGGGAUUCCCCCAGCCCCCCAUAUCAUCAGGGGUGGCACCAUAUAUGCCUGAACUGUCCAAGAUCCUGUGAGUGCAUUUCAUAUUGCGCAGUGUUACACUAUACCUCUUUUUAUUUAUGCUUCUGACAUAUGUCUGAGGCAAAUCCUCUGAUCCUCCAGGUGUAGGAGAUAGGGUUCACCAGAUUUUUACACAAGAGCUAUAUCUCAUGAUAUGAUCAGUAGGCCAUGCACGUAACAAGCAUUGAUAGUCCUGUACCCUAUGGGGACUGAUGCCAGUAGGCAUUUGCAUCAGCAGGACCCGUAUGUGUUUAGCUGGAGGCUCAUCCCAGGUGGUGUGCCUUGAUAAAUCAGAGGACAUCCACAUCAGUAGAUAUAUGUGGUGAAAGCCACCUCGCCACUGGACAUUGGAGAGGCCUGGCUGCCAGACUUCUACCUGCUGACUAUGGCCCCUGGUGAAUUUGUACUUUUGAGUGCAAUAUUUGGGCAUGUGGUAUUUUAUAUUGCUGCUACUGGCCCUUUAAGGGCCAUCCGUGGACAUAUUAUGACUGUUAGGAACAAUGCCCUUUAAGACUGUGUAGCAGAUUGCAUUCAGGCUGUAUUUAAUAUUAUGUGUUCGGUAAACGGUGUUAUGUGUAUGCAGCAUUCGACUGAUUGUUCGGUAGAAUCACUCCAUUCAUUAUAUUGAGUGAAACUACCGAACAACCAGACCACCCUGGAGUAAGUGUGCCUCCAAUUACCGUUUGCAACAAUGUUGCAAACGGGUAAUUGGCAAUCGAUGUAAUGUGUGGUUUUGUCCAUCUUAAACUCCCGAACAGCGGUGUUUUGCCGUUGAGUGUCUGGAACUAAAAUCAGACACUCGACUAGGCAAACACCGCUGAGACCUCCAGACUUCCAUGAAUUUGUGUGAAAACUACCGAAUGACCCGCCGAACAAGGGAAUUCGUUUAAACCCUCCCCAAGCUCUGUAACCCAGGCAAUUCGUGUGUUUUCAUUCCCUUUUCUGCGACCGACUGCAGGGCCAAAAUACAUGGAACUAUUUUCGGAUACUUUUGCCAUGCAGUCGGUCAAAACAUUAACCCUCCAUAAUUCCCGAACCCCUGGUCCGAUCUGGAUGAUUUUUGGAUAUGUGUCUCACUCAGAUCAGGGCUACCAGGGGGUGUAACAUUUAAAGGGGUAACCCUACGUUUAGGGGUACAUUUAGUAACCCAGGGAAUUUGUGUCUGGACUAAUGGGAUUAUGUGUCACACUAUGGGGAGGAGAUGUGUGGGAGGUAACUGGUACAUUAUUGGCUGGGGUACUAAUUGUUGUGGAUCCCUCCCUUGCAUGGGAGAAUGUCUUAAAAGGAGGUGGUGUGAAUAAAUCUAGAGAUUCUGCUUGACCCUCAAACGAAGUGUCGUCUCGUUAUUGGGGGAAUUGGAUUGUAUGCUGACUGCCAGGAGUGUAACCCUUUCGUAUGGUUUUCCUGUUCGGAUAUUUCCAGUGUUCAUGUGUUUCCAGUUCAGGAGAUCGGUGCUUACAGUAGCUGUCGGUGUAUCUGGAAAGGGGAAUAUCGCCUAAACUCAUCAGCUCUUUUGGCGUCCAAUACCAUUUAUAUGCAGAUGACACGCAAAUCUACCUGUCCUCCCCUGAUCUCUCUCCGCCCACCUUGACUCGUGUUUCUGACUGCCUCUCUGCUAUUUCCAACUGGAUGGCUGCUCACUUCCUUAAACUCAACCUAUCCAAAACAGAACUUCUAGUUUUUCCUCCCUCAAGUGCUGCUACUCCUGUGUCUGUCGCCAUCCAAGUCAACGGCGCUACUAUCACCUCUACCUCCCAGGCUUGCUGCCUAGGAGUUCUUUUUGAUUCUGAUCUCUCUUUUACUCCCCAUGUUCAAUCGAUAGCCAAAUCCUGUCGCUUCCAACUCAAGAACAUAGCGCGCAUCCGCCCAUAUCUAACGCCGGACGCGGCUAAGGUACUGGUUCAUGCUGUUCUCUCUCACCUUGACUAUUGCAAUCCCCUUCUCACCGGUCUUACAUGUUCCCAGCUUGCACCGCUGCAAUCUAUAAUGAAUACGGCUGCGAGGCUUAUUUUCCUGUCAGGUCGCACCUCCCACGCCUCCACGCUCUGUCAGUCCCUGCAUUGGCUUCCAGUUAGAUAUAGGGCCCAAUUCAAAAUUCUGGCGCUUGCUUACAAGUCCCUACAUAAUGCUGCUCCAACAUACCUAUCUUCCCUCACACACAAGUAUGUCCCGACGAGACCCCUGCGCUCAGCCCAAGACCUACUCCUAUCCUCUGCCCGGAUCCCCACCUCUGAUGCUCGCCUUCAAGACUUGUCCAGGACUGCACCUAUUCUGUGGACCUCCCUUCCCUCCUCAAUCAGACUUUCACCCAGCCUCCAUUCCUUCAAAAAAUCUUUGAAAACUCACUUCUUUAUUAAAGCGUAUCAAUUAAACUGUCAGCAGGUUUCUCAUCCCCCACCCCAUGACUCCGUUCCUUCACCUGUCAAAAAUGACCUACCAAGCACUCAAUAAACCCUUCUGUAACAAACUAUUUAAUUCCCCUACUUUAACCCUUUGUGUCACUAUACCCCACUCCCUCUAGCAUGUAAGCUCAUCGAGCAGGGCCCUCAACCCCCUCUGUUCCUGUAUGUCAGUGGUCCGAUCUCAAUUAUGUGUCUGUUAGUCCACCCAUUGUACAGCGCUACGGAAUUUGUUGGCGCUAUAUAAGUAAUAAAAUAAUAAUAAUAAUAAUAAACAGUUUUUAACCUCUGGUGAGCAAAACGGUCUGUUACAAUUGGUGGCAAGCGACGGGAUCAUUUCCACAGCCCAGAAGGACAGCUAUAAUACAACACCAGUUCCUGGAUUACAAAUUGAGGGCAAUGCUAGUACCCGUACAGCGACCCUAUCUACAAAAGGAACCAACUUCGACAGAGCAAGCAUGGCGCCUGGCUACACUCAGGAGCAGUUUGACAGAGAGGUGAGAGGUGUAUCCUGGGUGAGAGCCAGGUCAGAAAAAUACAGUAUUUUUGCUAUAGGGUCAAGGAGAUCCAGCAAUUUGUCUUGCGUGGCUUGAAGACCCUUUUCAAUGCCUUUUUGUGGGUCCCGGCACGACCGACACCUAAAGACCGAUACAGUGGUGUAUGAGCAGAGCCAGAUGAUCUGGGAGGCUUAAUUCCGGUGACUUCGGAUGUCGGAUAGUGAGAGGGUGGAAUAGUGGGAUCCCUUGCACAUCUAGGAAGCAUCCAUCUUCAGGCAGAGGUCACCAGGUGGCUCAGGAUGCCCUUGAGGUAACCUUCUUCCUUCAAUACUGCUUCUGACCUCUAUUUGUAUUUAUUUUAUAUUUUUAUACAAUUAAAGCCGCUUUUUUCACUCCUUCACCCGGAGUCCUGCAUUUUGAGUGGAAGUGUCCAAGGGAUUCCCCCAGCCCCCCAUAUCAUCAGGGGUGGCACCAUAUAUGCCUGAACUGUCCAAGAUCCUGUGAGUGCAUUUCAUAUUGCGCAGUGUUACACUAUACCUCUUUUUAUUUAUGCUUCUGACAUAUGUCUGAGGCAAAUCCUCUGAUCCUCCAGGUGUAGGAGAUAGGGUUCACCAGAUUUUUACACAAGAGCUAUAUCUCAUGAUAUGAUCAGUAGGCCAUGCACGUAACAAGCAUUGAUAGUCCUGUACCCUAUGGGGACUGAUGCCAGUAGGCAUUUGCAUCAGCAGGACCCGUAUGUGUUUAGCUGGAGGCUCAUCCCAGGUGGUGUGCCUUGAUAAAUCAGAGGACAUCCACAUCAGUAGAUAUAUGUGGUGAAAGCCACCUCGCCACUGGACAUUGGAGAGGCCUGGCUGCCAGACUUCUACCUGCUGACUAUGGCCCCUGGUGAAUUUGUACUUUUGAGUGCAAUAUUUGGGCAUGUGGUAUUUUAUAUUGCUGCUACUGGCCCUUUAAGGGCCAUCCGUGGACAUAUUAUGACUGUUAGGAACAAUGCCCUUUAAGACUGUGUAGCAGAUUGCAUUCAGGCUGUAUUUAAUAUUAUGUGUUCGGUAAACGGUGUUAUGUGUAUGCAGCAUUCGUCUGAUUGUUCGGUAGAAUCACUCCAUUCAUUAUAUUGAGUGAAACUACCGAACAACCAGACCACCCUGGAGUAAGUGUGCCUCCAAUUACCGUUUGCAACAAUGUUGCAAACGGGUAAUUGGCAAUCGAUGUAAUGUGUGGUUUUGUCCAUCUUAAACUCCCGAACAGCGGUGUUUUGCCGUUGAGUGUCUGGAACUAAAAUCAGACACUCGACUAGGCAAACACCGCUGAGACCUCCAGACUUCCAUGAAUUUGUGUGAAAACUACCGAAUGACCCGCCGAACAAGGGAAUUCGUUUAAACCCUCCCCAAGCUCUGUAACCCAGGCAAUUCGUGUGUUUUCAUUCCCUUUUCUGCGACCGACUGCAGGGCCAAAAUACAUGGAACUAUUUUCGGAUACUUUUGCCAUGCAGUCGGUCAAAACAUUAACCCUCCAUAAUUCCCGAACCCCUGGUCCGAUCUGGAUGAUUUUUGGAUAUGUGUCUCACUCAGAUCAGGGCUACCAGGGGGUGUAACAUUUAAAGGGGUAACCCUACGUUUAGGGGUACAUUUAGUAACCCUGGGAAUUUGUGUCUGGACUAAUGGGAUUAUGUGUCACACUAUGGGGAGGAGAUGUGUGGGAGGUAACUGGUACAUUAUUGGCUGGGGUACUAAUUGUUGUGGAUCCCUCCCUUGCAUGGGAGAAUGUCUUAAAAGGAGGUGGUGUGAAUAAAUCUAGAGAUUCUGCUUGACCCUCAAACGAAGUGUCGUCUCGUUAUUGGGGGAAUUGGAUUGUAUGCUGACUGCCAGGAGUGUAACCCUUUCGUAUGGUUUUCCUGUUCGGAUAUUUCCAGUGUUCAUGUGUUUCCAGUUCAGGAGAUCGGUGCUUACAGUAGCUGUCGGUGUAUCUGGAAAGGGGAAUAUCGCCUAAACUCAUCAGCUCUUUUGGCGUCCAAUACCAUUUAUAUGCAGAUGACACGCAAAUCUACCUGUCCUCCCCUGAUCUCUCUCCGCCCACCUUGACUCGUGUUUCUGACUGCCUCUCUGCUAUUUCCAACUGGAUGGCUGCUCAAUUCCUUAAACUCAACCUGUCCAAAACAGAACUUCUAGUUUUUCCUCCCUCAAGUGCUGCUACUCCUGUGUCUGUCGCCAUCCAAGUCAACGGCGCUACUAUCACCUCUACCUCCCAGGCUCGCUGCCUAGGAGUUCUUUUUGAUUCUGAUCUCUUUUACUCCCCAUGUUCAAUCGAUAGCCAAAUCCUGUCGCUUCCAACUCAAGAACAUAGCGCGCAUCCGCCCAUAUCUAACGCCGGACGCGGCUAAGGUACUGGUUCAUGCUGUUGUUCUCUCUCGCCUUGACUAUUGCAAUCCCCUUCUCACCGGUCUUACAUGUUCCCAGCUUGCACCGCUGCAAUCUAUAAUGAAUACGGCUGCGAGGCUUAUUUUCCUGUCAGGUCGCACCUCCCACGCCUCCACGCUCUGUCAGUCCCUGCAUUGGCUUCCAGUUAGAUAUAGGGCCCAAUUCAAAAUUCUGGCGCUUGCUUACAAGUCCCUACAUAAUGCUGCUCCAACAUACCUAUCUUCCCUCACACACAAGUAUGUCCCGACGAGACCCCUGCGCUCAGCCCAAGACCUACUCCUAUCCUCUGCCCGGAUCCCCACCUCUGAUGCUCGCCUUCAAGACUUGUCCAGGACUGCACCUAUUCUGUGGACCUCCCUUCCCUCCUCAAUCAGACUUUCACCCAGCCUCCAUUCCUUCAAAAAAUCUUUGAAAACUCACUUCUUUAUUAAAGCGUAUCAAUUAAACUGUCAGCAGGUUUCUCAUCCCCCACCCCAUGACUCCGUUCCUUCACCUGUCAAAAAUGACCUACCAAGCACUCAAUAAACCCUUCUGUAACAAACUAUUUAAUUCCCCUACUUUAACCCUUUGUGUCACUAUACCCCACUCCCUCUAGCAUGUAAGCUCAUCGAGCAGGGCCCUCAACCCCCUCUGUUCCUGUAUGUCAGUGGUCCGAUCUCAAUUAUGUGUCUGUUAGUCCACCCAUUGUACAGCGCUACGGAAUUUGUUGGCGCUAUAUAAGUAAUAAAAUAAUAAUAAUAAUAAUAAACAGUUUUUAACCUCUGGUGAGCAAAACGGUCUGUUACAAUUGGUGGCAAGCGACGGGAUCAUUUCCACAGCCCAGAAGGACAGCUAUAAUACAACACCAGUUCCUGGAUUACAAAUUGAGGGCAAUGCUAGUACCCGUACAGCGACCCUAUCUACAAAAGGAACCAACUUCGACAGAGCAAGCAUGGCGCCUGGCUACACUCAGGAGCAGUUUGACAGAGAGGUGAGAGGUGUAUCCUGGGUGAGAGCCAGGUCAGAAAAAUACAGUAUUUUUGCUAUAGGGUCAAGGAGAUCCAGCAAUUUGUCUUGCGUGGCUUGAAGACCCUUUUCAAUGCCUUUUUGUGGGUCCCGGCACGACCGACACCUAAAGACCGAUACAGUGGUGUAUGAGCAGAGCCAGAUGAUCUGGGAGGCUUAAUUCCGGUGACUUCGGAUGUCGGAUAGUGAGAGGGUGGAAUAGUGGGAUCCCUUGCACAUCUAGGAAGCAUCCAUCUUCAGGCAGAGGUCACCAGGUGGCUCAGGAUGCCCUUGAGGUAACCUUCUUCCUUCAAUACUGCUUCUGACCUCUAUUUGUAUUUAUUUUAUAUUUUUAUACAAUUAAAGCCGCUUUUUUCACUCCUUCACCCGGAGUCCUGCAUUUUGAGUGGAAGUGUCCAAGGGAUUCCCCCAGCCCCCCAUAUCAUCAGGGGUGGCACCAUAUAUGCCUGAACUGUCCAAGAUCCUGUGAGUGCAUUUCAUAUUGCGCAGUGUUACACUAUACCUCUUUUUAUUUAUGCUUCUGACAUAUGUCUGAGGCAAAUCCUCUGAUCCUCCAGGUGUAGGAGAUAGGGUUCACCAGAUUUUUACACAAGAGCUAUAUCUCAUGAUAUGAUCAGUAGGCCAUGCACGUAACAAGCAUUGAUAGUCCUGUACCCUAUGGGGACUGAUGCCAGUAGGCAUUUGCAUCAGCAGGACCCGUAUGUGUUUAGCUGGAGGCUCAUCCCAGGUGGUGUGCCUUGAUAAAUCAGAGGACAUCCACAUCAGUAGAUAUAUGUGGUGAAAGCCACCUCGCCACUGGACAUUGGAGAGGCCUGGCUGCCAGACUUCUACCUGCUGACUAUGGCCCCUGGUGAAUUUGUACUUUUGAGUGCAAUAUUUGGGCAUGUGGUAUUUUAUAUUGCUGCUACUGGCCCUUUAAGGGCCAUCCGUGGACAUAUUAUGACUGUUAGGAACAAUGCCCUUUAAGACUGUGUAGCAGAUUGCAUUCAGGCUGUAUUUAAUAUUAUGUGUUCGGUAAACGGUGUUAUGUGUAUGCAGCAUUCGACUGAUUGUUCGGUAGAAUCACUCCAUUCAUUAUAUUGAGUGAAACUACCGAACAACCAGACCACCCUGGAGUAAGUGUGCCUCCAAUUACCGUUUGCAACAAUGUUGCAAACGGGUAAUUGGCAAUCGAUGUAAUGUGUGGUUUUGUCCAUCUUAAACUCCCGAACAGCGGUGUUUUGCCGUUGAGUGUCUGGAACUAAAAUCAGACACUCGACUAGGCAAACACCGCUGAGACCUCCAGACUUCCAUGAAUUUGUGUGAAAACUACCGAAUGACCCGCCGAACAAGGGAAUUCGUUUAAACCCUCCCCAAGCUCUGUAACCCAGGCAAUUCGUGUGUUUUCAUUCCCUUUUCUGCGACCGACUGCAGGGCCAAAAUACAUGGAACUAUUUUCGGAUACUUUUGCCAUGCAGUCGGUCAAAACAUUAACCCUCCAUAAUUCCCGAACCCCUGGUCCGAUCUGGAUGAUUUUUGGAUAUGUGUCUCACUCAGAUCAGGGCUACCAGGGGGUGUAACAUUUAAAGGGGUAACCCUACGUUUAGGGGUACAUUUAGUAACCCAGGGAAUUUGUGUCUGGACUAAUGGGAUUAUGUGUCACACUAUGGGGAGGAGAUGUGUGGGAGGUAACUGGUACAUUAUUGGCUGGGGUACUAAUUGUUGUGGAUCCCUCCCUUGCAUGGGAGAAUGUCUUAAAAGGAGGUGGUGUAAAUAAAUCUAGAGAUUCUGCUUGACCCUCAAACGAAGUGUCGUCUCGUUAUUGGGGGAAUUGGAUUGUAUGCUGACUGCCAGGAGUGUAACCCUUUCGUAUGGUUUUCCUGUUCGGAUAUUUCCAGUGUUCAUGUGUUUCCAGUUCAGGAGAUCGGUGCUUACAGUAGCUGUCGGUGUAUCUGGAAAGGGGAAUAUCGCCUAAACUCAUCAGCUCUUUUGGCGUCCAAUACCAUUUAUAUGCAGAUGACACGCAAAUCUACCUGUCCUCCCCUGAUCUCUCUCCGCCCACCUUGACUCGUGUUUCUGACUGCCUCUCUGCUAUUUCCAACUGGAUGGCUGCUCACUUCCUUAAACUCAACCUGUCCAAAACAGAACUUCUAGUUUUUCCUCCCUCAAGUGCUGCUACUCCUGUGUCUGUCGCCAUCCAAGUCAACGGCGCUACUAUCACCUCUACCUCCCAGGCUCGCUGCCUAGGAGUUCUUUUUGAUUCUGAUCUCUUUUACUCCCCAUGUUCAAUCGAUAGCCAAAUCCUGUCGCUUCCAACUCAAGAACAUAGCGCGCAUCCGCCCAUAUCUAACGCCGGACGCGGCUAAGGUACUGGUUCAUGCUGUUGUUCUCUCUCGCCUUGACUAUUGCAAUCCCCUUCUCACCGGUCUUACAUGUUCCCAGCUUGCACCGCUGCAAUCUAUAAUGAAUACGGCUGCGAGGCUUAUUUUCCUGUCAGGUCGCACCUCCCACGCCUCCACGCUCUGUCAGUCCCUGCAUUGGCUUCCAGUUAGAUAUAGGGCCCAAUUCAAAAUUCUGGCGCUUGCUUACAAGUCCCUACAUAAUGCUGCUCCAACAUACCUAUCUUCCCUCACACACAAGUAUGUCCCGACGAGACCCCUGCGCUCAGCCCAAGACCUACUCCUAUCCUCUGCCCGGAUCCCCACCUCUGAUGCUCGCCUUCAAGACUUGUCCAGGACUGCACCUAUUCUGUGGACCUCCCUUCCCUCCUCAAUCAGACUUUCACCCAGCCUCCAUUCCUUCAAAAAAUCUUUGAAAACUCACUUCUUUAUUAAAGCGUAUCAAUUAAACUGUCAGCAGGUUUCUCAUCCCCCACCCCAUGACUCCGUUCCUUCACCUGUCAAAAAUGACCUACCAAGCACUCAAUAAACCCUUCUGUAACAAACUAUUUAAUUCCCCUACUUUAACCCUUUGUGUCACUAUACCCCACUCCCUCUAGCAUGUAAGCUCAUCGAGCAGGGCCCUCAACCCCCUCUGUUCCUGUAUGUCAGUGGUCCGAUCUCAAUUAUGUGUCUGUUAGUCCACCCAUUGUACAGCGCUACGGAAUUUGUUGGCGCUAUAUAAGUAAUAAAAUAAUAAUAAUAAUAAUAAACAGUUUUUAACCUCUGGUGAGCAAAACGGUCUGUUACAAUUGGUGGCAAGCGACGGGAUCAUUUCCACAGCCCAGAAGGACAGCUAUAAUACAACACCAGUUCCUGGAUUACAAAUUGAGGGCAAUGCUAGUACCCGUACAGCGACCCUAUCUACAAAAGGAACCAACUUCGACAGAGCAAGCAUGGCGCCUGGCUACACUCAGGAGCAGUUUGACAGAGAGGUUAAUGUGGUGCUGUCUGUCUAUGGACCCAACCCCUCAGAGAGAUCCGUACAGCACGUCAAGAAAAUAAUAGGAGAAUACCUGCAAUUCCUAGCAGAUUUGGCUAGGGGGGAGAGACCCCAGUGGCUGAGUAAGUCCCAGGGAGCUGAAGGUGCCGUCCUUCCUACCCAGCGGCAGUGUGAGUUACAGGGAGCUGAAGGUGCCGUCCUUCCUCCCCAGCGGCAGUGUGUGUCCCAGGGAGCUGAAGGUGCCGUCCUUCCUCCCCAGCGGCAGUGUGAGUUACAGGGAGCUGAAGGUGCCGUCCUUCCUCCCCAGCGGCAGUGUGAGUUACAGGGAGCUGAAGGCGCCGUUCUUCCUCCCAAGCGGCAGUGUGUGUCCCAGGGAGCGGAAGGUGCCGUCCUUCCUCCCCAGCGGCAGUGUGUGUCCCAGGGAGCUGAAGGUGUCGUCCUUCCUCCCCAGCGGCAGAGUGUCCUGCCAGGAGCAGAGACAGUCGGUCUUGCACCCCAGCAGCAGAGAGAGUGUCAGUGAGAGGAACCUGCUACCCCCUCUCCCCAGCAGCUGAAAGGAUUCCAGGGAGAGGAGUCGGUGACCACCUCUUACCAGCGGCAGCUUAUGUCACAAAGGGGAGACCCUAUCCUCCCAGAUGGGGCAGAUGAGGCAGUCGGUCUUGGCCCCCAGCAGCAGGACAAUAUAUUGAAAGGGGAGACAGUUGGUCCCCCCCUCCACCAGCAGAGAGUGAGUCAUGGAGAGGAGCUUGUCAUUCCCUCUCCCCAGCGAUAAUAAGUGGGUAAGGGAGAUGAACUUGUUAACCCCUCUCCCCAGCAGCAGCCUAGCCCACCAAGGGGAGAUGAUAAGCCACACACCCGUGCAGAUGGGACCGUGGUCUCUGCCCAUGCCUCACAGGGGCUAGGGACGGUAGGUCCUGUCCCCCGGCAGCAGGGAUGUUCAUCCAAAGGGGAGACAGCCUGUCGUGCCCUCCAGCAGCAGUACCGGGUCCAGAGUGAGGAGCGUACUAUGCCGUUCCCUCGACUGGGCUCCAACCAAACUACUUACAGGGUAGCGCUGGCAACAGGGCAGAGUACCGCUGGUCUCUGCCCACUCAGCAACCCACCGAUCCGGAGCGCCAGUAAACCCCAGAGUCGAGGUGGAGCUCCUGGACAGGGACAAGCGACCCACUACCCCAGGUGUAGUAACUCUUUAUUGUGGGUGGGCUGUACUGCUGAUGGUGUUCUGUGGGUGGGUUGCUGGACUAACCAGGGCACUGACCGACAGGAGGUCAGAUACCCUCUUAGUCUGGAUGGUAAAGGGGAGAAAUGUGGCGAAAGCCGCCUCGCCACUGGACAUUGGAGAGGCCUGGCUGCCCGCCUCCCACCUGCUGACUAUGGCCCCUGGUGAAUUUGUACUUUUGAAUGCAAUAUUUGGGCAUGUGGUAUUUUAUAUUGCUGCUACUAGCCCUUUAAGGGCCAUCCGUGGACAUAUUAUGACUGUUAGGAACAAUGCCCUUUAAGACUGUGUAGCAGAUUGCAUUCAGGCUGUAUUUAAUAUUAUGUGUUCGGUAAACAGUGUUAUGUGUAUGCAGCAUUCGUCUGAUUGUUUGGUAGAAUCACUCCAUUCAUUAUAUUGAUAUUUUGGAUCAACAGCAAAAAACAAAUGUGAGGAAGGCUGAACUUGAUGCUGCCUGCUGCCUGCCUGGGUCCAUUGGAUCCAAGAGGAGAAAUUAUAUGGAUAACAGUGUGUGGUAUUGGUGGAAUAUCUUGUGUAUGAAUAAUUUCGUGUAAUAUCGUUGCUAAGGCCAGUAAGGUUUUGUCAUGUAUAAAUAGGGGCAUAAAUUCUCGGGAUGAAAAUAUAAUUUUGCCUCUUUAUAAAUCGCUGGUAAGACCCCACCUUGAAUAUGCUGUGCAAUUUUUGGCACCUGUUCUAAAGAAGGAUAUCAUGGCACUGGAGAGGGUCCAGAGACGAGCUACAAAAUUGAUAAAAAGAAUGGAGCAUUUUAGUUAUGAAGAAAGGUUAAAAAAAUUAAAUCUGUUUAGUUUGGAAAAACGGUGCCUGAGAGGGGAUAUGAUAACCUUAUACAAAUAUAUUCGGGGCCAGUACAAACCUUUAUCUGGAAAUCUAUUCAUAAACAGGGCUAUACAUAGGACACAAGGUCACACAUUUAGGCUGGAAGAAAGGAGAUUUAGUCUAAGGCAAAGAAAAGUUUUUUUUACAGUAAGAACAAUAAGGAUAUGGAAUUCUCUGCCUGAAGAGGUGGUUUUGUCAGAGUCCAUACAGAUGUUUAAACUGAAAUUGGAUAAAUACUUACAAAAACAUAACAUACAGGGAUAUAAUUUCUAAUUAGUGGGGUAAUAGCUGCUAGAUCCAAGGAGACAUCUGACUGCUAUUUUGGGGUCAAGAAGGAAUUUUUUCCUAGUUUGUGGCAAAAUUGAUAGCGCUUCAGACCAGGUUUUUUUGCCUUCUUUUGGAUCAUCAGCAAAAACAUUUGUGAGGAAGGCUGAACUUGAUGGACGCAAGUCUCUUUUCAGCUAUGUAACUAUGUAACUAUGUAACCUAUGGAACAGUCUUUGUUUUGUUUUCUGCAAGAUCUGUGGGUCGUUGACCUCUGAUCAAUGCCAAUAUCGUUCAUACACAAUGGGUGAUAUUGUUUUAACCGGUGUUGGGUUGUAAUUGAUGGAUGUGUGCAUGUCUAUUAUAUUCUCAAGCAGCACAUGCUGCAAACUGGUUAUUGUUCAUCUUGAUUAUUAAUAACCCUUUGAUAGAUGUUGCAUGGGUGUGAUUGAUGUGUGUAUUUUCUGCCUUUUUAGAUAUGCAAUACAUUCCCAUUUCUCCUGAAACUUCCGUUUAUGAAACACAAGGUAUAUAAAGACAUUUUUGAUAUACACCACUUUGUCAGAAAGCAGAUUUCUCGUCACAGAGAGACCUUGGACACAAACUCGCCCAGAGAUCUCCUGGAUUAUUUCCUGGUGAAGCUAAAAGAGGUAAAUUUAUUCCUUACUGAGAAACAUACGCACAGUCUGGUUCUAUACCGAAGGAGAAAUAUUGAAAUAACAUAAUGCUAGUUCUUUGUGCGUUGAUGGCUUUCUCUGCAAAAUAAUUCUACGGAACUUUUUGAUGCAGAACUGCAGAUAUAUAUACUGUAUCCGCUUCUGUCAAAGACAAGGUUUACAUUAACUGUGGGCAAUUCUGGUCAAAAUGAAGGAGCAUUUGUGACGCGACCUUUUAACACAAAUGCCCGAAAUAAAUAAAUAAACAUGAUUGAAGAACACACUCUAGUAAUAAUUACUUUGAUCAAUUAAUAGAAUUAUAGAGUUUUUGAUGUUUUUUAUAUGUUGUGUUUCCCCAGGAGGAGUUAAAUACAGGAAGCAUUUUCAAUGACACCAGCCUUAUAGUUUUGAUGAGCGGUUUACUGGCUGCAGCCACUGAUACCACAAGUAGCACCCUAAAGUUCUGCCUUGUUGUCAUGACCCACUUCCCAGAAAUCCAAGGUAAGAUGGGCGUUAUGGCCUUCACUGUUACAGAAUAUAUUGAUGUAACAUGUAAUCUGUCAUGUAAAGACGCAAAAUACAUUCAGUUCAAUUUACUAAAUGGCAGUAAAAUCAUUGGCGUUGCACCAGGAAGUCCGUUAAGAUUUGUAAUAUUUACAGCGCAAACCCUGCCUUCUGAGCAUAUCUCAGCUAAGUCAGGGCAUCGGUCGGAGUUUCUGAAGAAUUUCAGGUAUCCAGGGACAUGUAUAUUGCAUCUGCCACUUGAAUCGCUUGAAUUGGUGAUCUCUACAGUCUAUUUUCACUAUAGGAAUUAUUUAUUUUAAUAGUUUCAGAAGGGUAUUAUGAAUUUUAUUUUACGGACAUUUUUAUGGCUGAUGAACAACAAAGAAGAUUGAAAGCAAGAUUAAAUAAUGAAGAAAGGAGAUUAAGGAGAAGUACAUCAUACAAGAUAUAAACAAGUAAAUAUUUUUACAGGUAGGUAUUCAGGGGGAGAGCGGAUGGCUAGGUUCGGGUCCCCUAUCCAUUUGGUGUCAGGGAUUGCACACAAUCUGGCUCUAUUAAGAUGUAUUAGAGCCAAAUAUAACUACUUAUGAUUCCUUAUUCCUUAUAAAUGUCAGCAUGAGCCAAAAGCUUUAGAUCCAUAAUAUAAACAACCCAAAGGGCAAACAAAAUCUCAAAGGACAUGAAUCCAGGUUCUUAUAGAGACCAAUAGCCAGCAGACAACAUAAACAAAAUAAAAAAGAUCUGAAAUUAUGAUCAUAUCAGAUUAAAUGAACCACACUAAUCACAAACUAUCUAAAGGGACAAAAACUAAUUCAGUAAAAUGAAUGAACAAUUGCUAAAAGCACAUAGAGAAGUUCAUGAUUAAACCCAGAAACUCCAGAAAUGUGACCACACAGCUUGAGGGAAUAAAUAAAUAUAGCAAUAUAUAAAGAGCAAUAGAAAAUCUGAAACCGGUUUCUUUGAAGGGCUUUGGCAAUGAAUAGAUUAAAAAUGUGGUUGAGUUUAUCAUGUUGUGGGGACUUUUGUCCCAGGGGGCCGACAACCCCUGUGACCCUCAUCCUAUGCUACCUCUUCCUGCUUCACAUGGUGCUCCUGAGACUCUGUUAUAUGGGAGGUGGGGUUCAUAUAGUUGGCAGUUCCUCCACCUGACUGGGCAUCCAGGCCAUGGAUGGGUUUCCCAGACUGGAAGAUAAUAAAUCCCAUACACAGCAGUAACCGUAAAACCGAAUGAACAUGUAUUAAAGGAUAAUGGCAGAUACAAGUAAAGCAAGUAAUACAGUGACUGACUAAACACACCAAAAUCUGUCUAACCAGGCAGCUCAAACUGGAUUCACUUAGCUCCAUGGCUCAGUCACUGAAUCAGGGUGCAGCUGGCAGCUCACACUGGAUUCACUCAGCUCCACGGCUCUGUCACUGGAUCAGGGUGCAGCUGGCAGCUCAAACUGGAUUCACUCAGCUCCACGGCUCUGUCACUGGAUCAGGGUGCAGCUGGCAGCUCAAACUGGAUUCACUCAGCUCCACGGCUCUGUCACUGGAUCAGGGUGCAGCUGGCAGCUCACACUGGAUUCACUCAGCUCCACGGCUCUGUCACUGGAUCAGGGUGCAGCUGGCAGCUCACACUGGAUUCACUCAGCUCCACGGCUCUGUCACUGGAUCAGGGUGCAGCUGGCAGCUCACACUGGAUUCACUCAGCUCCACGGCUCUGUCACUGGAUCAGAGUGCAGCUGGCAGCUCACACUGGAUUCACUCAGCUCCACGGCUCUGUCACUGGAUCAGGGUGCAGCUGGCAGCUCAAACUGGAUUCACUCAGCUCCACGGCUCUGUCACUGGAUCAGGGUGCAGCUGGCAGCUCAAACUGGAUUCACUCAGCUCCACGGCUCUGUCACUGGAUCAGGGUGCAGCUGGCAGCUCACACUGGAUUCACUCAGCUCCACGGCUCUGUCACUGGAUCAGGGUGCAGCUGGCAGCUCACACUGGAUUCACUCAGCUCCACGGCUCUGUCACUGGAUCAGGGUGCAGCUGGCAGCUCACAACUGGAUUCACUCAGCUCCACGGCUCUGUCACUGGAUCAGGGUGCAGCUGGCAGCUCACACUGGAUUCACUCAGCUCCACGGCUCUGUCACUGGAUCAGAGUGCAGCUGGCAGCUCACACUGGAUUCACUCAGCUCCACGGCUCUGUCACUGGAUCAGGGUGCAGCUGGCAGCUCAAACUGGAUUCACUCAGCUCCACGGCUCUGUCACUGGAUCAGGGUGCAGCUGGCAGCUCACACUGGAUUCACUCAGCUCCACGGCUCUGUCACUGGAUCAGAGUACAUCUGGCAGCUCACACUGGAUUCACUCAGCUCCACGCCUCUGUCACUGGAUCAGAGUACAUCUGGCAGCUCACACUGGAUUCACUCAGCUCCACGGCUCUGUCACUGGAUCAGGGUGCAGCUGGCAGCUCACACUGGAUUCACUCAGCUCCACAGCUGACAGCUCACACUGGAUUCACUCAGCUCCACGGCUCUGUCACUGGAUCAGGGUGCAGCUGGCAGCUCACACUGGAUUCACUCAGCUCCACGGCUCUGUCACUGGUUCAGGGUGCAGCUGCAAAAAUGUGAGGGGCUACGUUAUUAUUACUUACAUAGCACCAACAUUUUCUGCAGUGAUGUACCAUUAUAAAAUGGGAAUAUUUGACAAGUAAUUGACAGCAUAUUAAAAGACAAGAGGCUCAUGUUAUUUAUCAGGGGAAUGCAGUGUUUACAUUGCAGCCUAGGAACACCUACACUGGCUGCUUCCUGGGGCAGUGUUGCACAAUGUGACUGACCCUCUGAAUACAGACACUGAACUUUCCUCUAAAGAUUUAUUGAUUCAAUGUAUAUUUGAGGAGAUGCUGAUUGGCCAGGGCUGUGUUUGGUUUGUGCUGGCUCUACCCCUGAUUUGCCUCCUUGACAGUCUCAGCCAAGCCUAGGCUUUAGUAUAGUUAAGCAUUGUGAUUGGCUGAGAUCAUCACUUCUGAUUAUAUCAGCCAAGCAGGCAGAUCAGGGGUGGUGCAGCAGCCCGGAAUAAAGGGAAGAUUUUACCAUAUUUAGGGCAAGAAGUGAUUUUAACCCUAUAGGGACAGGAAUAUGUUUGUGUUCCUGAACCUAUAGUGUUCCUUUAAAAAAAAUAAAAAAAAUUUUUUAGGAUAGAAUAAAUUAUUGCAUGAUUAAAGGAAUAUGGGAAAAUGACAGUAGAUCAUCUCUCCUUACUAUAUGCUGAGCAACAAACACGAUUUUCCUUUGCUUAUUAUAUAGGUUGCUUGGCCAUAUGUUUCAUGUUACACAAAGUAUAAUUGUGCCCAAAAAGCUGACUUGUGGCCUGUGGCGAAAGUGACCUCGCCACUGGUUUUUGGAGGGGCCUGUUUGCCAGCCUCCUGCCCUGCCACUAUGGUCCUGGGAUGUAUUGCCCUUUAAGGAACUGAUUUGGGCAUAUUGUAUUUUAUUAUGCUGUUGCUGGCCCUUUAAGAAACAUCUAGGGACAUACUGCGGAGUUAGUGGGUGGCCAUCAUUUCAUGUAUCAGAGGCACAUGGUGAGACCAAUGGAUAAAGCACAUGGUGAGAACAAUGGAUGGCGGCCAUUUUAACUCACAUACACUGUUUGGACUUUUCUACACGGUGCCAUCUCGCCGGUAUUUGGUGCACAAAGACAUUGUGCAAUAGUUUUAAACUAUACAACAGGGGACACAUUUAACAGUAAUUAUUUUUCAUAUAAUCUGUAUAUUUUCUGCGGAAUCUGCAUUAAACCGUAUCUUCUAAACUACUGAACAGAUCUGGGUGAAUUUUGGAUAUGUGGUUCACCCAGAUGCCCCGGUUCCGAUCUAUUUUUAUGGGGUGAUUGCAUGUUUUGGGGUCCCUGUGAUAUGUUUUAUAAUACUGUAUUUUCCUGCCUGUGAUAAUUAAGUUAGUCUAUAGUGUUGAGAUAAUUGUAUUACAGGCAGAGGGGAGGAUUUCUGAUGUAAUGAAUGGGAGUGUUAGCUGUGUUAUAAUGUGUUGAUUGGUUGUAUUUCAAAACCCUGUGGGCAGUACUAUGUUUGUAGAAUGUGAAUAAAAGAGGCUGUAUGUGCCAGUACAGUCAGUUCUACUUCACCCUCAAUCUAGAGUCCUGUCUCUUAUUGGGGAAAUUUGCUAUAUCACUACAAGGGAUUGCUCUGCAUACUCCCUUAGCUAAUCACUACUAAGCUCUUUUAAGAGCUUGUUCCUGCUUCACUCUCUUGGAGGAGAGGUUACAUAGUUACAUAGCUGAAAAGAGACUUGCGUCCAUCAAGUUAAGCCUUCCUCACAUUUGUUUUUUGCUGUGAUCCAAAAGAAGGCAAAUAAAAACCCAGUUUGAAGCACAAUUUUGCGACAAGCUAGGAAAAAAAUUCCUUCUUGACCCCAGAAUGGCAGUCAGAUUUAUCCUUGGCAGGGCCGGAUUAACAUAGGGGCUGAUGGAGCUGCAGCUCCAGGCCCAGGCCCAUGGAAUAGGCCCAUUUAAAAAAAAAAAAAUUAUUAUUUUUUUUUUACACACUACCCUUAGGUUUGCCACCUGACUGCUAUUUUACUGGCACAGCCGGUAUGUGAGGCUGCCUGGCCGUGACGGUAUUGCAGUAAUACCGGCAAUACAAAUGCAGGUAAUUUUCUCAGAAUAAAUGGAGAUUACCCUGCAAUACCAGCACCGGCCAGUAGGGGUCACUGUGUGUGGAGAGAGGCAGGGAUAGGAAGUUGCAGAAUAUCCCUGCCUCUCUCUACUACUCACUGAUCCGUGGGGGAGCAGCAACACAGCACAGAGUCCAGACAGCAGCUCUACAGCUCAGGUAAGUGAGGGAUGGGGGGAAAGGCAGCAGGUACACAUGGGGACACUGAGACAAUAGGGGACAUAUGGGGACACUAGGGGACACAGACACUAGGGGACACAUGAGGACACAGACACUAGGGGACACUGAGACACUAAGACACAGACACUGGGAGACCUGGGAACACUGAGACACUAGGGGACACAUGGGGACACAGACACUAGAGGACACUGAGACACUAGGACACAUGGGGACACAGACACUGGGAGACCUGGGUACACUGGAAAACAUGGGGACACUGAGACACUAUGGGACACUGGGACACAUGGGGAUGCUGUGAGACAUAGGGACAUUGGGAGACAUUGGGACACGGAGACACUAUGUUCCCAUGUCCCCCAGCCAGUGUCCCUAGUGUCUCAGUGUCCCCAAGUCUCCCAGUGUCUGUGUCCCAUGUCUCUCAGUGUGCCUAGUGUCCCCAUGUGUCCCUAUUGUCCCAGUGUCCCCAUGUCUAUGUCCACAACUGUCCCCAUGUGUCCCCAAAUGUCUGUCUCCCAGCCAGUGUCCCCUAGUCUCCCAGUAUCCCCUAGUCUCUCAGUGCCUGUGUCCCUAGUGUCUUAGUGUCCCCAAAUGUUUCAGUGUCCCCAUGUCUCCCAGUGUCUGUGUCCCUAGAGUCUUAGUGUCCCCAAAUGUUUCAGUGUCCCCAUGUCUCCCAGUGUCUGUGUUCCUAGUGUCUCAGUGUGCCUGGUGUCCCCAUGUCUCCCAGUGUCCCUAUAUGUCCCAGUGUCCCCAUGUCUAUGUCCCCAAGUGUCUGUCUCCCAGUGUCCCCUAGUCUCUGUGUCCCCUAGUCUCCCAGUGUCUGUGUUCCCAUGUCUCUGUGUUCCUAGUGUCUUAGUGUCCCCAAAUGUUUCAGUGUCCCCAUGUAUCCCAGUGUCUGUGUCCCUAGUGUCUCAGUGUCCCCAUUUCUCCCAGUUUCCCUAAAUGUCUAUGUGUCCCCAUGUCUCUGUGUCCUCAUGUCUCUGUGUCCCCGGGUCUCUCAGUGUCCCCAUGUCUCUCAGUGUGCCCAGCAUCCUAGUGACAUGGGGACACACUUCUCCCAGUGUCCCAAUGUCUCAAUGGGGACACAGACACUGGGAGACUAGGGGACACUGACACUGUGAUACAUAGGGACACUGAGACACUGGGUAACUUGUGAGACUGAGACACUGGGAGACAGGGAGACACUGGGAGCAAUCCAUCUAUACAGCAGAAUCAAACUGUGAGUAGCUUGUUGGUGAUUUUACAGAAUUUUCUCUGCUGUCACUCCUUGUGAUUUACAUCAUGUGAUGUCACGCAUAACUAAUUAAUUAUACAAAUGAUUAAGGCUGGUAUUUUUUUCCAAGAAAGGUGGCAACCUUAACUACUCUUCACAUAUUCUUGCUUAAAGGAACACUAUAGGGUCAGUAACACAAUCAUGUAUUUCUGACCCUAUUAUGUUAAAACCACCACCCUGGCCCCUUCUUGCCUCCCUAAAUAUAGUAAAAUAUUACUUGUAUUCAAGUCUGCAGCAGCUGGCUCAGAAGUGGUGGUCUGAGCAAAUAACAAUGCUUCCCCCAUAGGAUUGGCUGAGACUGUCAACUAGGCAGAUCAGGGGAAGAACCAGCACAAGUCCAACAUAGCCCUGGCCAAUCAGCAUCUCCUCAUAAAGAUAAAUUGAAUCAAUGCAUCUCUAUGAGGAAAGUUCAGUGUCUGCAUGCAGAGGGUGGAGACACUGAAUGGCAGUGCUGCAGACUAGGCAGUACUGCCCCAUGAAGCACCUCUAGCAGCCAUCUAAGGAGCGGCCAGUGGAGUUAUUUUCUCUGGAAAGACAGUGUUUACUGCAAAAAGCCUCAAUGGAAUGCUUCUACUUACCAGAACAAAUACAAUAAGCUGUAGUUGUUCUGGUGACUAUAGUGUCCCUUUAAGUUUGGAAGCUUAAGAGGGAUGUAUGGAAACAAAACUUGUGUGGCUGGCUGACAUUAAAAUUAAUUUAGGUAAUGCAGAUGUUGGUCUCUGUGGCAUGUCCCCUUUCUUCUACACUCACUACAUACACCUUUUCUCUCUCUCAGACUAAAUACCAGGAACUUCUGCCUGCUAGUAAGAAGGUAAGGAGACAAGUGGACCAGCGAGUGCUAGGGGAAAGUCCUUGGAAAGCAUGGAGUGAGCGCAUUAUUAGACGCAUUUAUGUCAAGCUCAAUGUGCUGCCUGCAUAGUAUGCCCUUAGUUGGACAGCCUGCAGGAUUGGCAGGCAGCCUGCCAUGCAUUCAUGCCAGACUGUCCUUCCAAUUCUUUGGACAAACAUGCCCCCUUUUUGGCAGGUCUUGUCACGUGAUUCGUGCCAGUGGCACACCCUUUUACCCCGCCCAUUGACUUCCUGCUUCACUGGACACUGCUGUUAGGGGUUAUGGAUUUACUUGAAAGAUGAAAGCAUAAAUUAGAGAGAAAUUAGCAUAGGGUAUGUGUUUUCUUAUAGCUGCAUUCUAUGAGUUUCCCUCCAGCACCAUCUCCAUCAGAUACAUGACGCUUGGGAGGUAUGACUGUUUUAGUGUUUUUGGUCGAUAAGAUUCCGUAAUUAGGCCCAUCAUUAUUGUCAGCACCAGGCCCACUGUGCUCUUAAUCCGGCCCUGAUCCUUGGAUCAAGCAGUUAUUACCCUACAUUGAAAGAUUAUAUCCUUGAAUAUGCUGUUUUUACAAGUAUGCAUCUAGUAGCUGUUUGAACAUCUGUAUGGACUCUGAUAAAACCACUUCUUCAGGCUGAGAAUUCCACAUCCUGAUUGUUCUUACAGUAAAAAAUCCUUUCCUUUGCCUUAGACAAAAUCUUCUUUUUUCCAGUCUAAACGCAUGGCCUCGUGUCCUAUGUAAAGUCCGGUUUGUAAAUAGAUUUCCACACAAUGGUUUGUAUUGGCCCCGAAUAUAUUUGUAUAAUGUUAUCAUAUCCCCUCUCAGGCGACGUUUUUCUAAACUAAAUAGGUUUAAAUUUGUUAACCUUUCUUCAUAGCCGAUAUGUUCCAUUCCUUUUAUUAAUUUUGUAGCCCGCCUCUGCACUUUUUCUAGUGCCAUAAUAUCCUUCUUUAGAACAGGUGCCCAAAAUUGCACAGUAUAUUCAAUAUGGGGUCUUACCAGUGAUUUAUAAAGAGGCAAAAUGAUAUUCUUGUCCCGAGAAUGAAUGCCCUUUUUCAUGCAUGACAAUACCUUACUGGCCUUGGCCACUGCUGAUUGACAUUGCACAUUGUUGCAUAGUUUGUUGUCUAUAGCAAUUCCCAAGUCCUUUUCGUGUGUUGUUAUCCCUAAUUCACUUCCAUUAAGGGUAUACGUUGUUUGUGUAUUCUUUACGCCGAAGUGCAUAACUUUGCAUUUUUCAACAUUAAAUUUCAUCUGCCAUUUGAGUGCCCAGUUCCCCAGUCUAUCUAAAUCCCUCUGCAGCAAAGUAAUAUCUUGCUCACAUUGUAUUGUUUUACAAAGUUUGGUGUCAUCUGCAAACACUGAAACAUGACUUUCAAUGCGGUCUUCAAGAUAAUUUAUAAACAUGUUAAAUCGAAGGGGUCCCAGAACAGACCCCUGAGGGACACCACUUGCCACCUCUGUCCAGCUUGAAAAUGUACUAUUAAUGACAACUCUUUGUACUCUGUUUUUAAGCCAAUGUUCUACCCAAGAACAAGCAUUUUCAUCUAGACUGAUUUCCUUGAGUUUGAACACUAAUCUAUUGUGUGGAACUGUAUCAAAUGCCUUGGCAAAAUCCAAAUAGAUCACAUCCACGGCGACACCCUGAUCUAUACUUCUACUUACUUCUUCGUAGAACGCAAUCAAGUUAGUUUGACAUGACCUGUACUUCAUAAAACCGUGCUGAUUUUUGCUGAUAACCAUGUUUUUCUCAGGGAAUUCUUGAAUAUUAUCCCUUAAUAACCUUUAAAAUACUUUUCCAGCCACAAAAGUUAAGCUCACAGAUCUAUAAUUUCCAGGCAAGGGUUUUGAACCCUUUUUGAAUAUAGGAACUGUAACGGAGCUCCCUGUACUCCGACCGAGUACCCUCCGUUGACGGAUGCUCCUAGCGCUUCCUGAGGACUCCAAGCACUGCAGCAGACACCGCAAACACCGCAACCACCGCAGACUCCGCAACUGCCGUAUCUUGACUGGAGUCUCGCCGUCUUCCUUCCACCCUGGAUCAGCUGCUGUCCUCCAGGACUGUGUGGGAAAGAACUCUUCCGUCCACCCUGUAUGAACCUCCAGCAUCCAGGACUUUGUGGUGAAGACCCCUCCUCCAAGCAGAGUGUGUCAGGAACAAGCUCUUAAAAGAGCUAAGUGAUUCAAGCUCAGGGGAGCAUUCAGAGCAUAGCAAUCCCCAGUGUGAUUAUAACAGCUCCCUCCAAUAACGAGACAAGGCAACGUUUAGAGGAAUCAAGAAGAACUGUCAAAACCUUUAUUUCCCUUGGGACCAGCCAGUAGGGUCACCACAAUAACAUUGUUGUGAAACCUCAAUAAAAUCACAAACAGUCAAACCAUAUCAAGAAACACACAGUGACUUAUCACAACACAAUGGCACAUUUUAAAGGGGUGGGGGGAGACAAUAUUUAACAGUAAAUAUCUCACCUGCCUGCAGAAUUAGCAAUAUGCAAAUCUACCCGAAUAUGCAAAUGAACCAGUUUUGCAAUUCAGGUAGUGCAUAUUGCUGUUGCUACCAACAGAGGGCACUAGACAAGCUCCAUAGCCAAACCCACCUAGUUGGUAGCAAACCUCAGCAAUACAAGAGAGCAGGCAAUACAUUACACAAUACACACACACACUAUAAACAAUUACAUUACACACACCAUGCACCUAUAAUGGGUACAGGGUGACUAAAACAUAAGAUAAAUAAAGCAGCCUACAUAAAUAGUUUGUCUGAAGGUAGACUAGGGGCUUUAAAGCCAGAUACAUGAAAGAGUCAUAGUCACGGGGGAGGAGGCUGGCAAGUAGGCCUCUCCAGGACCAAGUGGCGAAGGGCACUUCAUCACAUAUCUCCCCUUCGGGGGGAAGACUAACCAGGCACCUGACUUUCUGUCGGUCAGUGCCUAAGUUAGUCGAGUCACCCACCGACCAUAAGCAAGUGCCAGAGUAGCCCACCCACAACAAAUAGUUAUUAGAGCAGCCCACCCACAGCAAACAGUGACUGCACCUGGGUAUUCCUCUGGGGUGAUGGGGCAACACGCUGUGGGGACUUGAGGGGCAGAGGCCAGCGGCGCUCUGCCCUGAUGCCAGCGCUUCUGCUGGGAGGAGGGGGGUGCAGGCCAGUCCUGUGACAAGGGGAUCGGUAGGGCAGAGGCCAGGGGCGGUCUGCCCUGAUGCUAGCUCUUCUGCUGGUAUAGCCUGCAGGACAUCAGGCUCUGGACAAGGGACAAAGGGAGGGCAGAGGCCGACUGCACUCUGCCCAGCUGCCAGCUCUUCCGCUGGGGGGCUUGGGACAUAGUCCGGCUCAGUAGCCAGGGGAACGUGGGGGUCAGUGGGGGUUAACAUCUCCCCUGUUAACCCUGGGGCCAAGUUAGGAGUUAGCUGGGGAGGGGAAUUCGUACUUACCCCCUCCUCCUGUUGUCCCUGUGAGGGUAGUUGGGGAUCUGGACAGGCUGUCCAGCAUCCCUGUAGGUCGGGCACAGAGACCACGGUCCCCUCUGCGCCAUCUGGGAGAUUGGUGUCUCCCCUUGGUAGGGUAAGCUGCCGCUGGGGAGAUAGGGUGCUGUGCUCCUCUCCCUGAAACACAGGCUGCCGCUGGAGAGGGAGACCGCCUGUCUCCACUCCCAUAACAUUGUCCUGCUGCUGGAGAGAGAGACCAACUGUCUCUGCUCCCUGUAGGACACACUGCUGCUGGGGGGGAAGGACGACACCUUCGGCCCCCUGGAAUUCGCACUGCCGCUGGGGAGGAAGGACGACACCUUCGGCUCCCUGUAACUUGCACUGCCGCUGGGGAGGAAGGACGACACCUUCGGCUCCCUGUAACUUGCACUGCCGCUGGGGAGAGAGACCAACUGUCUCUGCUCCCUGUAGGACACACUGCCGCUGGGGGGGAAGGACGACACCUUCGGCCCCCUGGAAUUCGCACUGCCGCUGGGGAGGAAGGACGACACCUUCGGCUUCCUGUAACUUGCACUGCCGCUGGGGAGGAAGGACGACACCUUCGGCUCCCUGUAACUUGCACUGCCGCUGGGGAGGAAAGACGACACCUUCGGCUCCCUGUAACUUGCACUGUCGCUGGAGACUAGGUGUCCAUAUCCUCAACCUCCACAGUUUUCGCUCAAAGGCCAUUGCCGCACUGUUCUCAGCACUCAACUGGCGCAUUACUUGGUGGACCACCUCGUUCGAAAGGUCUGGGCCAUAGCAGACCAACCGCCUCUUUACCUCCUCAAUGUAAGCGUCGUCCUCGUAGCGACGUAUCAUGUUGAGGUGCUCUUCGCAGGGCUCUAUCCAUCCCUGCUCCAUGCUGCUGUAGUUAGGGACGCUGCACAGUGGCUAGCGUUGCCCUCAAUAACCUCUCAUACGAUACCAGUGUCUCCGAGCUGCUUCUCCUCGCACUAGGACGCCAUCCCACCGCUGCCACCAAUGUAACGGAGCUGCCUGUACUCCGACCGAGUACCCUCCGUUGACGGACGCUCCUAGCGCUUCCUGAGGACUACAAGCACUGCAGCAGACACCGCAACCACCGCAGACUCCGCAACUGCCGUAUCUUGACUGGAGUCUCGCCGUCUUCCUUCCACCCUGGAUCAGCUGCUGUCCUCCAGGACUGUGUGGGAAAGAACUCUUCCUUCCACUCUGUAUGAACCUCCAGCAUCUAGGACUGUGUGGUGAAGACCCCUCCUCCAAGGAGAGUGUGUCAGGAACAAGCUCUUAAAAGAGCUAAGUGAUUCAAGCUCAGGGGAGCAUGUAGAGCAUAGCAAUCCCCAGUGUGAUUAUAACAGCUCCCUCCAAUAACGAGACAAGGCUACGUUUAGAGGGAUCAAGAAGAACUGUCAAAACCUUUAUUUCCCUUGGGACCAGCCAGUAGGGUCACCACAAUAACAUUGUUGUGAAACCUCAAUAAAAUCACAAACAGUCAAACCAUAUCAAGAAACACACAGUGACUUAUCACAACACAAUGGCACAUUUUUAAAGGGGUGGGGGAAGACAAUAUUUAACAGUAAAUAUCUCACCUGCCUGCAGAAUUAGUAAUAUGCAAAUCUACCCGAAUAUGCAAAUGAACCAGUCUUGCAAUUCAGGUAGUGCAUAUUGCUGUUGCUAACAACAGAGGGCACUAGACAAGCUCCAUAGCCAAACCCACCUAGUUGGUAGCAAACCUCAGCAAUACAAGAGAGCAGGCAAUACAUUACACAGCACACACACACACUAUAAACAAUUACAUUACACACACCCUGCACCUAUAAUGGGUACAGGGUGACUAAAACAUAAGAUAAAUAAAGCAGCCUACAUAAAUAGUCUGUCUGAAGGUAGACUAGGGGCUUUAAAGUGAAAGAGUCAUAGUCACGGGGGAGGAGGCUGGCAAGUAGGCCUCUCCAGGACCAAGUGGCGAAGGGCACUUCGUCACAGGAACCACAUCUGCCUUCUUCCAAUCCUCUGGAACACUUCCUGAAAGAAAAGAAUCUUGAAAGAUUAAAAACAUAGGUUCACUUAUUUCUACACUUAGUUCCUUAAGUACACGUGAAUGGAUACCGUCAGGCCCCGGUGCUUUGUUUAUAUUAACUUUCUUUAGUUGCUGCAGCACCUUGUCUUGAGUUAACCAAUUUCAAUUAUUCUGCAAGUUUUUAGUAGCAAUCAUUUGCACAUCUAUUGCCGUGGGUUCUUCCUUAAAAUAUACGGAGGAGAAAUAGUUAUUUAAAAUUCCUGCCUUUUCCUGGUCUUCAUUAACUAACACCCCCGUUUCAGUUUUUAGUGUACCUACACUUUCAUUUUUGAGUUUUUUUUUUAAUUUAUGUACUUAAAAAAUGCUUUGGGGUUGGUUUUGCUCUCUUUAGCUAUCAUUUUUUCAUUUUGAAGUUUAGCAACUCUAAUUGCCUUUUUGCACGCAUUAUUUGCUUUCUUAUAUCUUUUAUAAGAUGCAUCCGAUUUGUCCGAUUUAAAUGCUUUAAAUGCCCUUUUCUUAUUUUUAAUCUCUUGUUUUACUUCUCUACUAAGCCACAUUGGUUUUAAUUAGUUUCUUUUAUAUUUAUUUCCCAAUGGUACAUACUGAGAAAUGUUUUUGAGUUUAUUUCAAAGGACACUAUAUUGUGAUCACUAUUUCCCCAGUGCUCACCUACUUGAAUGUUGGUCAAAAGGUCAAUGUUGUUUGUUAAAACCAGGUCCAGACAAGUGUCCAUUCUAGUUGGUGCUUGUACAAGUUGUGACAUGAAGGUGUAAUUUAACAAAUUUAAAAACCUAAUUCCCUUUGCUGAGCUACUAGUCCCUCUGUCCCAAUUUAUAUCCGGGUAAUUAAAAUCUCCAAUAAUUAAAGUGUUACCCAGAUUUGCAGCUUUCUCAAUUUGCUCAAACAGCUGUUGUUCCUCCUCAAUAUUAACAUUAGGUGGUUUAUAACAUAUCCUAACCAAUAGUUGGUUUCCCUUCUUUUCCCCCAAGCAGAUAUUUACCCAUAAAGCUGCCACAUUUUCCUCAUUGCAUUCCAUUUGCUUAAGAUUUGGCUUUAAAUCAUGGUUGACAUACAAACAUACCCCACCACCCUUCUUGUUUUUCCUAUCCUUCCUAAAUAACAUGUACCCAUUUAAGUUAACUGCCCAGUCAUGUGUCUCAUCCCACCAUGUUUCUGUUAUGCCUAUUAUAUCAUAUUGUUUAGUGUAUGCUAAUGCCUCUAGUUCCCCCAUUUUGUUAUUUAGGCUCCUUGCAUUAGUAAGCAUACAUUUAAUAUUAUGCGUCACUUGUAUAUUUUGUGAAUUAUCAUUAUCCCCCCGUCUCCACCUCCCUAAUACUGUGCUAAAGCCCAUAUCCUUUCUGUCCUAUAUCCAUGUUGCAGAUUGCUAUGACCCUCCCCCCCUACUACUAGUUUAAAAUCUCCUCCAACCUUCUAGCUAUCCUAUCCCCCAGCACUGCAGACCCUCUCCCGUUUAGGUGCAAUCCAUCACCACUAUAAAGGUUGUACCCAAUCGCAAAGUCAGCCCAGUGCUCUAAAAACCCAAAACCCUCCUUCCUGCACCAAGACUUAAGCCACGCAUUGACCUCUCUAAUCUCCCGCUGCCUUUCCACUGUAGCACGUGGCACAGGUAAUAUCUCAGAGAAUACCACCUUGGAGGUCCUUUUCUUAAGUUUGCUACCUAAUUCCCUGAAAUCAUUCUUUAGGACCUUCCAUCUUCCUCUUACUUUGUCAUUGGUACCAACAUGGACCAUGACCGCUGGGUCAUCCCCAGCCCCUCCCAAUAAUCCAUCCACUCUGUCAGCAACAUGCCGGACCCGAGCACCCGGGAGACAGCAAACUGUCCGGUUGAGCCGAUCAGAGCGGCAGAUUGCCCUAUCUGCUCUCCUAAUGAUAGAGUCCCCUACCACCACAACCUGUCUUGCCUUCCUUAUAUUUUGAUCCCCACCCGUACUAGGGGGGCUGUUAGCUCGGCUGUUAGAAGUAACAGCUUCCUCUAAUGCAGCUACUCCUGAGCUGAUGCUCCCAACAUCUUCCCUCAAACGGGCAAAUCUGCUAGGUUGCACCAAAUCAGGACUAGCUCUUCCCUCCCCCCUGCUUCCUCGUCCCACUGUCACCCAGCUACAUGCCUGUUACCCAUCUGUAUUAUCUACUCCCUCUCCACUACCUGUCCCCACUAAACUCUGUUCAGUGAGCAUCAGACUCCUCUCAAGAUUGACAAUCUCCCUCAAAGUUGUGAUUUGCUUCUCGAGAUCUCCAGAGAAGCCACUCGCACACAACCAUCACAGAGGUAUGGACCCUGGACGGGUACAUCCAGGCAUCCAUACAUGCAACACGAGCAAUCUUGCUAAUGCUCAUUUCAAUAAAACAAUUACCUUGAUAGUUUAAACUCCUUGUUUGUUUGAACUCCUGGUUUUCUAACUCCUACUUAAUAGUCUUCUUUCACGUAAUGUGAGCAAGCUCAGUGAGUUAGGGGUGUGCCUUUAUGGGGAUACAAAUCCCACACAGGUGCAAUUAAUGAACACUCCCCCAAUCAAUCAAGCAGCAGCACAAAAGAGGGGGAAAAACCAGAACACAGAAAAAAAAAAAGAAGAUUAAACAAAAAUAAAAUACAAACCACUCUCCACAGUAUACAAACCACUCCAAACAACUCCUGGUUUUCUAACUCCUACUUGAAAGAGUCUACUUAAUAGAGUCUGCUUUCAAGUAAUGUUCACCCACUGGAACUUGGAGCCUUGUUGUAGGUCCAGGGUGGGUAGGAGACGGCGAGACCUCAACCAAGCAGCGGCGGUACGUGGGGUCUACGGUGGUCUACGGUGGUUGUGGUGUCUGGCGGAGCGCUGACAAGUGCUAGGAGCAUCCAUCAACGGAAGUACCCAGUCGGGGUGCCAGGUGAUCCGUUACAUGGCCAUAUUCAAUACUAUGGCCUUUAUUACACAUUGCCUUUCUGGGUCUUAUGUUUUAUGUUGGUGGUUAUUUCCCUAGUUUUGGUAAAUAGUUAGUUAUUGCUAUUCCUUCCUGUUUAUAUUCUCAGUGGUCACUGGUACUGGUUUAUAUCCAUACACAAUAUUGUGUUUUUCUCUUAUAUUAAUAUGUAAUACAUGGUUAUUUUGCUUUUUAGAAGUACUUAUUUAGUAAAUGGCCAUUAAACAGGGUGAAGCUAUAAUUGGACAAUGUUAGUAUGACCACAGCAUCAUUAAACUAAAGGUACCCCAUUCUGCAGGUUUAGGGUUGGAGAGGAUUUAGGGAGUUAACAUUCUGCAGUAAUUUAGACUGAGGGGUAUCUGUAUUCAAGGUGGUAUGAAGGUUAAACCUCUAAUAUUUAUGGCGAUAUUUUCCGUGUAUACAAAUAAACAUUCAACGGCCUUUGUACAACCUGAUGUUGACAUCUUACUGUAUAUUUUCUAGAAAAAGUUCAGCGAGAGAUCGAUGAGGUAGUUGGCCCUGACCGGUUUCCUAGAAUGCAGGAUAGACCACAGCUGCCGUACACCAAUGCCGUAAUCCACGAAUGUCAGAGGAUUUUGGAUUUGGCGCCCAUUGGUCUUUAUCAUGCACUGUCAGAGGACACCUACUUCCGAGGAUUCAUGCUCCCCAAGGUAAAAAUCUCUCCAGUUGGGUAUUAAUGUAGAAUUUGUAUCUUUACCAGGGAUGAAGCCUACAGAUGGAAACAUGAAGUGCUACUUACAUAUUCCUGUUUGUUUUUUCUCUAUACUAAAGAUUAUCCUGAACUUCUGAUUAUCAGCCUAAGUCUUUAAAAAAUGAACUGUCCCUUCUCUAUAUACAAAUUAUAAGUCAUAUAACCCUUUAAGGACGGAGUCAAAAGUAGACGUUCUAAUCAAAACAUUUAAACAAAUCCUGGAAUUUGCACUAUGUCUGUUCAACCAUAAUUCACCUCUUUCAUGUUAAGUGCACGCACACUUAUUAUAUAUCAUUUUAUUCAGGAGAAACAUGGCUUUCAUUUCAUAUCACAUAUUUUUAUAUGAAACAUAACUGUGAAUAAAAUCUUAAAGUGUAAGAAAUUAGGAAAUGUUAAGUUCUGCAUGACACUUUAACUGUGAAUGUCAUAAUACUGUUAGAUUUUACUGCGAUAAAAUACACAUUUGUGUUCUGCAAUGUCUCAGGAGUGAAAUAGUACCCACCAUGUAAGGGUUUAUGAGUCUUUGGAAACUUACAGGGUCAAAUAUAGGGCCUUCCCCUUCUAUUUUUGUACAUUGAAAUUUGCCAGAUUGGUUUGCUAUAUUGCCUUUGAGAUGGUACAGCAGGCCAGAAAUGAAAAUUACCCCAAAUGGCAUACCAUUUGAAAAAGUAGACAACCCUUGGUAUUCAAAAUGGGGUAUGUCCAGUCUUUUUUUUUUUUUAGUAGCCACUUAGUCACAAACACUGGCCAAAGUUAGUGUGUAUGUGUGUGUGUGUGUGUGUAUAUAUAACAUUUUAUUUUUGCAUUUUUUACACAAAAACUGCACUAUCCUACAUUCUGCAGGUUUUCACCCCAAAAUACUAAAACAAUCAUUCCCCAUCUCACAGGAUAUGUGGGUAUUAGGCAACGAUUCUGAUGGCACUUGUGCUCCACAAUUGGCACCAAUGACACAAUGCUUUUUACAGUGUCUACUAACUGCAAUGGAAAGAACAAACACAAAAAGAAUACUGGACGGAACAACUCGGAGAACUGCUACAGAGUAAAGCUUAAUAUUCCCAUAGAUUUUCCAUACUAGAUCUGGACAGUUAAAAACAUCGAUCUUGCAGAAUUGGGAGACCAUAAGCAGAGAUGCAACAUUACCAGAGAUCUUCAAAAGUUUACAUAUCAAAAGCUAUCGUCAAAGACCAAACUUAAGAUAUGCUGUUGGUACACACAUACGACUUUGCGUUAAUACGGAGACAAUCUGAAUAAAUUAACACAGCGUGUUAUAGGUGUUUGAACGGCACUGCUUCCAACGCUAUGAUUCAAAGUAAGACUUUUUGCCUCCCAAAUUCAGGCAAAACACACAAAAUACGGCACUGCAUCACAUGCACUACAUUCCACGUAGUGUAUAGGAUAAUCUGCCCAUAUGGUCUUACCUAUAUAGUUAAAACAUUGAGGAACCUCAAAGAGAGAAUGAGUGGACAUAGAUGUACUAUCAGGGCUGCUUUAUCCACAGGGACGACAACAGUCCUUGUUGCAAGACAUUUUUUUGGAACAGAGACAUUCUGCAUGCGGGAAUAGAUCAUGUACCUCCAAUGCCGAGAGAAGGAGAUAGAGACAAGGAACUGGUAAAAUAUUUUAUAAAUAACUAUUAAGAAGUUAUUAUUUAUGGAUCCAUACCGGGCACUAUAGCGCCAGGGGCAUCAAUGAACAAAAUCUGUUAUGCUUUCUGCCUGAGAGAUAAUCUAGAUACACUUCAGGUAGCCGUUACUCUAUACAGAGUUCUUGCAUAUAGUCUAUAAUACAUUUUUUAGAGACUGUAUAAGGGGCUAUAAUAUAAUAAUGGGCUUAUUUACCUUUUUAAAGGGACUCCUCUCCUUCCCUGGACCGUUCCUGGUCUAGCGAUUUGCAUGUGGCUACUUCCAGUCACAUGCAAGUCACCAUUUUCAAAUUUACCUGGUCUCCACAUGGUUGUUACCUGGACUGCUGUCUCCACUCAGAUUCAAUCGACCGCAAUACUGUCACAACGAAAUUGGCCCCCUCUUCAUCCCUCUGCGGUUCUAGCUCACUACAGAUGGAACUGGAAAUGGAACUCCAAAACGUAAGACGGUCGCAGUCCCACAGCGUCAUCUCGGUUUUGAUCUAUUCCCUGAGUGUUCUAUUGCCUAAGUGUUCGCUUUGACUCCGACCUCUCCUUCAAGCCUCAUGUUCAGUCUAUCGCCAAAUCCUGUCAUUUCCAUCUCAAAAACAUUGCGCGCAUCCGCCCCUACUUAACGCCAGAUGCGACUAAGGUGUUGGUCCAUUCCACUGUCCUUUCUUGCCUUGACUACUGUAAUCCGCUUCUCAGUGGUCUUACGUGCUCCCAACUUGCGCCGUUACAGUCCAUAAUGAAUGCGGCGGCGAGGCUCAUCUUCCUGUCCGCCCUCACCUCCCAUGCCUCACCCUUCUGUCAGUCCCUACAUUGGCUUCCUAUAAAAUAUAGAGCUCAAUGUAAAAUUCUGGUUCUUGCUUUCAAAUCUCUACAUAAUGCUGCUCCCACCUAUCUAUCCUCCCUUAUACACAAGUAUGUCCCGUCUAGGCCCUUACGUCUUACGUCUAUCUUCUGUCCGUAGUCCCACCUCUGAUGCUCGCCCUCACGAUUUUUCGAGGGCUGCACCGUUCCUGUGGAACUCGCUUCCCUCCUCCGUUAGAUGUUCAUCCAGUCUCCACUCCUUCAAAAAAUCGUUAAAAACCAUUAAUCAUCCAUUAAACUGUUAAUAGCUCCUGACUGAUUCCUCUUCUGCAAGUGUCACUAGUCUAAUACUAUCCUUACCUUUUUGUGUCACUAUACCCCACUCCCUCUAGCAUGUAAGCUCAUUGAGCAGGGCCCUCAACCACUCUGUUACUUUGUGUCCAACUUGUCUGGUUACAACUACAUGUCUGUUCGUCCACCCAUUGUAAAGCGCUGCGGAAUUUGACGGCGCUCUAUAAAUAUCAUAAUAAUAAUAAUAAUUCCCUGCUUUGUCAAUUCGUAAACACUAAUUCGUAUAGUAUAUCCUCUGAUUUUAUUUGUUUCAAAACUUACGAACGGUUUUGCUUAAAAAAUAAUUCGCAAACUUUUGGGACUUGUGCAUUCAUAUGAUUCCUAUUAUAGUUCGGCUUAUUCGCAUAAACUGCAUUCUCAUUAUCCUAAAUAAUUGCCGCAUCAGGGGAAUGAUAGUCUAUUUUUCCAACACACCCUGUUCGGUUAAAUCAAUCCAAGGCAGCACAAAAGCCCUAUGGCCGGUAGAGCAUUCGUGCAGUACAUUAGAACACUAUUUAACCAACAGUGGUUCACAAAAUUCAUAUGAAUUGGCUCCUGCACCAUGCAUUAUGGUUCAUGCGAACUCGAACACUGACCUCUAGUGAAACUUCAAGGCACUCCUGUGAUUUAAUUUCUGCUUAGCUACAUUAAGUAUGUUUUCCGCUUGUUAAGAAAUAUAGGGCAAUAUCUUGUCAUUGCAAUAUUAAUGUAUGGUCAUAGGUUUUAUACGUGAUGAUUAUGUCUGUUAAUUUCUUGAGUAUAUGUUAAAUUUCUCUACUGCUGGUUCACUUAACCAAAUAAUAAUCCAGCCAUUCAAUCAGGUUAAUCGUAGAUGGUUUACAUUAGUCAACGUCACUAAAUUCUUGCCUUGGUGUAUACUCUUAAUUAAAUUACUAAGUUUAGGGUCCUUAUCCUAAAUCACCUGCUAUGGUGGCUUCUCUAACUGCUUACCUCAAUUCUACUCAAGUAUAUAGUACACUCUCUUGCCACUCUUAUAUUACCACAUUAUGUUCCUUAUUCAGGACUACUAUUUAUCUUAAAUCUGUGUUCUACACUCAAGGAGAUCCCAGGCCAUAGGUCAUAUAUGAGCUCAGACGACAAUACUAGUUCUGGAUAGUAUGUUAAAGGGGCCAUGUACAUACUCCUUGUAUAUUUCAUUAUAUCAUUAGAUUCCUUAUUAAGGACCACUGCUUUCACUUGUAUCCAUUUCUACAUUCACAGUGGGCCGUGGGCUAUAGUAUAUUUGGCUCAAGAGCCAUUAUUCAUAAUAUAUAUAUUUUUUACAGGUUAUAGGGUGCUCAGCAUUUCAGGGCAACAUUUCUCAUCUUACCCCUUAUACUAUGCUAGUUAGGUAGGUCUGUUAUAGAUUAAUUCAAUUGGGUCCACGAUCUGUACCUUACAAUUCAGACACUAACGAUAUGUCAUCGCAUCUUUAGGUGUUAGGUAUCUACUAUUUACUGCACAACCUCCUACUUAUGGUUGAACCCAACUGUGUCACAUACAACAUCUUCGUACAACUAUCUUGGUAACCCCUAUAGGUCUGCUCCAAUGCAAUUCUUGUGUUGAACCGCAUUACUGACUUGCUCAUUCUCAGGUAUGUCAAUUUACAUGUACUUAAACGCUACCAUACCCUUCUUCCAUUGGUUAGUUUUGUGACUGGCUGACAGGGCACCAGGAGUCCAACAGUUAAUAAUUUCUCAGGCCUCUAUACCUUAGGUUAGUAGUCCCACGAGGCCAACAUCCAUCCUUAUACUCUGAGGUACUACGUCCAUCGGCCCAACUCAUAGUUAUUUGCUUUGCAUGGUGGCAUAGAGAGGCCCUCACCUAUCACUCCCAUUCUAUAUUAUGCUUUUAAAGUCACCAAGAGGCUGACAACCUGCCACAAUUUUCGUUGGCCACAAAAUCCCCUCACGCCAACGCAUAUAGUGCUUCUUAAGCCGCAUGGCAUCUAACAGAGCCUCACUCGUCAACAACAAAGUAUAAUCGUUUCGCUGCUUGGCAGUAGCUAGUAAGCCAGUACGUUAUAAGGGUAUAAACUAAUUACUAUGUUAACAUAUCUCAACGACAAGAAAGUGGCAAAGACCUGUCCCUUCCCAGCACUACUGCUAGGUCGAGUACACCUUCACGCAGAGGGGACAUGGCUAGUCCUACCUAUAUUAGAUCUUGGACUAUCCCUCGCAUCACAGCAGAACUUUUAAAUGGAAUAUACUGUACCAGCAACAGCUAGAUAACUGAACUUUCAAAUUACCCAAACAUGUAUGUGUAUAGUGUGUGUAAACACUGGACAAAGUUAUAAACGCAACACUUUUUUGUUUUUGCCCCCAUUUUUCAUGCGCUGAACUCAAAGAUAGAAGACUUUUUUUUUCUAUGUACACAAUAGGCCUAUUUCUCUCAAAUAUUGUUCAUAAAUCUGUCUAAAUCUGUGUUAGUGAGCACUUCUCCUUUGCUGAGAUAAUCCAUCCACCUCACAGGUGUGGCAUAUCAAGAUGCUGAUUAGACAUCAUGAUUAUUGCACAGGUGUGCCUUGGGCUGGCCAAAAUAAAAGGCCACUCUAAAAUGUGCAGUUUUACUGUAUUGGGUGAUCUGGUGGGGGAGGGGGGGAGUUUGAAAGCCAGUCAGUAUCUGGUGUGACCACCAUUUGCCUCACGCACUGUAACACAUCUCCUUCGCAUAGAGUGGAUCAGGUUGUUGAAUGUGGCCUGUGUAAUGUUAGUCCACUCCUCUUCAAUGUUGAAUCAUACAGAUAUAUAAUCCGUUCUAGAAUCCUUCAAUUCCAAUAUACAAGAUGGUAGUACAGUUCAUCGUUCUGUUACAGUAAUAAUGUAUUGAAAUGUCAAGUGGUGUUAAACUAAUAUUAGGUACGUUCAGUUACGUUGGUUACCAGUAAAACAUGUAUAUGUCAAUCAGUGCAAAUACCAUUCAGGCAGAGGCGUUUAGCAGGUCUUGUACAGAAUGAUAUAAACAAGUGUUACUUUACGAUUUUGUGUUUUCAGGUACAUUACGUUUCAUUCCCGUUCAUAUCAAAUUCAAGGCCUCACUCUGUUUCUCCUUUACGUUUCUGAAAUAAAAUUCUAUACCCUUGCUUUAACAAGGGGCUUGUCUCUUUAUACUGACCCUCGCAAGGUCCUCCAUACGCAUGCGAUCAGACGUUGCAUCAUUCAAUAUUAAGUAUGUGUUCCUGUAUGUUCAAGGUAUCCAACGGGAUAUUGACUUUCUACAGAAUAUAUGGUGAUAAUAUAAUUAUUAUACUAACACGUUAUCAUUAAGUUAAGCUACUCCUCUCUCGUACUCGUAAAAGCCGCUAUGGCUGGCUAACCACGGCUCAUUUAACUGUUUCUACAAACUGUAUGUUUGUUCAUUCAGAGCGAAUUUUGCUACUAAUACAAUUCAGCCAAUUCAUUCAUAAAUGGCAUCACACUGAUGCCUCUUUCAGCUUUUAGUUUUAGGCCCCUUACUAGGAUAUAUUGAUUUUUAUACUAUGAAGUUCAAUUUGGCUCCAAAACAUAGCGAAGUGUCGCAACUGACUAUUAAUUUGGCAGACCCAACUUGGGCCAUAGGGUUAAGAAAUCUAAAUAUUAACUUGUACAUACAUUCACUGUACACAUUAAACAUAAGUCUGUUUGCGAGACCCGCGGCAUGGCAACGCUCAGCGCGGCACACAGGCCCGGGUCUUGCGAGAGAUAUUAGAAGAGAGAAGAGAGGAGAACAGGCAGUGUGCUGGGCCCCCUCUGCGGUAACAGGGAGCCAGUGGCCCGCAGCCAGAGCAGUUCGGGCACCCCAGGACCGCCGGGGCCCGUGACAACCAUCAUGGUUGUCCCCCCCUGAUGGUGGCCCUGGGGACAUGAUUAAUCAAGCAAUAACAUUUCAAACAUCCAACUUUAUGUUUUAAAACAUCACACAUCAACCUUUAAAACAUGGCAGACUGUUGGUAACAUGGUACAGUACACUUCAACUGUACAUAAAUCACACGUCAAGAGGGAAAACAUGGAAAAUUUCAAAACAAUUUUAACACUUUUUGGAAGAUAAGGAGGACGAGUGCAAUUGGGCAGCACUAACACAAGCAGGUUCAUCUUCAUGUCUAGGCUGAACCUUUCCAUUGUCUGCUGCCUCUGGUGCCUUUUAAGCAUCCCUGGGAAAGGGGACAUGAUGUCUGUGUCAAAACUGCUCACAAGUCUGUGGGCUAGAGCCUUAUCUGGGUGGUGCUGCUGUACAAAAGUCUGUAGGUUUACCCACAUUUGGCAUGCCUCCUUGAGUUCCGUGGAAGAGAGCUGUUCCUCACUCAUUUCCUCCUCCUCCUCAAAUGCGAUCUGCUCCUCCAUUGCCUCCUUCUGCAAUUCCACCAGCUCCUCGGUGGUUAGGUCACGGUCGUGUUCCUCCACCAGCUCGUAGACGUCCUCCUCAGUCACCUCCAGGCCCAUGGUCCUCCCCAAGGAAACAAUUUCCUCCAACACUGUUGACUCAGGUGCAGAAGCACUGGAGGCAGGUUUCACAACACAGUCUGGGCACAGGUUGCGCCAAGCAGAAUUUAGGUUUGGCUGACCCCGGCCCAGGCAAUGGUGCUAAUCUGCAGACAGCUUACAAUGUCAAAAUGCUCUCUCCAAAAUUCAUGGAGGGUGAGGCUUGAGCAAUCUGUCAUCUCAAAGCAUAGCCGGAAAAGCUCCCUUGUGUAGAGUUUUUUUAAAUUGGAGAUGACCUGCUGGUCCAUUGGCUGGAGUAGUGGGGUGGUGUUAGGCGGAAGAAACAUGACCUUGAUGAAAUUAAAGUCCUCCAGCAAGUCUUCCUUGAGGCCUCGAGGAUGGGCAGGAGCAUUGUCCAUGAGCAGCAUGGCCUUGAGUGGCAGGUUAUUGUCCACAAGGUACUUCUUCACAGCAGGACCAAAAACCGCAUUGACACACUUCACAAACAAGAGGCGUGUGACCCAAGCCUUUGGGUUAGACUGCCACAAAACGAUCAACUGUUCCUUGUUUACCUUGUGUUUCUUGAAGACCCGUGGGUUCUCUGAAUGGUAGACAAGCAGGGGCUUGAUCUUAAGGUCCCCACUUGCGUUGGCGCAGAACAGGAGGGUGAGACGGUCCUUCAUCGGCUUGUGGCCAGGCAAUGAGGUCUCCUCUCCUGUGAUGAAGGUACGCUUUUGCAUCCUUUUCCAGAAGAGUCCAGUCUCGUCGCAGUUGAAGACCUGCUGAGGAAGGUAGCCCUCUGAAACUGACCUCCAGGAACUCCGUAGCAAAUUCCACAGCUGCAGCAACAACAGAACUUGCAGCCUCUCCAUGUCUGACCAUACUGUGGAUGCCAGAUCUGGUCUUGAACCUUUCGAACCACCCACUGCUGGCCUUGAAGCCUUCUGCAUCUGCUGACAUUCCUGGCUGUUGUUUGAGGAGGCCAGCGUGCAAGGCCUUGGCUUUUUCGCAGAUGAUCGCCUUGGUCACUGAGUCCCCUGCACACUGCUUCUGUUCAAUCCAGAGCAGGAGUAACUUCCCGACCUCCUCCAGAACAGGUGGCCAUUGCUUGGAGACCCUUGGCUGCAUCUCUCCCAGUUAUCUUCUUUCAUUUUUAGGAUUGUACUGAUUGUGGAUGCACUCCUUCCAUACUCUUUGGUGAGGUCAGUCAAUCGCAUUCCUCCUUCAUGCUUCCUGAUGAUUUCUUUCUUGUCCUCAAGCAGAAUCAUCUCUGUAACGGAUCACCUGGCACCUCCGACUGGGUACCUCCGUUGAAGGAUGCUCCUAGCGCUUCCUGAGGACUCCAAGCACUCUGGCAGACACCACAAUCACCGAACCGGAGAAACAAAUAAAUUCUCCCAAGCAUAUGAAUGCUGUAGACGGUUGAAUAGGAACCAUACGAAUAGGUUUACUCUCCUAGCAGUCAAACUGGAACAGCAUAUAAUAAAUCCUUCCCCCAAUAAUGAGACAACACUUCACUUUGAGGGUUAAAACAGGAACUCCCUGUACUGUCACAUACAGUCUCUUUUAUUCCCAAUCCACAAACAUAGUACAGCCCACAGGGCGUUACAAAACAACCAAUCAAUCCGUAUAAUACACCCAGACACUCCCACACAAAAUCCUCCCCUCUGCAUGUGAUAUGAUUACUGAACACAAUGGGUAAUCUCAUUAUCACCGGCAGAGGAAUACAGUUUUACACAAUAUUUAUAACUUCUAAAAUAUACAUGUCACAAACAUAAAACAUACAUUUUCAUAAUCAAUCCAUUCAGGGGAACAACAUAUUAAAAAAAUGGCACGAAUCAGACCAGGGGUUCAAAAGUUAAGGGAAAGUCCUUUGUGACUAAAUGAAGCAUGGCUUUCUGGCCCAAACCAGUUUCAGAGUCUCUAUCCUGGAGAGUAAUUCAAUUAUCUCCCAGGAUAGACACAAGACUCCAUUAAGCACAUGGUUGCAAAAAGACACAAAACACUUUAAAAUACAUAAAGUCACAUUUACACAUAACACACAGACAUUUCACAUAUCCCCAGAUAGCUGGGAUCUGAGUGCACAUUAUUAGAUGAAUGGCACUCAGAUCACACAAAUAAGCCUUUCUGCAGGGGAAAUAAACAGUUUAACCUGCAGGGCCAUAGUCCAAAGGGAGCAGGCGAGCAACCAGGCUUCUCCAGUUCACAGUGGCGAGGUUGGUUUCGCCACACUUCUCCCCUUUACCAACUAGACUAACAGGGUAUCUGACCUCCUGCCGGUCAGUGCCCUGGUUAGUCCAGCAACCCACCCACAAAACAGAAACAGCAGUACAGCCCACCCACAAUAACUGGUUACUACACCUGGGUAGAGGAGAACUUUGUCCAUGUCCAGGUGCCUCACCACGACUGUGUGGGCAACUGUUAGGCUGCCUUGGUGGGUUGCUGAGUGGGCAGAGACCAGCGUUACUCUGCCCUGAUGCCAGUGCUACCACGGAAGUAGCCUGGUGGGAGCCUGGUUGUGGGAGGGAGAGACCGACUGUCUCCCCUCUGGAUACACCGCUCUGUGGCUGGGGAACAGGACCGACUGUCCCUACCCCUUGUGCUGUAAGUGCAGAGACUACAGUCCCAUCUGCACUGUUGGGGGGUGUAAAAUCUCCCCUUGCUGGGUUAGGCUGCCGCUGGAGAGAGGGUGUAACAAGCUCCUCUCUCUGAACUGUAAACUGCCGCUGGGGAGAGGGGGUAUCAGGCUCCUCUCCCUGACACUCUCUCUGCUGGUGGAGAGGGGGACCAGCUGUCUCCCCUCUCAUUAUUUUGUCCUGUGGUUGGGGUGCGAGACUGACGGUCUCUGCUCCCUGCAGGACACUCUGCCGCUGGGGAGGAAGGACGGCACCUUCAGCUCCCUGGGGUACACACUGCCGCUGGGGAGGAAGGACUGCACCUUCAGCUCCCUGGGGUACACACUGCCGCUGGGGAGGAAGGACUGCACCUUCAGCCCCCUGGGAUACACACUGCCGCUGGGGAGGAAGGACUGCACCUUCAGCUCCCUGGGAUACACACUGCCGCUGGGGAGGAAGGACUGCACCUUCAGCUCCCUGGGAUACAUACUGCCGCUGGAGAUCUGGGCCGACCGCCCAGCAUCCCUGUAGGGCCGGUAGAGAGACCGCCGUCCCAUCUCCACCUGCCAUCUGUGGGUCUUCCCAGGACCAGUCUGUGAGGUCCCUCAACAUUUGCGAGUAAGGACCACCUGGCAACUCCGGCUGCUGGGGAUCUGGGCCGGUCCCAUCUCCACCUGCCUGUUGUGGUUCCUCACAGGACCAGUCUAUGAGGACCCCUACUUCGGGUUCCUGCGGCCGCCUCAGGGGGAGACGGCUAGCCUCCUCGGAUGCAGCCUCUACUCUGCUGCUGUAACACUCCUUCCGCUGAGCAUACUCUCUCUCUUUCGCCAGCCGGAAUUCUCGGGCCAGCCUUGUGUUUCGCUCGGCCGUGACCUGGUUCCAGAUUACCCGGCGUACCUCCAUGGGUAAAUCAUCCCCAUACUGGGCCACUCGCUGCCUCACCUCGGCCAUCCAAUCAUCGCCAGAGCCUUCCAUACUUGUCUGCUCCAAGUCGCUGGAUACCUCUGCUCCCAGGGGUGCUGCACGUGUGCUAGCGUUGCCCUCAAUUUGUAACUCCACGAACUGGUGUCUCUGAGCUGCUUUACCUCGCACUAGGAUGCCAUCCCACCGCUGCCACCAAUGUAACGGAUCGCCUGGCACCCCGACUGGGUACCUCCGUUGAAGGAUGCUCCUAGCGCUUCCUGAGGACUCCAAGCACUCUGCAGACACCACAAUCACCGAACCGGAGAAGCAAUAAAUUCUCCCAAGCAUAUGAAUGCUGUAGACAGUUGAAUAGGAACCAUACGAAUAGGUUUACUCUCCUAGCAGUCAAACUGGAACAGCAUACAAUAAAUCCUUCCCCCAAUAAUGAGACGACACUUCACUUUGAGGGUUAAAACAGGAACUCCCUGUACUGUCACAUACAGUCUCUUUUAUUCCCAAUCCACAAACAUAGUACAGCCCACAGGGCGUUACAAAACAACCAAUCAAUCCGUACAAUACACCCAGACACUCCCACACAAAAUCCUCCCCUCUGCAGGUGAUAUGAUUACUGAACACAAUGGGUAAUCUCAUUAUCACCGGCAGAGGAAUACAGUUUUUACACAAUAUUUCUAACUUCUAAAAUAUACAUGUCACAAACAUAAAACAUACAUUUUCAUAAUCAAUCCAUUCAGGGGAACAACAUAUUAAAAAAUGGCACGAAUCAGACCAGGGGUUCAAAAGUUAAGGGAAAGUCCUUUGUGACUAAAUGAAGCAUGGCUUUCUGGCCCAAACCAGUUUCAGAGUCUUCUAUCCUGGAGAGUAAUUCAAUUAUCUCCCAGGAUAGACACAAGACUCCAUUAAGCACAUGGUUGCAAAAAGACACAAAACACUUUAAAAUACAUAAAGUCACAUUUACACAUAACACACAGACAUUUCACAUAUCCCCAGAUAGCUGGGAUCUGAGUGCACAUUAUUAGAUGAAUGGCACUCAGAUCACACAAAUAAGCCUUUCUGCAGGGGAAAUAAAUGGUUUAACCUGCAGGGCCAUAGUCCAAAGGGAGCAGGCGAGCAACCAGGCUUCUCCAGUUCACAGUGGCGAGGUUGGUUUCGCCACAAUCUCCUUCUUCCUCUUCCCAGCUUCCGCUGCUUUCUUGGGUGCUAUGACACCACCGUCACUAAGUAUGCAAAAAAAAAAUGCUUUACACCCACAUGAGCUGGCAUGGAAAACAACCCCAUUGCAAAACACACAGUACAGUACUGUAACAGGCAUGCACAGCAUAUUGUGAUGGGAUUCCAGCAUGGUCAAAAUUUAGUAGGCCGAAAUCUCCACAUGGCAUAUGCUAAUUAGUUUCUGAUUACAAACAGUUGGAUGAGUCAUCAGUAUACUGAGCAUGUGUGGAAGUGGAUAGUACAUUCCUUUGUCUGUAAAUGCCAUGUGGUCUGCCCAUAUAAGGUGAUCCUGAAUAUCCUGUGUGCUGAUUGGUCUGAGGAAUAUAGGAGGGUUUAUACUGUAUGGAAGGGGAUAUGCUGCUAACAAAAGGCCUCUGCACCAUGCUUUCUGCCUAUCAGAGUUCAUCUGAGACCCGAUCGGUGUGUAAAUAAAAGACCUGUAACUUCCUGAAUAGACUUGUGUCCAUCUCUCUAUGUGUGGCUUCUGCUGCGUUUUCCAGUAACAAUAUGAGCUGUGACAGGCAUGCACAGCACAUGAGCUGGCAUGGAAAGCAACCCCACAAUGCAAAACACACUGUAACAGGCAUGCAAACAACUAAGCUCAGCUCCCUACCUUUCCACCUCUUGAGAUGCACCAAAAAGGCUCCAAAACUUGCUGCAAAUGGCUCCAAACACCUCCACACUCACGUGCCACCCAGACUCCAGUAUGCAGGGGGGUGGAGCUAUAAACCGGGACACUUGUUUCGUAUUGCGAAAAAACUUCAUAAACCAAGGUAUUUUUUUUACGGAUUCUCAUUCAUAAACCAAUUUUUUCGUUUACCGAUGCGUUCGUUAACCAAGGUUCCACUGUACCACCAUUCUUAUUGUGGUUGACCGUUUCUCCAAGAUGGCUCAUUUUAUUCCACCUAAAAAAUUGCCAUCCUCUCAAGACCUGGUUCUUAUCGUUAUACAUGAGAUUGUCCGACUGCAUGGCAUUCCUCACAAUAUUGUGUCUGAUAGGGGCUCUCAGUUUGUGUCUCGGUUUUGGAGGGCGUUCAGUAAACAGUUGGGCAUUGAAUUGUCUUUUUCUUCCGCUUACCAUCCCCAAACUAAUGGCACGGCUGAGAGGGCUAACCAGUCAUUAGAGUUAUAUCUGCGUUGUUUUGUAAAUAGCACUCAAGAUAAAUGGUCCGAGUUACUACCCUGGGCCGAGUUUGCUAGGAACAAUGCUACCCAUGACUCUUCUGGUCACAGCCCAUUCUUUGUUAAUAACGGUCAUCAUCCUACUGUCCUGCUGGCUGUUUUCUCUGAGACAACUAUCCCUGCUUUGGAUAAUGGCCUUUCUUCUAUCCGUGAUACUUGGACCAAAGUUCAUUCCGCUCUCAAAACUGCGGCUGAUUGCUUCAAGUUCUAUGCGGAUAAACGGUGGGGUGCCAACCCCGUUUACCAAGUGGGUGACAGGGUAUGGUUAUUGUAGCAGACCUUUUUGCCCACAAGCGGUUAAAAACCGUUUAGGCAAUAUUCCCCUUUCCAGAUACACCGACAGCUACUGUAAGCACCGAUCUCCCGAACUGGAAACACAUGAACACCGGAAAUAUCCGAACAGGAAAACCAUACGAAAGGUUACACUCCUGGCAGUCAGCAUACAAUCCAAUUCCCCCAAUAACGAGACGACACUUUGUUUGAGGGUUAAGCAGGAACUGACUGUACUGGCACAUACAGCCUCUUUUAUUCCCAAUCCACAAACAAAGUACUGCCCACAGGGUUUUACAGAACAACCAAUCAAUCCGUACAAUACACAGACACUCCCACACAAAAUCCUCCCCUCUGCCUGUGAUAUGAUUACUGAACACAAUGGGUGAUAUAAUUAUCACAGGCAGAGGAAUACAGUUUUUCCACAUUAUUCAUAACUUUGAAAGUAUGCAUCACAUUCACAUAAAACUUACAUUUUCUGAAUCAGCAUACUCCAAAUACAAACACAUGUCAACAUCAUCCAAAUUGCUCUAUUGGUUCAAAAGAUAGAUUGAAGUCCUUUGUGACCAAAUGAAGCAUGGCUUUUCUGCCCAAAACCAGUUCCACAGAGUCUUCUAUCCUGGAGAUAAUUGAGAAGUAAUUCAAUUAUCUCCAAGGACAGAGGCAAAACUCCAUUAAGCACAUGGCAGUAAAAAGACAGUAAAAUACAAUAAAAUACACAAGGUUACCUUUCUUACAUAAAAUACAGACAUUCUACCUAUCCCCAGAUAGCUUAGAUCUGAGCGCACAUUAUUACUGGAUGGCGCUCAGAUCACAUACAUACAGUUCAAUCGCCAUGGAGCCAAAGUCUUUCAUACAGUCAUUCAGUAUACGGCUGUGCUCCAUGGCAUAGCUAUCUGGGGUAGCAUGGCUUUAACAGUCUGCAGAAAGGCACAAACCAGCCUUUCUGCAGGGUAAAAGAACAGGGGCCAUAGUCUAAAGGGAGCAGGCGAGCAACCAGGCUUCUCCAGUGCACAGUGGCGAGGUUGGUUCCGCCACAUUUCUCCCCUUUACCAUCCAGACUAAUCGGUCAGUGCCCUGGUUAGUCCAGCAACCCACCCACAGAACACAAUCAGCAGUACAGCCCACCCACAAUAAAGAGUUACUACACCUGGGGUAGUGGGUCGCUUGUCCCUGUCCAGGAGCUCCACCUCGGCUUUGGGGUUUACUGGCGCUCCGGAUCGGUGGGUUACUGAGUGGGCAGAGACCAGCGGUACUCUACCCUGCUGCCAGCGCUACCCUGUGAGUAGCCUGGUUGGAGCCCAGUCGAGGGAAUGGCGUAGUAACCUGGUAACUGACUUUGGGGUCAAAGGCCAAUUACAGUCUAUCCGAUCCAUAGGAGGGGUAUUUAGGCCCAGUUCUCAUCCUGCUCAGUGCCCUGUCGUGGUUUCCCUUGUGGUUGUCCGAGAGUGCGUUCCUUACUCAGGUUUCUUCUGUUUUUUGACUUUGGCUUUGAUUUUAACUUCCCUGUAUUCUGUAUCCCUGACUUCUGGCUUUCCCUCAUCGUUGUGUCUCUUUCUGUAUCCCCUGACCUCGGCAAGUAUCCUGACUACUCUUUGGUACGUUAAGUCCGGCCAUUCUAAGGCCCGGUAAUACAUUACCUAUUAGUCAUCUGUGUGACACAAUUCUACGUGCUGGAUCAACUAGUAAUCCUGACAAUUAUAUACACACACACACUCUGCAUUAUAUACACACACACUCAUACAAACACACACUCUGUGUGUAUAUAAUAUAAUAAUAAUUUUUUUUUAAAAUUUAAUAUACCCCCCUCCCUGCUUGUUACCUGACCAGAGAGGGGGGCUGUAACAUUCCCUGGUGGUCCAGUGGAUGGGCUGUGCAGGGGGGGGGGGCCGGAGCAAGCUGUUACUUACCUUUUGUAGCAGCUCCGGUCAGCUCCGUGCAGCUCCCCAGUUCAGUUCACAGUGUAAGUCUUGCGGUCUGCGUGCCACGCAUGGUUGCCACGGUAAUCUGACGGCAGCGGGUGUCGCAAGACUUACACUGGGAGCUGCACGGAGCUGACAGGGAGCUGACUGGAGCUGCUACACAGAUAAGUAAGAGCUCGUGGCCAGCCCCUAACAGGACCGCCGGGCUUGUAAUGAGCCCGGCGGUCCUGGUCUGUAUUAUGGCAAUGUAAGUUGCCAUAAUACAGACCUUGAAUCGAGUAUAAGUCGAGUGGGGCUUUUUCAGCACAAAAAAAUGUGCUGAAAAUCUCUGUUCAUACUCGAGUAUAUACAGUAAUUAAAAUAAAUACAUUUAAAAAAAUUAUAUGCAAUUUCAUUCUAAACUUAUGCCAGAGGGGGACUGCCUGUGCUGUCAGACAGCAGUCCCCCAGAAGAGGAUUGCAGCAGGUGUGAGUAGAUUGGGUGAUGUGGCUCAAAGCCGUUACAGCGUUCUAUGCUGCUGCAAAGGCUUUAAAGCGGGAUGGCAUGGAACACCGUAACAAAGUUAACGAUUUAAGCCCAAAGGGACCCAGAUUAAGAAGGAAAAUUUCCUCUAAAUAAAACAGAGGAUAAUAUGGUACAGCCUUUAGUGAGUGGCUUGAAAUGCAGUCUUCACCCGUCCCUUCUUUAGUAUGUGAGUAGGUCCUCUGCAUGGAAUGAUACAUUAUACUACACUAUAUGCUCCCUUUGUGCUCUUUAUAUCACAAAUACCAGGACUAGAAAUAUAGAAUAAGAAAUGGCCGCUCACAUAGGACAUCAUUUAGCGGUACAAUCCCCACUGGUGGACAUUGGGACAAUUGAAGAUUAUACUAGCUUUAGUGUACUCAUCUUAUUUUUAGGAAUGGUGGGAGGCCAGCAUUUUUCCUAAUCUCUUUACUAGCUCCACAGCAGCAAAGAAUCACAUAGAAAAAAGAACCAAUCACAAGAGAGUAGGAUGUACAUGAGAUAUAGUGACCUAAGCACUUCCUCUUUCAGAAAGAGACAUCAAGCAGAAGCAAACAUAUAACCAGCUAACAAUAACUCCUAAAUCCAACAUCCGAUGAGGCAAACUUCCUGUGAAUUCCACACAAACCACCAAUCAGGGACAAAUCAAACUGAAAAGAGAAUGUGUGGUAGGUUUACACACCUAGUCAUGAACGUGGAAAUCCAAGUAACACACAGUAUACAUAAUUUCAUGAUGUAAACUACAAUCUGAUAACUGAACAGCAAUCACAUAAAACUCCAAUGACCAUUCCAAACCAAUGGAAAUAAAACCAUCCAUGUAAAAACAACACAUUAAGAGCCAAACCUACCUUAGACCAAUGAGACACAUAAAGAGGGCAAACAGAAAGGGUGGGACAGUAAAGCAGGGUGGGAAAAUACCUUCUGUCAUUACUAAAAUUAAGAUUAGAAGUACACUAAAGCUAGUAUUAUCUUCAAUUUUACAACAUGACAGGAGGCUUCGUAUUUUGCAAUUUUAAUGCUGAAAAGAAGAAAAUAGCAGCAUUAGAAAAAGGGCAAAAAUAAAGUCUGGUAAGUCUUUCCGCGAGACCAAUCUGCCGAUCGCAAGAUAUCCAAAAGCCAAAAAGGCCUUAAAAGCCACCGCCCUGCGGACCUCAUGCACACCGAACGAGGGGUCCACCUUAGCAAGGGAUAGGAUCCAAGGAACCCAUCUUGCCAACAUGGGUGCAUGCAGGAGACAAGCAACUGUCCUGUAGGUGACUGUCGCAAUGAGUAGGCAAGCUUGAUAUACCAACGCAAGGCUGAAACCACACACAACUGGGAAUUUGAAAUGUAAAGGAAUAGAAAAACAUUGAAGAAUCCACCUUCAUGUGACGAGAGACACAGAACGGGACUCCGUCAGGGAAAAAAAGAAACACGUACACAUCGAACGCCUGAAAGUCCGAAACAGGACGGAGAGACACCAGGCAUAGCAAAAACGUAAACUUGGCCGAUAACAGAUGAAGAGGAAGUCUGUCAUUAGGUGGCCAGUCCCAUAGAAAAUGGAGAACUAUCUCAACGUCCCAUAAGUGGGUGUACUUUGGACCUGGUACACCCACCAUCCGCCAGGAAUCCUCAGACCAGGACGUGGGCCACUGGAAUGGCCAAAUAUACCACAAUAAUACCACAAUAAUGUAUUGGUAUAACCGACCCAACAAAAAAGCGACAAGCGGAACUUCAAGGUUUAAGUUUCCAUUCCAAACCCCACUUGCUGAACAUGGAGGUGAUGAAGCACUAUCGCAUUGCAAUGGAAGUAAAAGCGUACACCGCCUGGGGAGGCAAAGCCUGCAGGAAUGAGUCCUCUGCUGUGCACUCAGGAUCUGACAGCCAACCGAAAAACGCUGGAGUCUGGUGGUUGUUGCAGGAUGCGAACAUGUCCAGGUGAAACGGGCACUUUAGAGAUAUGGUGGCGAACACCUGGGAUCCAGCAUCCAAUUGCUGCUGUCCCUCCAAAGGUGGUAGAACCAAUCCAUGGUGAGAUUUGUCUCCCUUGGGAGGUAUUCCGACCUCAGGGAGAUCCUGCGAGGGAGAGCGAAAUUAAAGAUGACGGUCAGUGCCGCCCAGGUGAUUGAUAUACCGGACUGUUGACACUUUGUCCAUCCGGAGUAGGAUGCAACAAACUGAUUACCCCUUCACCAGGCUGUGGAGAGCGAAGGACCCAACUAAGAAUUCCAGGCAGUUGAUGAAGGGAGAGUUCCUGAGUUGUGCACACUCCUCCCGUGGGUACCCUCUCGCAGGUUGCCCCACAGGCUAACAUCCAUCAGCAUGCUGUCCAACCACUACUGCAGUCCUCCUCGCACCUCAUCUAUCACCAGAACUGAUUGGUCAUAGAUGGGGUUCGCACAAGGAAACAUGACUUUGAGGUGUUGCAUGGCCCGGUAGUGUAGCGGGCCCAGGAAGAUAGUCUGGAUAGAGGACAGUAGCCCAUGAUCCAGGUAAGUCUGCAGAGUAGGACCUUGCAAAUAUCCUUGUGGAUAGUGGAGAUCUUUGAAGGGGUAGCUUCAGGAUGCAAGACGCGGAGUCUAUUUUGAAUCCUUAGGAUUGGACCAUCCAGGAAAGGGCCAUCCCAGACUUCUGUCUAUUCACUUAAAAACCCAACAAUUCCAGCAGGAUCAAGGAGAAUUGUGUUGACGUAGUCUUGACCCCUCGGAACCAAACAGAAGGACAUCGUCCAGAUAAAUAAUGCAAAGCGAUCACCUGUAACAGUAGUUUCAUGAAGCACCAAGGAGCCCAGCUGAGGAGGCAGGUGACUUGCCAAGGUUGACCGUGCCACAGGAAACAUAGAUACCAUCGGCAAGAAGGGUGGAUUGAGACCGACAAGUAUAUGUCCAGACUCUUAAACCAAUUCCCUACUUGAAGAAAGUUCCUUAAUAAGUUUGAAUGCCUCCCAUCUUGUAGAAAGCAAGUCGUUUAUUCUCUACCUCUGUCAGGGUCUUACCUUGGUUGGAGUACGAAGUGCAGAGAUGUAUGCUCAACGUUGCAGAUAAACACUGUCCAAGGUGACCAGGUAAGAAGCCACCUGGGCUCUGAAUAUGUGCAUGGCAGCUUUGCAGGAAAAGUGCUCCAAAUUGCAGUACAGGCAAAGACACAACCUGAAGAAUAGUCAAGUAAUAGAUGUAGUUAGAGGAUGCCAGAGGUCAGGAUAAACGAGCAAGUGCAAGGGAGCUGAGCAGAGAGCUCGGAGGAAGUGAUCCCUCGCCAGCGCCGCCUGCCCAGCAGCCACUGGACCCCCAGGGAGAGAGGGAAUCCCCCACCCCCCUCACUCUGCGGCGUGCAAGGGAGCUGAGCAGAGAGCUCGGAGGAAGUGCUCCCUCGCCAGCGCCGCCUGCCCAGCAGCCACUGGACCCCCAGGGAGAGAGGGAAUCCCCCACCCCCCAGCAUUCCCAAAGGUAAGGAGGCUGGGGGUUAAAUAAAUAAAAAAAAUAUGUUAAUGUGAGUGAGUGUGUAUGUGUGUCUGUUAAUGAGUGAGUGUGUCUGUUAGUGUGUGUGUGUGUGUGUUUCUGUUAGCUAGUGUAUGCAUAUCUGUCAGUGAAUGUGUGUGUGUGUUUUAGAAGGUUGGGUGGGGGUGGCAUGGGCUGGAGGGGGCGUCUGAGUUUUGUCCUGCCUAGGGCAGCACAAAACCAGGAUACACCACUGGCGGUAGGUCUCACUCCCCAGUGGCAGUAUGCAUUACUGGGAGAAGAGGCAACCAGUCUCUCUCCCCAGCGAUAACUGACUUCUACUACACAAUCACUCUCCAGAUUGCCCUCUCAUUCGCCCUCAAUAUUGUAUUUUAACAUCUCUGCAAGUGAUUUAGUCUUAAACCCCCUCCUUCCUUAGAAAAAAGAAUGAAGAGAUAAAGAUUCUCUAAUAUAGUCAUCCUUCACACAUUCUGUUAACUUUCACCCUCAUUCCCUUCAAAAUCGUCAAAAUUAUCUUCAGGGCUUCACUGUCAUCUUUUACAAAUUCUAUUGACCACUUUAACCUUGUCAAUUACUCACACAUCCUAAUCUUUUUGCACAUUCUAUUAACCCUUUUACUAACAUAUAUUUUAUACAUUUUAUUAAAUCCUUCACCCUCAGUCUGCACUGAGUUUUCACAAUAUCCCGCCAUAUAUUACACACUAUUUCAAUGCCUUCCUUCAUCCUUUAAUUUUGUUUUAGUGAGAACAGGUCAUGACCAUAGAAACAGCCAGUGUUUCCCCAGUGGGAGAAUCUGCGAUGGAUGAGGCUGGGUUACACUAGCAGGCACUAAGCCAUCUUACUUCUACCUGCUAUAAUGAUCACCCACAUCUUACCUCCACGUGCCAUUAUAUUUCCAUUCACUACAUUGCCUGAAAGUAUCCUGUACCCACCAUAUAUUGCAGGGUAAUAAAGGUGCAUUUUAGAAUGCUUUGUAAGAGGGGACCUGCUGGCUUCUGUACAUAGCCGUACCAAAUCUCAGCCAUUAUCAACACCAUCUCCAAGUAUUAUACAGAAUACAGAACUUUAUUUCAUAGUUAUCACAUGUCCUAGACCAGGAGUAUGCAACAUUUGGCACUUCAGAUGUUGUAAAUGUCAUCUCCCAUAAUGCUCUUACAACCUUAAUGCUGGCAAAGCAUUAAGGGAGAUGUAGUCCACAGCAUCUGGAGUACCGAAGGUUUCCUACUCGUGUCAUUAUCCAUACAAUUAUAUUAACACAGUUAUUAAAAUAUACUCUGAAAACAGGAGCAUCUUUCUCUAUCUGUUUGAGAUGUGGUUGCUAUAAUAGAGAUCUAUUAUAAUAGAGAAUUUAUUUUUUACUAAUUUUUGUUUCAUUACAAUAUGGGAGUGCAGGGAGAAAUAGUGGGCCCGGAGCAAAAUUAAGGGGAGAUUUCCUUGGCCAGGAGUGAACCGCAUCAUUGUUUCUUAUGGUCAGUUUACCUUUAUGAGGCCCAUCCACUUCCUGUUCUCUCUCCUGGUUCCUGAAUUCUUCUGAAGCUCUCCUUCCUUCCAUUCUCCUUUCUGAUACAGGUGGCGGCAACUGGGGGCUAUUUUGCUCCCGCCAUACUUUUUUUUUGUUUUGUUCUUUUUUUUUGUUUGAUUGCUGGGGACUGUUUGUUUAUUCGAACUCUCCCUGGGAGUCAUCUGUUUGUUUACUCCUACACUGUGAACCGUUUCUUUUGGCCUGGCAGUUCUUGGCCCUACUGGGUGGGGAGUAUCAUUGCCUUCCCUCUACCAUGGGAGAGUGCGGCAUGGGGCUUAGUGGCAGAGAUGGACAGGACUGGCGGCGGUGAGGUGGCUGGUUUUCCUCCCUCGUUGGUUACACCUUGUACAAUGAUAACAUUAUAUAAAGGAUUUGUUAAUUUCAAUAUCUUCUGGCCAGAUCAUUCCACCAUGAUUCCCCCUAUUAACAAUAUAUAUAUUUUUAUCGGUACCUGGUGCUAUAUUAAAUAGAACCAACUCUUUUAAUAUUGGUUUCUUAUUACAGGGGACAACAGUCAUCCCUUUUCUUUCCUCCGUGCUGUCUGAUCCAACGUUGUGGAAGAUGCCUGAUGAGUUCAACCCCGGCCACUUCCUGGACGAUAAGGGCCAGUUCAAGGCAAACCCAGCAUUCAUGCCAUUCUCUGCUGGUCAGUGACAUGAGAGAGAUCUGUGCACACACCGACUGAGAGAGCGCUACACCUAUAGAUUAUUGAGAGAUCUGUGCACACGCUGACUAUAGAGAGCUCUCCACCUAUAGAUUACUGAGAGAUCUAUGCACACACUGACUAUAGAGAGCUCUCCACCUAUAGAUUACUGAGAGAUCUGUGCACACACUGACUAUAGAGAGCUCUCCACCCAUAGAAUACUUAGAGAUCUGUGCACACACUGACUAUAGAGAGCUCUCCACCUAUAGAUUGCUGAAAGAUCAGUGCACACUGACUAUAGAGAAUUCUCCACCUAUAGCUUACUGCCACAGAAUACUAUGCACACACUGACUAUAGAGAGCUCUCCACCUAUAGAAUACUGAGAGAUCUGUGCACACACUGACUAUAGAGAGCUCUCCACCUAUAGAUUACUGAGAGAUCUAUGCACACACUGACUAUAGAGAAUUCUCCACCUAUAGAUUGCUGAGAUAUCUGUGCACACACUGACUAUAGAGAGCUCUCCACCUAUAGAUUGCUGAGAGAUCUGUGCACACACUGACUAUAGAGAAUUCUCCACCUAUAGCUUACUGCAAGAUCUAUGCACACACUGACUAUAGAGAGCUCUCCACCUAUAGCUUACUGAGAGAUCUGUGCACACGCUGACUAUAGAGAGCUCUCCACCUAUAGAUUACUGAGAUAUCUGUGCACACACUGACUAUAGAGAAUUCUCCACCUAUAGAUUGCUGAGAUAUCUGUGCACACACUGACUAUAGAGAGCUCUCCACCUAUAGAUUGCUGAGAGAUCUGUGCACACACUGACUAUAGAGAAUUCUCCACCUAUAGAUUGCUGAGAUAUCUGUGCACACACUGACUAUAGAGAGCUCUCCACCUAUAGAUUGCUGAGAGAUCUGUGCACACACUGACUAUAGAGAAUUCUCUACCUAUAGCUUACUGCGAGAACUGUGCACACACUGACUAUAGAGAGCUCUCCACCUAUAGAUUGCUGAGAGAUCUGUGCACACACUGACUAUAGAGAAUUCUCUACCUAUAGCUUACUGCGAGAUCUGUGCACACACUCACUAUAGAGAGCUCUCCACCUAUAGAUUGCUGAGAGAUCUGUGCACACACUGACUAUAGAUAGCUCUCCACCUAUAGAUUGCUAAGAGAUCUGUACACACACUGACUAUAGAGAGCUCUCCACCUAUAGAUUGCUAAGAGAUCUGUGCACACACUGACUACAGAGAGCUCUCCACCUAUAGAUUGCUGAGAGAUCUGUGCACACACUGACUAUAGGGAACUCUCCACCUAUAGAUUGCUGAGAGAUCUGUGCACACACUGACUAUAGAGAGCUCUCCACCUUUAGAUUGCUGAGAGAUCUGUGCACAUGCUGAGUAUAGAGAGCUAUUCACCUAUAGAUUACUGAGAGAUCUGUGCACACACUGACUAUAGAGAGCUCUCUACCUAUAGAUUACUGAGAGAUCUGUGCACACACUGUCUGGUCUGUUUGGACAGAUAUCCCUAUUCUGUGUACACUGUCUUGUAUAGAGACAGAUCACUGUAACCCAGUAAAAGCGUUCUGUACAGAUAUUAUCGUUUUCUCUCUCUCCAUUGUCCAUCUCUCUCUCUUUUCUCUCUCCAGGAUUGCGGAUGUGUCUCGGAGAGAACUUGGCUCGAAUGGAGCUUUUCCUCUUUAUCUCAGCUCUGCUCCAGAAAUUCACUUUCACCAGAACACCUGGAUCUAAACAGUUGGACUGUAAUUCCCUGAGAAAUAACAAGCCCGCAAUGAUAGUGAGCUCCGAGCUCUGCGCUGUCCCUCGCUCCACGUCCUCGGUCACUAAGUGA